CUUUUGAUGGUUUACGGACAUUUUUAAAUUCUCACGGACGGAUGGCAACGAUGGUCCCCGCUCAAUCGCUCCAUCAGUUUGGGGGUUAAAGACCCCCUGUUCUGGAACAUUCUGCCAAUUAUUAAACGGGGAGCCGAGCAACAUGUCGACACAGGCGCCGACUUUCACGCAGCCGCUGCAGAGCGUCGUGGCACUAGAGGGUAGUGCCGCCACGUUCGAGGCGCAAGUUAGCGGUUCUCCAGUUCCAGAGGUGAGCUGGUUCCGUGAUGGCCAGGUUCUUUCCGCUGCUGCUUUUCCCGGCGUUCAGAUCUCGUUCAGCGAUGGCCGCGCUGUUCUAAAGAUCCCCGCCGUGACCGCCGCACACAGCGGAAGAUUUUCUGUCAGAGCAACCAAUGGAGCUGGACAAGCCACCAGCACCGCCGAACUGCUUGUAACAGCGGAGACGGCGCCUCCAAACUUCCUUCAGAGACUUCAGAGCUCCACAGUGAGACAAGGCAGUCAGGUGAGACUGAAUGUCCAAGUGACAGGCAUCCCGACACCUGUGGUCAAGUUCUACCGAGAGGGAGCUGAGAUCCAGAGCUCAGCCGACUUCAAGAUCCUAAUAGAUGGAGACCAGUACAGUCUAUUGAUUGCUGAGGCGUUUCCGGAGGAUUCCGGGACAUAUUCUGUGACCGCAACUAACAGCAGCGGCCGAGCUACAUCCACUGCCGAACUGCUGGUUCAGGGUGAAGAAGCUGUGCCUGCCAAGAAAACCAAAAGCAUAAUCUCCUCCUCGCAGAUUGGCGUCCAAAGGGUAAGCUGAAACUUUUUAAAAAAUGCCAGCGUUCACUAUUUCACCUUCCAGACAGCCACAAUGGGGAUGCAAAUGGAAGGCGGAAUGAUGACUCAGCAUUUAGCUCACAGGACCCCACCAAGAGUCCCUCCAAAGCCCACUUCGAAAUCGCCACCGUCCUAUUUUGUCAAAGUGACCGGUGGACGCCAGCAGUCACCUUCUCCUGUCAGACAUGUGAAAGGGCCAUCACCCGCAACCGUGAGAACCAUGUCUCCUUCUACCAGACUGUCCUCUGUCUCUCCCAGACUGUCAUCUGUCUCUCCCAUCCGACCCGUGAAGUCCCCCAUGAUGACCCGCAAGCAGGUAACAACCGUGUCUGCCUCAUCAGAUGUGCUGCCGCCGUGGAAGCAGGGCGACUACGUGGCCGAAGCUAGCUACGCGAGCAUGACUAGUGUGAGCAGCGCCACACGGAUACAGGGAAGCCAACAGUGGGAACAGCAGGUCACCGCCACCAGAGAGGGCGAGCAUGUGUCCCAGUCUGGUCGGAGUGUUGCCAAGGCAACUGUGAUGGCAGCCGUGGAUCAGGCCCGCAGCCGCAGGGCACCACCUGACGCAGGCUUGACCGCUGAGCAGGGUGAAGGCAGCCGCCAAACAACCAUGGCCGCCGUAGAGGUCGUUCAAGUAGUAGGGGUGUCGCAGGCCGUUGGCGGGCAGACUGAAUUAACAACUACAGAAGUGGAAGUGAAGCAGGCCGUUGGCGGGCAGACUGAAUUAACAACUACAGAAGUGGAAGUGAAGCAGCAGGUGGCAGCAAAGGAACAUAUAUCAGCGACUAAAACCGUGGUGUCAGCGCAGAUUGAGACGACUGCUUCCUCCCGUGUGGACGCUCGGUCCCCCUCCAGCCUGCUCCAACAUUUCACUGUUGCUAAAGUUUCCGUUCCCAAAGCCGACGCUCGUCGCGAGGUGUCCAUUGCGGGCUCCGCCAUGGCCACUCUGCACAAAGAGAUGUCCUCCCACACCAGACCCCGGAAAAUCAUCAAGCCCGUCAAGUCACCAAGCCCAUCUCGCCGAGGGGCGUUCGAGGUUAAAGUGACAAUGGAGGCCCAUCCACCACCUUUUAAGGACCCCAGAUAUCAGAGUCAGUUUGAGUCGCAGGUGGGCAGGCUUUAUGCUGAGGAAGAGUUUGAGGACUGGGAGCCUCAGGAGGCAGUUGCAGUCCCCACCAUAACCCCAGAACCUGUUGUUCCACCCACUCUUGUUGCAGGCCUCAAGAACUUGACAGUGACUGAGGGCGAAUCAGUGACGUUGGAGUGCCAGAUUAGUGGCCAGCCCACCCCUGUCAUCAUGUGGUUCAGAGAAGACUACAAGAUCGAGAGUUCCAUUGACUUCCAGAUUAGCUAUGAGGGCAGUUUUGCCCGACUCAUGAUCCGCGAGGCGUUUGCCGAGGACAGCGGUCGCUUCACUUGCACUGCCACCAGUGAGGCGGGAACCGUCAGCACUUCUUGCUACCUGCUGGUCAAAGUUUCUGAAGAAAUCGAGAGCCGAGAAGAGACUACGGCCGUUUCACAAGUGGAAAUUACUCAUGAGAAAACGUAAGUCAGUCAGGCGGUUCUGAUCGGAACAAAACACCAAACGACAGUGGAGGUGACCACAGGAGAGGCCGCAGCUCCUUUCUUCAUCAAAAAGCCGACAGUCCAGAAGCUGGUGGAAGGAGCCAGCGUUGCAUUCGAGUGUCAAGUGGGAGGAAACCCCAGACCUCACAUAAUUUGGAAGAAAAGCGGCAUCGUUCUCACAACUGGAUACAGAUAUAAAGUGACCUACAAGAGAGAGACAGGUGAAUGCAGACUGGAGAUCUCCAUGACGUUUGCCGAUGAUGCUGGAGAAUAUUCCGUCUUUGCCAGGAAUUCACAUGGAGAAGCUUCAGCUUCCAUCAGCUUGCUGGAGGAAGAUGCGUAUGAAUCCUACAUGAAGCAAUUUGACAUAACAUAUAAAGCCGAAGUGACUACAACAACAGUGUCUGAGGAGCCCUCUGUGCUUGUGAGCCAGUACGAGCAAGAACAAAGGAGAGGAACAACAGGAAUGAGUUUUGUCUCAGAAACGGAAUUCUUCAUUUCAGCCUUUGAAGAGCGGAUCAUCCAGGAGAUUGAGCUCCGCAUCAUGAGGAUUAGUUACAAAGAACUGGCGGCAGAGGACGGAGAACUGACAGUGAGCGUCUCAGAUGAGGAGGCGGUGCAGUCCACCUUUGACACACCAGUUAAAAACUACCGGAUCAUGGAGGGAAUGGGCGUUACUUUCCACUGCAAGAUGGCCGGAGUUCCGUUGCCAAAGAUUGCCUGGUACAAAGAUGGUCAGCGUAUCCAGCCUGGUGGACGAUACCAGGUGGAGGUUCUUCAGGACGGGCGAGCCAGCCUGCGUCUCCCAGUGGUUCUACCAGAAGACGAGGGCGUGUACACCGCCUUCGCUGCCAAUAUGAAGGGGAACGCCGUCAGCUCUGGAAAGCUCUACGUGGAGCCUUCAGGAACAGUGUCGCCUCAGAGAUACACGCCACAACCAGCCAUACAGAGGAUCCAGUCCGCAUCUCCACGUUCUCUGAGCCGCUCACCAGGUCGUUCUCCCAGUCGUUCUCCCGGACGUUCUCCUGCCCGACGGCUGGACGACACAGAUGAGGCUCAGCUAGAAAGACUUUACAAACCUGUCUUCGUCAUGAAGCCAACUUCGCUAAAAUGCUCUGAAGGGCAAACUGCCAGAUUUGACUUGAAGGUCGUUGGUAGACCCAUGCCUGAAACAUACUGGUUUCACAAUGGACAACAAGUGGUCAAUGACUACACCCACAAGAUAGUAAUUAAGGAGGAUGGUGUUCAGUCCCUGAUCAUUGUCCCUGCGAUGCCACAAGACUCUGGCGAGUGGACAGUUGUAGCUCAAAACCGAGCGGGACGAACCUCCAUCUCUGUGACCCUUACCGUUGAGGCACGAGAAAGUAUGUCACGCCCUCAUUUCAUUGAGAAGCUAAAGAACAUAACAGUAAAACAGGGAACUCUUGUUGAGUUGGCUGUUAAGGCUAUUGGAAACCCUGUGCCUGACAUCGUCUGGCUGAAAAACAGUGACAUCAUCACCCAGCACAAGCACCCACAUAUAAAGAUUGAUGGCACGAAGGGAGAGGCGAAAUUUCAGAUCCCGUCCGCUUCAAAUUCAGACAGUGCUUGGUACACAGCCACAGCUAUUAACAGAGCUGGCAGGGACACCACUCGAUGCAGAGUCAAUGUAGAGGUGGACUUUGCCGCACCACAAACAGAGAGGAAGCUCAUCAUUACCAAAGGAACUUACAAGGCCAAAGAGAUUGCCGCUCCAGAGCUGGAGCCUCUUCAUCUUCGCUAUGGCCAGGAGCAGUGGGAGGAGGGAGACCUUUACGAUAAAGAAAAGCAGCAGAAACCACAAUUUAAGAAGAAACUGACUUCCAUUCGAAUGAAGAACAUCGGCCCUGCUCAUUUUGAGUGUAGGCUGACCCCCAUUGGUGACCCCACCAUGGUGGUAGAGUGGCUUCAUGAUGGCAAACCCCUUGAAGCUGCGAACAGACUGCGUAUGGUCAAUGAAUUUGGCUAUUGCAGUCUUGACUAUGACGUAGCUUAUGCAAGAGACAGCGGUGUCAUCACCUGCAGAGCCACCAACAAGUUUGGAGUGGACCAAACCUCGGCCACCCUGAUUGUCAAGGAUGAAAAGGGUCUUGUUGAGGAGAGCCAGCUUCCCGAAGGUAGGAAGGGAGCUCACAGAAUCGAGGAGAUUGAACGCAUGGCUCACGAGGGAGGACCUGCAGGAGUCAGCACUGAUGAGGAAUCUGAAAAGACCAAACCCGAUAUUGUCCUACUUCCCGAGCCAGCUAGAGUGCUGGAAGGUGAAAUUGCCCGAUUCCGCUGCAGAGUGACUGGUUACCCUGCACCAAAAGUUAACUGGUACCUAAAUGGACAACUAAUUCGCAAGAGCAAACGAUACAGACUUCGUUAUGACGGCAUAUACUACUUGGAGAUUGUUGACAUCAAGUCCUAUGAUACAGGGGAGGUCAAGGUGGUCGCAGAUAACCCUUUGGGUUCAACGGAGCACAUCGUGAAGCUGGAAGUCACACAGAGGGAGGACUUUAGAUCUGUCUUACGUCGUGCACCUGAACCAAAGGUAGCAGAACCCCCACAUGAGUCUGGCAGAAUUGGUUUUGGUGUUGUGAAGGUGGAUCAACCUGUUGAUGCCACACAAGACAAAGAAGUUGUUAAAUUAAGGAGGACACAAAGAGUUGUUCAUGAGAAAACCUCAGAGGAGUCAGAGGAGCUGAAGAGUAAGUUCAAGCGCAGGACAGAAGAAGGGUUCUAUGAGUCCAUCUCUGCGGUGGAAUUUAAGUCUCGCAAGCGGGAUGACUCUUAUGAGGAUUUAUUGAAGAAGACCAAAGAUGAGCUGCUUCAUCACCUGAAAGAGAAGGAGGAGGCUGAGAGGAAAAGGUUGGAGGAGCAGGGAGUGGUGACUAUCCCCACAAUCAAACCUGACAGGAUACAGCUCUCCCCUAGCAUGGAAGCUCCAAAGAUUCUGGAACGCAUCUCAAGCAAAACAGUUGCUCCGAUGGAUGAGGUUCGGUUCCGACUUCGAGUUGUCGGAAGACCGGAGCCUGAGUGCCAGUGGUUCAUGAAUGGUAUUGAACUGGAGAAGUCUGAUCGUGUCUACUGGUACUGGCCAGAAGACCACUUGUGUGAGCUGGUUAUCCGAGACGUUAAUGCUGAGGACUCUGCCAGCAUCAUGGUCAAAGCUGUGAACAUUGCUGGAGAGGCUUCCAGUCACGCCUUUUUGCUGGUGCAAGCCAAGGCAGCUGUUAGCUUUACCCAAUACCUGGAGGAUGCCAGCGCCAAUGAGAAGGACACCAUGGUGACCUUCGAGUGUGAAACCAACGAACCUUUUGUUAAAGUGAAGUGGCUGAAGAACGACAUGGAAAUAUUUUCCGGUGACAAAUAUAGAAUGCACUCUGAUAGAAAUGUCCACUUCCUGUCUGUGCUUAUGAUCGACAUGAGGGAUGAUGCAGAAUACACCUGCAUGAUUGCAGAGGAUGAGAGUAUCCGCACAAAUGCAAGGCUUUAUGUCGAAGGUGCUGAGCUAGAGCUUAUCAAACAACUGGAGAGCAUCGAAGUUCCCGAGACCUACUCUGGAGAAUUUGAGGUUGAGUUGUCUCGUGAGGAUGCUGAGGGUAGCUGGUUCUUUCAAGACAAGGAGCUGUCUCCCAGCAGUAAACAUGUGAUCUCCUCCCGACGGGGAAGGCACACCUUAACUGUGAAGAAUGUCAAGAAGGCGGACCAGGGGAUGUACACCUUUUUAUGUGGAGACCUAAAGACCAGCGCUUCAUUGAAGAUGAAACUGCGUCCAGUGACCUUGAUGCAGCCACUGAGCGACCUCACGGUCUGUGAAGGUGACAUUGCUCAGUUGGAGGUCAAGUUCUCUCAGGAGAACGUUGAGGGGACCUGGAUGAAGAACGGCCAGGCCAUCUCUGCCUCUGACCGCAUCCACAUCGUCAUUGACAAAGCUGUCCAUAAGCUUCUGGUUGAGAACGUCAGCCGGGAAGAUUCAGCUUCAUAUUCGUUUUUGGUUCCCACACACUAUAUCACCACCUCGUGCAAACUCACAGUUCAGACCAUUGACAUCGUGGUACACCUAAAAGAUGUGACUUCCAUUGAAGGCUCCAAGGCUGUUUUGGAAGCUAAGAUUACUGCCCAAGAUGUUGGUUCCGUCAAAUGGUACCACAACGACAAACCCAUGAUGGCCAGUGACAGGAUUCAAAUGGUGGCGAAAGGAGCCAAGCAGCGACUUGUGUUUAACAGAACCUUUGCCUCAGAUAAAGGACACUACAAGCUGCUGGUUGGGAAGGUCUCCACCAGCUGCAAUCUGACUGUGGAACAGAUUCACAUUGUAAAACACAUGGAGGACAAAGUGUGCUCCGAGUCGCAGAACGUCACUUUCGACGUUGAAGUUUCUCAUGCUGGCAUCGACCCAGUCUGGACCUUCAGGAACCAACAGCUUAAGCCUGGUCCCAUGUAUAAAAUGGAGUCCAAAGACAAGAGGCACUAUCUGACUGUCAUCGACACUAUGAAGGAUGCAGAGGGACAGUACACCUUCCACGCCGGUGAAAAGACUUCCAGCUCCAAGCUCACUGUCUCUGGUGGCGCCAUCACCCGUCCCUUGCAAGAUGUGACGGUAGCUGAGUCACAGACUGCAGAAUUGGAAUGUGAAGUCGCUAACGUGAAUGCUGAGGGCAAGUGGUUGAAGGAUGGUCAGCCGGUGCACUUCAAUGCCAAUGUGGUGAGUAAGGUGAAGGGAGCCGUCCGACACCUCGUCAUCAUCAUCACUCGACCUCAGGAUAUCGGCGAGUACACUUACCAAGUGGCCAAUUCUAAAACCUCCGCAAACCUAAGGGUGGAAUCGGUCAAGAUCAAGAAGACUAUAAAGAACCAGACUGUGACAGAGACACAGGAGGCGGUGUUUACACUGGAGCUUACCCACGUCGAUGUUAAAGGAGCCCAGUGGGUCAAGAACGGUGUGGAGCUGCUCAACAGCGACAAGUACGAGAUCACAUCUGAAGGCACCAUCCAUACACUGAAGGUCAAGAACUGUAACAUGCAGGAUGAGAAUGUUUACUCCUUCAAACUGGGAAAACUGACAGCCAACGCUCGUCUGAACGUCGAGAUAAUCAAGAUUGUGAAGAAGAUCAAAAAUGUAAAGUGUCUGGUGGACGCCACCGUCUCCUUCGAGAUGAGUCUAUCACAUGACAACAUCCCGGUCAAGUGGAUGCACAAAGGGGUGGAGCUAAAGUCCAGCGACACAUGCAAGAUUUUCUCCGAGCGCAAGGCUCACAAAUUAGUUCUCCAGAAAGUGGACAGUAACAGUGAAGGGGAAUACACUGCACAGGUCGGACACCUGCAGUGCAGUGCCACGCUCACAGUCGAAGCUCUUCGUGUGACCAAACCCUUGAAGAAUGUGAAAGUGACUGAGACACAGGCGGCCACCUUUGAGUGUGAAGUGUCCCACUUUAACGUCCCCUCUACCUGGCUGAAGAAUGGUGUGGAGAUUGAGAUGAGCGAAAAGUUCAGGAUCGUGGUUCAGGGAAAACUUCACCAGCUGAAGAUCAUGAACACCAGCAGGAACGACUCUGCCGAGUAUACGUUUGUGUGUGGGAACGACCGAGUGUCCGCAACACUCACCGUCAGCCCCGUUCUAAUCACCUCCAUGCUGAAGGACUUGAAUGCUCAGGAGCGAGACACCAUUACAUUUGAAGUCACCGUCAACCACGAGGGCAUCACCUACAAAUGGCUGAAGAAUGGCAUUGAGAUAAGGUCAUCGGAGAGAUGCCAAGUGCGGAGCCGGCAGCUCACGCACUCACUCACUGUUCGUAAUGUUCACUUUGGGGAUGGAGGAGAGUACCAGUUUGUGGCUGGGUCUGCUGCCAGUGCUGCAAACUUGUUUGUUGAAGCUCGUGUAAUUGAAUUCACCAAGAAGAUUAAGGACAUAAAGAUAACAGAGAAGAAGAAGGCGAUAUUUGAAUGUGAGGUGUCAGAACCAAACAUCCAGGUUGUUUGGAUGAAGGACGGUCAGGAGCUGGACAUGUCACAAGAAAGGUACAUCGUGACAGCAGAGAAGUAUGUCCACCGGCUCAUGAUCCAGACCGUACGCCUAUCUGAUGCUGGAGAGUUUUCGGUGGUGGCCGGCUCAAGCAUCUCGAAGGCCCAGCUCAUUGUGGAAGGCCGUGACAUCCGUAUCUUUGAACCGGCAGCACGAGUAGUCACGGUCCUCGAGAAACACAGAGCAACUUUUGAAUUUAAAGUUAACGAGGAUGACGUCGAAGGUCGUUGGCUGAGGAACGGGGUGGAGAUCCAGUUCUCAGUGGAGGAGCGGUUCAACUAUGUCACCAUUAGGAAGGUCCACCGUCUUACGAUCUCUGAAACCUAUAGGAGCGACGCUGGCGAGUACACCUUCAUUGCCGGCAAGAACAGAAGCACAAUCAACCUGAGAGUUAACAUCCCAGAACCGCCUCAAAUCCUCCACCACAUGGAGGCACAGUCAGUGGAGGCGGGCAGGCCGGCUCGUUUCUCUGUGGCAGUGAGUGGCGUUCCUCAGCCUCAGGUCUUCUGGUACAAGAACUCGCAGGCGCUGUCUUCAGGCUUCAAGUGCAAGUUCCUUCAUGACGCUGGUGAGCACACCCUGCUGCUGAUCGAGGUCUUCCCAGAGGAUGCUGCCAUAUAUACCUGUGAGGCCAAAAACGACUAUGGCGUUGCCACCAGCACUGCUACGCUCAAUGUGGAAGUGUCUGAAGUGGUUUCUCCAGACUUGGCUGCUUUCGUUGCUCCUCCUGUUAUCAUCUCACCCAUUUCCAGCACCUCUACCCGUGAGGGAGAAUCAGCUCGCUUUCAGUGCAGAAUUGGAGGAGAUGAUGUAAAGAUAAAAUGGUUCCACAAAGAGAAGGAGAUCAAGCAGUCCGCAUUCUUCAGAAUGUCUCAGUUUGACGACAGCUAUCAGUUGGCGGUCCCCAGAGUGUAUCUGGAGGACGAGGGCGAGUACACGUGUGUGGCCAGCAACAAUGCCGGAACCGCAUCAAGCUCAGCAACCCUCACUUUGGACGGUAAAUAUUUUCUACAGUCUUUUAAAAUUAAAUGGCAUGUCUCCACUACACUCAGCAGUCAACAGCCCGCUACUAGCCAAAAGCCAAUUUUCAUACUGCCAAUCACAAGCUGCUCAGUGCCGCACGGAGAGGUGGCCCGCUUUCACGCAUGUGUGUCCAGCACCCCCAUACCGAAGAUAAGCUGGUUCCACAACCAGCAGCCAAUUCAGCCCACCAAGAAUGUGGUGUUCCAUUAUGACGAGGUGACGAGCACCGCCACCCUCAUUAUAGUGGACGCUUUCCUUGAGCAUGGGGGCCAGUACACCUGCAGAGCGGCCAAUCCUGCGGGAGAGGCCGCCUGCUCGGCCAUGCUGGUCAUCACCAAUGUGGAAGAAUUAGAAGUGACUCAUGUAAGAGAGCAGAUCGAAGCCACCAUUGAGCAGGAAGUCAAAGAACAUUCUAGCACCACCGUGACCACAAUGGAGGAGCAAGAGGAAACCUACUACACUGGUGUCCAGUUGGCGCAGAAAACAAAAACACUUGAACUCAUGCCAGAGUCUAAACGUUAUGCUUCCACUUUAGAGAAGAAAAAGGAAAAGCCAGUUUUUCUUAGCAAGCUUUCUCCAAUGGCGGUAAGCUCUGGAGAGACUGCCAAGUUUACCGUCAAGGUGUCCGGCAUGCCAAAGCCAACAGUUCAGUGGUCCCACGAUGGAAAAGUAAUCAAAAGCUCUUCAAUGUACAAGCUAAUAGAAGAGAAAGAGGAGUAUUCUUUAAUUAUUACUUCUGUCACAUCUGAGUACGAGGGCAAGUAUUCCUGCACUGCCUCCAACAGAUUUGGCCAGACAACAUGCACCACAUACCUGGAAGUGAAAAAGCAAGAUGUUAGCCAGGCACAGAAAUGGGUUGAGAAAAUGUUUAAGAUUACAGGUGAACCUCCAACUUUCAUAUCUCAGAUUCAACCUGUGAGGCACGCAGAAGGGAGCAAGGUUAUUUUCAAUUACAAAGUCAUUGGGGAUCCAGCCCCUACAGUUAAGUGGUAUAAGGGUGCUUCUGAAAUCCAGUCUAGAAAAAACUGCAUCAUUACAGCCAAUUCUGAUGGCUCUGGCUUCAUUACUAUCAUGAAUGUAAAACAGGAAGACAGUGGAAUGUACACGUGCAAAGCCUCCAACCAGUUUGGUGAGACGUCUAACAGUGCUGAACUCGUAGUGUUCAGGGAAUCCUUUUCUGUGUCGAGCAAACAGGACAAGCCAACUCUGGUUCAGAAGAAAGGUUAUAAGGUUUCUGUGACAGAGCAGGCCACAGAGUCCCGUUUGUACCAGGUCAGCCUACCAGGCCAGGACAAAGCAAGAUCAGAUCAGAUGGUGUACACUAUAGGAACAGAAGACCGGCAGAUUAUUCCCAGUGAGCAAGUGGGCUCUCUUACAGAGCUCGAUAUUUCUGCUGCCUCUAUUCAGCGUGAGCAGCUGACCCAUCAGGCAGCAGUCCUUCAGGUUCACGAAGUAGAAGAAAGGGCGUCCAUGGUCCUCACUCCCCCAAAGCAGGUUUCAGCUGUUCCUCAUAAGCAGCUUCACAUGGCAGCAUUCACGUCAUCUGUCGAAGAGAGUCAGGACCUCACAGAGCAGCACUAUGAUCGCAUUCAGAGUCCAGAGGUCAUUGAGCUCCAGGCAGCCAGAGAACAGAGGUCAAAGAUGAUGUCAGCUGUAGCUGAGGAGCUCACCCCGCUUUCUACCACGAGCCUUGAGCCACUAGCCGACAGAAAGCCUGCUUUAAUAAAGCCAAGCCCAGAGCCCAAACAUCUAGUUAGCGGGCAUCAAGUGGAAUCACCGGUGUUAAUUUUGAAAGAACAGUCUCAAGAUCUCCCUAGACCAGAGGAGGAGAAAAGUUACAAGGUUAAAGAGGGUGUUAAAAUCUUAUACUCCGCCCAAUCUACAGAGAAAUAUAUGCUGGAAGAGGGUCACACCACAAAAUUAACUACAUCCGAUUCUAAAAUAAGGACUUCUGCUAAGAAGGAGCAAAGAAGUUCGGUUCUGGCCCCAGUCAGUGAAACCAAACAAACCAUGGCCAAGGAGACUACAUUCUCCAUGCAAAGGCCAUCUGAGGAAAUUGCCCUUUCCCGUAAAGAUACAUUGAUGAAGGUCAGUUUAACUGCAGAAGAAAAGCGCACUCUUCAGGCUGAGUUCUCUCAGCAUUUACCUACCUUAGACAGUGCCACAUCCAUUCCGUUACAGAUCGAGGGGGAAAAGUUGUUGCAUUUGCAGGUUAUCACUGAACAGGACUUACUCCCCUCCGAGACCAGUUUUACUUGUGAGAAACCAGACCCACAGCAAGCAGGCAGCAGGAAAAGUCCCACAGUGUUGCAUACCGUCAGUCAGGAUGAGCAGAAGACAGCUGUUAGUGAGGAUACGACGGAGUUCGAGGUCAGAGCUAGCACCGUUGCCAUUCAUCCACGUAAAGAAUCUCCUUCUUUGCUCCAUCUCCAGUCAAACCAGUCCAUUGAGGUGCUGCCUAAGGAAGGUAUUCUUGUAACCGCAAAGCCAGAACAACAAUCAGCAAUACAGAAAUCAGAAAAGGUUCGUAGCCAUGCAGCUAUCUUUGAUGAGAAACUACAACUGACAGCAGAUCACCACUCAGAGCUUGAAUUGUCAGUGACUGGAGUUCAGUCUCAGCUUCGAACUGAGCCGAGUCCUCAAAAGAUCCUCCAGCUGUCGUUCCAGCCCAUGCAGCUGCCAAAAGAGACACCAGUCACUUCUGACAUUAAGCAGCAGCGUGCUUUAGUACAGAAGGAGGAUCGUUGGAAUGUGAUGCACCUCACCACUGUAGCAGAGAGUCAGACAUUAGAGGCAGGACACACUGAGAGUCUUGCAGCUACAGAAAAAGUCACCUGCCAAACAGCCAUUGAGGCAAAAGUUCCCACUGAGCCAGUCCAGAUUGAGGAAAAGGAGAUUUGCACAGAGAGCACUGCUUUUCUUGAGGCUGCACAGCAAGACUUUGCUGUGCAGAUCCAGGAAGGCCAGUCAGUCAGGGAGUCGAUAGUAAUGAAUGAGAAGCUAGUGAUGACAGGAGAACUCUCUCAAGAGAUCACAAAGUCUGAGUCCACUAAAGUCACUGCUACUAAGCAACCAAAGCUGUCAUUGAAAGCAUCAGAAUCAAAAGAUAGCACGACUCUACCCAAAGAAAUGACAUUUGUACUUCAGAUACCAAAACCUUCAAAUGUGAAUAUACGUCGUCAGCUUAGAGACGCGCUUCAGUCUGCAGUAGCAAGCGAGCAGCCCGUGUUGCUUGCUGAUGUUGUAGGAAGGCUCCAGGUUGUAGGAAUACAAGAAGUCAAAGUCCAGAGAGAACCAAGGUGCUCCUUGUUUACAUACCAGAUUACAUCAACUGGCGCACCUUUGGAAAUCACUCUGGCUUUAGAAGGGGAAUAUCCUCAGACAGCUGACCUCAGAACUGAACUUCAGGCAGCUUUACACUCCAUUGUGCACCAGGAGGCCCAUAUUUUGACUUCAGAUCAGCCUGGCACAAUGCAGUUAGACAAACCUCAGAGGGCACAGGUCACAUCAGCCCGCUCAAAGCAAAUUAAUUCCUCCAUUGUGCAGACAGUGAGUGUGGCAGAAAGCUCAGUGGAUCUCACUCCUGUUGAAUCUCAGAAAGCAGUCCUCAUGACUGAGUCUAAAAUGUCAGCACAAAGUGCUUCCGCUCAGCAGCAGGUUGUAGUUGAGGAAUCCAGAGAAGCAACAGUGGCGCAGUCGAUCUCAUCCAAAGUCCAAAUUUCGACUGAGGCCAAAAUGGCCUUUGAGCAGUCGGUAAUGGUGUCUAGACAGGAGGUAAAGUCAACAAUGGAGAGCCAACAGAAGGCUGAUAGGACAGCUGUAGUCACCACCACCUUACUUACCACCACUCCCUCGGAACCGGCUGAUGUCAGCAUCCAGAAGGAGCACAUGGUGGAGGUUUUCAAAGAAGAGAUGUCAGUUUUAAGGAAAGAACAAAGAGAAUGUCCCCUAUUAGUCACCACUUUGGAAGACAUAACUGUUGAGGAAGAUAACAAAGUAAUAUUUAGCACCACCAUUAAAUAUGUCACAAAGGUAAACUGGUUUUUCAAUGGCCAAUUGGUGAAAUCUGGCAAUGAGUUCAAGUGUUUCACAGACUUUGACUCACACUCACUGGUAAUCAGCAAAGUUGUCAAGGAGAAACACCAAGGAGAAUAUGUUUGUGAGGCCGAGAAUGAAGCUGGAAGAACAACAACAUCUUCAAGACUCACAGUGGUCUCAAGAGUGCCCCCCAUUUUUAGGCUGAAAAUUACACCUCUGGAAGUAAAUAUCGGCAGCCACGCCAAGUUCGAGUGUGAGAUUGAGGAUGCACCUAGUGUGACCUUCAAAUGGUAUAUGUCCGGCACUGAAAUCAGACAAAGCGAGAAGUACAAGAUCAUCAGUCGACACACUGGAUCUUCUCUGGAGAUCUUGAAUCCAGUUAAAGCCGACAGUGGAAAAAUCAGCUGCAAAGCUACAAACCAACAUGGGACUGACAGCUGCAGUGCCUCUCUCACAGUCACAGAAAUGUACCCACCGCUAUUUGUAUCAAAACCAGAGCCAAUGACUUCCUUUGCGGGAAAAGCAGCUGUGCUCCAGUGUUCACUUACUGGAUCCUCACCCAUAGAAGUGGUCUGGCAUAAAGACAAUAUAACCAUCUCUCCCUCUGACCACCAUGUCAUGAAAUGUGACAGGAACAAGUAUUCCCUGCACAUUUCCAAUCUUGAGCCGGGUGAUCAGGGAGUGUACUUGUGCAAGGCGUCCAACAGUGUUGGCACUGCUACUUUUAGCACACAGCUAAACGUAAUCAACAAGCCCAACUUCAUUAAGACCAUUGAGCCAGCAUCAGCAGCUGUCAAUGAGGUGCUGAGGCUGGAGUGCCAGCUGGAUGAGGACACAUAUGUGACGGUCACCUGGACCCGUGAUGGCAAAAAGGUCCACCAGAGCCUCGAUUGCAAGGUUUCUUUUGAGGACAAGGUGGCCGUUCUUGAAAUCCCAAAGUCCAAAGUGAAGGACUCUGGCAUGUAUGUGUGCACAGCCUCAAAUGAGGCAGGGAGCACUUUUUGUGAGGCUUUGGUGACAGUUCAAGAGCCUCCUAGAUUUGUCAAGAAAGUGGAGCCAAGUGUCACAUGGAAGCAAGGAAUAGCUGCACGCUUGCACUGUACCCUAAAAGGUUCUCCGGAGCUCCGCAUCCACUGGUUUUGGAAUGAGAGCGAGUUAAGCUCUGGAGAGAAACACAAAAUGUCUUUCACGAAUGGAACUGCCACUUUGGAGAUAAUGAACGUAUUAGUCACAGAUAGUGGGAGCUACACCUGUGAGGUGUCAAACAAUGCAGGCAGCGAUAGUUGCAGUGCCAUGGUAGCAGUUAAAGAGCCGCCAACUAUUAGGAAAGAACUUCAGACUGUGGAGGCGGUGAAGGGCUCUACCGCUGUGCUGGAAUGUGAAGUUGCAGGAAGUUCUCCCUUUAACAUCACUUGGUUGAAAAAUAAGAAAUCCAUCAGCAGUGAUCAUAAAUAUAAAAUAAUCUCUCAAGACUCUAUGUUGAUGUUGGAAAUCCAGCUGUUUGAAAGUGGAGAUGUGGGAGAUUAUCAGUGUGUCAUAUCAAAUGAUGUUGGCAAAGUCACUACUAAGGCGGUCGUUAAACUUAAAGAACCGCCAACUUUCGCAAAGAGGGUUGAGAGUGUGACGGCAAUGUUAGGAAAUGCAGUGAAACUCCAGGGGACAGUGAAGGGCUCAGUUCCCAUCAGAGUCAAAUGGAUGAAAGACUCUGAAAUACUGAGAGACGACGAUCCAAAUAUCAUCAUGGAAUUUGAGAACAAUGUUGCAAGUUUGUCCAUAUCAGUCGUGGCCAUCAGCCAUGGUGGUAAAUACUUGUGCCAAGCUGAGAACGAAGCUGGUCAACAGAAAUGUGAAGCUGCCCUGACAGUACACGAACCUGCUAGAAUUGUAGAACCGGCAGAGUCCAUAAGUGUGACUGCAGGUGAUUCUGCCAUGCUGGAGUGCAUCAUCUCUGGAACUCCAGACCUGAAAGUAAAGUGGUUUAGAGACGGCAAAGAGAUGAUCAGUGGACGCAAAUAUAAAAUGAGCCAGAAGGAGAAUGUCGUUUCUAUGAAGAUUCUUAAAGCAGAGAAAGGAGACACGUCUGAAUACAAGAUAGAGGUUUCCAAUAAAGUUGGGAAAGACCAGUGCACCUGCUCAGUGACAGUUCUAGAUCGUAUAAUGCCGCCAAACUUCACCAAACUCCUGAAAAGAGUUGAUGGUAACAUUGGCUGUGACAUUUUCUUGGAGUGUAAGGUGUCUGGGUCUCAACCGAUCACCAUCAGUUGGUUCAAAGAUGAUCAGGAAAUUAAGUCUGGAACCAAAUUUUGGCCUGAAUUCAAGGAAAGCUCUGUCACGCUAACCAUCAGGCGGCUGGAGAAAGCGGACUCUGGAGUUUAUAAAUGUAGAGCCACCAACUCAGCUGGCGUUAAAGAAACCAGUGGCGUACUUUAUGUCAAAGAGCCGCCAGUAUUCACAGCAACACCCGACAACCAAGAUGUUAUACCCGGAUCCACUGUGUGUCUUCAAGCUGCUUUCACUGGAACCCCUCCUCUGUCUGUGAAAUGGUUCAUAGAGGACAAGGAGAUGAUCAGCGGAGACACCUGUUUCAUCAAGAAAGACGCUUCUUUGAGUACUUUGGAGCUUACUUCUGUAAAGCCCAGUGACUCUGCUAAAUAUACAUGCCAAGUAUCAAAUGAUGCUGGCAAAGUGGACUGCACCACAGUCGUCUUUGUAAAAGAACCUCCUGUCUUUGUGACUAAGCCUGAGGCGACCAAGCUGGUCAUCAGUGAUGAAUCUGUCAAGUUGCAGUGCAAAGUGACAGGCAGUCCUGUUAUAGGUUUUAUGUGGCUAAAAGAUGGAAUGACUAUCAGCCACAGUUCCAAAUACACAAUAACUUCAGUGGACUUGGUAUCAUGUUUGGAAAUUGUCAAGUGCACCGUAGAGGACAGUGGAGAGUAUAUGUGUGUGGCUUCCAGUGAGGCUGGCAGCGACCAAUGCAGCAGCACAAUCACAGUAAAAGAACCCCCAGUGUUUGUCCGUUUGUUGGAGGCCAAAGAUGUGGUCAAGGGUUCUGAGAUGAUGCUGGAGGGCCAAGUCUCUGGUUCUGCCCCGUUCACUGUGUUGUUUCACAAAAACACACAGCUGUUGAGGAACGAUAAGAGGCACAGGAUCACUGUGAAAGAUGACCUGGUGGCCCUUCAGGUGCUGAGGGUGGAGGCCGGAGAUGUGGGCUUGUACCAGUGUACUGUCGAGAACGAAGUGGGGAGGGCCACUUGUGAAUGUCAAGUCACUCUUAAAGACCCUCCAUCAUUUGUCCACAAGCUGGAGAGCAUCAGUGCCUUGGUAGACACCAACGUGUCUUUGCAAUGCACACUGAAGGGCUCAGAGCCAAUAACAGUGACCUGGCUCAAAGACAACCAUGAGCUCAAGGAAUCUGAAAACCUUCAGAUAACAUACAGGAACCAGGCAGCUCUACUGCACAUCACAAAGCUUCACAGCAAGCAUGGCGGAAAAUACUCAUGCCACGCACAGAAUCAAGCCGGCAGUCAGACCUGCUCUGCUGUCUUGACAGUCAAAGAACCUGCUACGGUCACAGAGGAAAUCAAAUCCAUCAGUGUAACUCAGGGGGAUCUGGCCAUUAUGGCUGCCAGGUUCUCAGGCACAAAGCCGCUGAAGGUGCGGUGGUUGAAGGCCGGCCAGGAGCUGACCUCUGGCCAGAAAUACAAAGUUCAAAGCACAGACUCCAGCUCUGUGCUUAAAAUUAGUAAAACCAAUACAAGUGAUAGCGGUGACUACAUGUUUGAGGUUUCAAACGAUGUUGGCCGCAGUUCUUGUGAGGCAACCCUCACUAUUUUGGAUCAAAUUAUUCCACCAAAUUUCACAAGAAAGCUGAAGCAAACAGAAGGUAUCAAAGGGUCGUUUGCUCAUCUAGAGUGUGUGGUGUCAGGCUCCGUACCCCUAAGUGUGCAGUGGUACAAAGAUGAGAACCAGAUCGAGACCGAUGAAAAACACAAGUGCAAAUUCUUUGAGAAUGUUGCGCUUCUUGAAAUCUCUGAUCUUGACAGCAAAGAUGGUGGCAGUUACACCUGCAUUGCUAAGAACAAGGCGGGAAGUGCACAGUGCUCCGGGGUCUUGUUCGUCAAAGAGCCACCAUGCAUUAUUGAACAGCCAGAAUCUAUGAAUGUUCUUCCUGGAUCAAAGGUUAAUUUUACAGUUCUGGUCUCGGGCACAAUGCCAUUGACCAUCAAAUGGUUUAAAAACCAGAAAGAAAUCUUAUCCAGCUCCGACUGCUUGGUGAUUAAAGACAGCAUGUCCACUUCCCUGGAACUCUUCUUUGUCAAAACCUUAGACUCGGGCGAAUAUGUCUGUGAAGUACAGAACGAUGUCGGUGCCGCCUCCUGCCAGACCACCCUCUUUGUCAAAGAGCCACCAAAAUUCACACUGACCCCGCCUCGCUUGUCCGUGAUCCGUUCAGGUCAAAGUAAAAUGUUUGAGUGCCAAGUGAGCGGCACACCUGAGAUAGAUAUCUACUGGUUCAAGGAGGGCUCAGAGAUCGUCCAUAGCAGUUACUACAAAAUGGCCUUUGUUAACUCUGUGGCCACCCUGGAGCUGUGUAGGGCUGACAUCAAAGAUGGUGGCAUGUACUUCUGUGAAGCUCGAAAUGAAGCUGGUAGCGAGAGCUGCAGCAUGGAGCUUAAGGUCAAAGAGCCACCAUUGUUUGUGCGAGAACUGAUGCCGGCUGACGUUGUGAAGGGCUGCAGUGCCUGGCUGGACUGUCAGCUGGCUGGAACACCUCCCUUUGAGAUUACAUGGAUUAAAGAUGGCAAGGAGCUCAAAACUAGUGCUAAACAUGGCCUCUCUAUGGUCAACGACACUGUGGGCCUUGAGGUCAGCAGAUGUGACGCUGGUGAUAUUGGUGAAUACCAGUGCACUGUUUCCAAUGAGGUGGGAAGCUGUAGUUCUAAGACCAUGAUAGGCCUCAAAGAACCGCCAACAUUUAUAAAGCGAAUGGAAAAUUCUACCUGUGUUCUCGGUAAGAAGAUGUUCUUUGAGUGUGUUAUCAACGGUUCUCCCAACCUCUCAGUACAAUGGCAAAAAGACGGGAACUGGAUUUUGGAAGAUCCGAAAAUGGAGAGGACAUUUGACAAUAAUGUAGCCAUUCUCAGAAUCUCCGCGUGUGAAGCGGAUCACAGCGGGUCAUACACUUGCCAGGUGAUGAAUGAGGCUGGACAGGAUAAGUGUGUUGCCACCCUGGUAGUCCAAGAACCUCCUCAAAUCUCAGAGAAACCUAAGGUGGUAAAGGUGACGGUUGGAGAUCCUGUCAGCCUGGACUGUAAAGUAACCGGCUCGGCUGACCUUAAAGUAAAAUGGACGAAAGAUGGCAAGGAGCUUCAGUCAAUCAGGCAGCACAAGCUGAGCUUUGAGAAUAACAUCAGCAGCCUAAAGAUUCAGUCAGCUCAGAAAGAGGAUGCAGGGGAUUACAUCUUUGAGGUCUCCAAUCACAUCAGCAGCUGCAGCUGCACCGUCAAAGUGGCCGUGUUAGAACAACUCAUCCCACCAAGUUUCAUUAAUCCCCUGAGAGACAUGCAAGAGAUUUUGGGUUCCUUUGUUCAGAUUGGUUGCAAAAUAUCUGGUUCCAUUCCAAUCUCAGUGGAAUGGCAGAAAGACGGAACCACGAUCUCAAGUGGCGAGAAACACAAACUUAUUCAGCAGGACAAUUCUGUCUAUGUGGAAAUUGAAAAUUUAGAGAUUUCAGAUGCAGGGUCCUACACUUGCAAACUGAACAACGCAGCAGGAAGUUGUAAAUGCAGUGGAUUCCUGAAGGUCAAAGAACCUCCUAGCUUUGUGACCCCACCUGAGUCUCAGGCGGCCAUACCUAACACAACAGUGCGCUUCAAAGGAACAUUCAAGGGAACGCCACCCUUUAGUGUGAAAUGGUUCAAGGACGAAACUGAGCUAAUGACUGGACCCACUUGUCUCAUGGGAAUAGAAGGGCUAUCCUGCCUUUUAGAGCUCUACUCGGUGGGCGUCAACCAGACUGGCAUCUACUCCUGCCAAGUGACCAAUGACGCUGGUUCUGUACGCUGUAGUGCAGAUUUGAUGGUCAAAGAACCACCGGAGUUUGUGCUGAAACUACCUGCCGAUAAGUGUGUGAAGCAGGGUGAGCCAGUCUGCCUGGAGUGUAAAGUCACUGGUACCGAACCUCUCAAAGUGACGUGGUACAAACAGGACACCAAACUCACUGAAGGCAGAAACUGCAGCAUGUCAUUUAUUGACUCUGUGGCGGUCCUUGAGCUAUUCGCCGCCAGUGUUGAAGAUGAUGGAGUUUACACAUGUGAAGCUCACAACGAUGCUGGCAGUGUAAGCUGCAGCACCACUGUCUCUGUGAAAGACCCGCCAUCAUUUAUUAAAGUACCAGAAACGGUGGAUGGGUUGAAAGGGAAGGACGUCAGUCUGUACUGCGAGAUGACCGGUACAGCUCCCUUCCAGAUCACAUGGUUCAAAGACAAGAAUCUUUUGAUGGAGAGCAGGAAGUAUAAAAUGUUGAGCGAAGAGAGCUCCACUACGCUACACAUCAUAGAGAUUGAGCAGGCAGACGUUGGCCAAUAUGAGUGCAAAGUGUCAAACAGUGUAGGAAGUGACAUCUGUUACACAGCAGUUAAUCUCAAAGAGCUGCCUUCCUUUGUGAAGAAACUGUCAAACAUGACAGUGAUUCUGGGACAGGAGGUGACCCUUUUGGCCACAGUUCAAGGCUCUGAACCAAUGACUGUGUCCUGGGUUCUGGACAAGGAUCACAUUCUCAGAGACGGUGAAAACAGGAAAAUCACUUUUGAGAACAACCAGGUCGCUCUUAAAGUGUUCGCGGCCGAUGCGGCGGCAGCAGGCAGAUACACCUGCCAGCUCAGAAACGAUGCUGGGAGUGUGGAGUGUUUCGCUAACUUGACUGUUCUAGAACCGGCCAGAAUCGUCGAUAAGCCUGAUGCUCUAAAUGUGACUGCGGGCGAUAUUGCCGCUCUCGAGGUCAAAGUGUGCGGGACUCCAGAGCUCACACCUAAGUGGUUCAAGAACGGUGUGGAGCUGGCCUCUGGGAAGAAGUACAAUAUCUCAUUUUCCCGGAUGAUAUGCAGCCUAAACGUGCUGUCGGCUGAGAAAAUGGACUCAGGAGAGUACACGUUUGAGGUCAAGAAUGAAGUCGGGAAGGAUCUGAGCAAAAUAAAACUCACGGUCUUAGAUAAAACCAUGCCACCAUCCUUUACCAGGAAGCUGAAGGACUGUAACACCGUGGUCACCCACGCUGGUGAGAUGGAGUGUAAAGUGUCUGGAUCGCCACCUUUCACCAUUUCCUGGUUCCACGGAGAUGAGGAGCUACAAAGCGGGCCCAAUUACGACAUAUCGUUCAAGGACAACAGCUGCAUUCUUAGGGUGCCCACGCUCAAACUGUCUGACUCUGGAAUAUAUAAAUGUAAGGCCGUCAACGUGGCAGGAUCCAGUGAGACAACAGCUUUCCUCGAGGUCAAAGAGCCACCAUCUUUUGUGGUGGCGCCCCAGUCGACUGAGGCCUUGCCAGGAUCUGUCGUGACCUUCUCGGCCAUCGUCAAGGGCAGCGCCCCUCUCAGGCUAAAGUGGUUCAGAGGAACCAAGGAGCUGGAGGCUCGAAAAGACUGUCAUUUCUCCCUGAAGGACAACCAAAUCACUUUGGAGCUCUUCCAAGUGGACAGAAGUCAUGCGGGAGAGUACACCUGCCAGGUCAUCAAUGAUGUGGGCAAGGAGAAUUGCCCCGUCAACCUGAUACUCAAAGAGCCAGCAUCCUUUGUGAAAAGGCUGAAAGAUGUGUCGGUCGAGAAAGGCCAACCAUUGAUGCUGGAGUGCUCCUACUCGGGGACGCCAAAGAUCUCAGUAAGCUGGUUCAAAGACAAAGAGCAGAUCUUUGCGUCGUACAAGUACAACAUGACCACAACAGAGAGUGCCUGCAUUCUGGAGUGUCUCAGCACCGAGGACAAGGAAGCCGCUGGAAAGUUCUCAUGUAACGUGUCCAAUGACGCCGGCCAGGAUACCUGCGAGUCCACAGUGACCAUUCUGGAGUCACCUUACUUUGUGGACACUUUGGAGCCCAUGGAGGUGACGUCAGGAGACGCCGUAUGUCUCAAAUGUAAUGUGGCAGGGACUCCUGAGAUCAAAGUGACCUGGUUCAAAGGCGACGGCAAAGUGCGCUCUAGCCCCAACUGCAAGUUAGAGUACACCAAUGGUAUUGCCUGCCUCAAACUCAGCAAAGCCACCAUGGCCGACAUUGGCGAGUACAUCUGCAAGGCAGAAAACAAGAUUGGCUCCGCUUCUUCCUCUUGCCGGCUCAACGUUCAAGAGGCCAAAACACCGCCAUCUUUCCCCAAGAAAAUCACCAGCCUGCAGCAGACCGAAGGUCAAGACGUGCGCUUUGAGUGCCGUGUGGCCGGCUCCUCGCCCAUUGAGGUGUCAUGGUUGAAGGACGGUGAACUUCUGAGCCAGGGCAAGGAGUUCUUCAUGCUGUACGAUGAUAACACGGCUGUCCUGGAGAUCAGUCACAGUGAGCUGAAACAUUCUGGCGAGUACACCUGUAUGGCAACCAACAGCGUUGGCUCUGCCUCCUGCAGAGCCAAGCUCACCUUGCAAGAACCCAGGUAUCCUCCAGUCUUUGACCGGAAAUUGUCGCCAACGCAGGCAGUGACAGUGGGUGACAGCAUUGAGCUUGAAUGUCACAUGACGGGUUCCGCCCCCCUUAAAGUCACAUGGUCCAAAGACCAUAAAGAUAUUCGCAGUGGUGGGAAUUAUAAGAUUCACUUCGAGGACAACACAGCUCACCUGAGCAUAGUGAAGGCCGACAAAGGCGACUCAGGCAGAUACUUUUGCCAUGUUUCAAAUGACAUUGGCAAGGAUUCGUGCUCCUCUGACGUUGAGGUUAAAGAGCGCAAAACCCCCCCGAUGUUCACCAAAAAGCCCUCAGAGCAGAUGGAGGAAAUCGAAGGCAGGCUGGUCAAGAUUGAGGCUCGGGUCUCUGGCUCACAGCCCGUGACAGUCUGCUGGUUGAAGGAUGACGCAGAGAUCUUCAGCUCAGACGAAUACGACAUCAGCUUUAAGAGUAACGUGGCUGUUCUGUGCAUCAAAAGCAGCCAGAUGAUUGAUAGCGGCAGGUACACGUGCCACGCCUCCAACGAGGCUGGGAAAGCAACCUGUGAUAUCACUCUGGGCAUCUCAGAAGCCAAGAAGCCGCCGGUGUUUGACAUCACACUCAAAGCGACGACUGUGGACGAGGGCGAGAAGCUCACUCUUAAGUGUCACGUCUGCGGAUCCCAUCCUAUGAAGAUCCAGUGGUUAAAGGACAGGAAGGAGCUGUUGUCGGCCGGCAGCACCAAGAUUAGCUUCUCUGACGGGACGGCCUGUUUAGAGAUUGUUUCCGCCUCCCGUCACGAUGUUGGCGACUACAUCUGCAAGGCCACAAAUGACGCUGGCAGCGAGCUCUCCAGAGCUAAAGUUACAAUCAAAGAUAAAGCUGCUCGGCCUCCUGCUGAGACUGCUGCAGAUGCCGCACCGACCAAAAAGCUGGAGGAGCUGUUCUUCAUUGAGGAGCCAAAGAGCGUGAAUGUCACUGAGAAGGGCGCAGCCACCUUUAUCGCCAAAGUGGGCGGAGACCCCAUCCCCAGCGUCAAGUGGAUGAAAGGCAAGUGGAGGCAACUCACGCACGGUGGCCGCAUUUCUAUCGGGCAGAAAGGCCAAGAGGCCAAACUGGAAAUCAGGGAGGUGACCAAGUCUGACUCAGGCCAGUACAGGUGUGUGGCCUCCAACAAACACGGUGAGAUCGAGUGCAACUCCGACCUUCAUGUGGACAAGAAGAAAACGGCGGCUCAGCUGGAAGGAGACCUGCGAGCCAAGUUGAAAAAGACUCCGUCAAAGCAAAAGAGUCCCGACACAGAGAAGGAGAUUGACAUUGUGGAACUGCUUAGGAAUGUGGACCCCAAAGAGUACGAGAAAUAUGCUCGCCUGUACGGUAUCACCGACUACCGAGGCUUGUUGCAGGCCAUCGAACAGCUCAGGCAGGAGAAAGCGGACGAAAGUGAAAGACUGGUAAGAGAAUUGGAACGUACACCAAGAGAGACCGACGAAGACAUGGCACGACUAGUGGCCGACCUGCAGAAAAGGAUGGAGAGGACCGAGCCUGUCACUGUAGUGAAGGACAUCUCGGAUCAGUCAGUCAUGGCCGACAACACGGCGAUGUUUGAGUGUGAGAUCACGAUCAACUACCCUGAGAUCAACCUGUCGUGGUACAAAGGCACCCAGAAACUGGAUACCAGUGCCAAGUACGACAUCAGCGUCAACGGCGAUUGCCACUUGCUAAAAAUUAAGCAGUGCCGGAUGUCUGACCAGGGCAACUACAGGGUGGUGUGCGGACCACAUAUCUCCAGCGCCAAGCUCACCGUCAUGGAGGCCGAGGUGGAGAAGCACCUGCAGGACACGUCGGGUAAGGAAGGCCAGUCGUGCGUCCUGUCUUGUCAGUUGUCCAUCCCUAACGUAGAAGCUCAGUGGUUUAAGAACGGCCAGCAGUUAGAGAUGAAGGGAAGGUUUACGUCUGAGGUCAAACACAAAGUUCAGAAGCUUUAUAUUAGAGACCUGAAGAACGACGACCAGGGUCGAUACACCUGCAAGUACAAGAACCUGCAGUCCUCAGCAGACCUCUGGGUGGAAGUCGAACAAAUUCAUUUCACCAAACGCAUCCACAAUGUCGAAGUCAGCGAGCGACAGUCGGCCACAUUCGAGUGUGAGGUGUCCUUUGACAACGCUAUCGUGUCGUGGUACAAAGACACCUGGGAACUGAAAGAAUGUCCUAAGUACAACUUCCGAAGUGAGGGCCGAAGACAUUUCAUGGUCAUACGAAACGUGACCAUCGAUGACGAAGGCGUGUACUCUGUGAUUGUGAGAUUGGAGCCCAGAGGAGAGGCUAAGAGCACAGCUGAGCUUUAUUUAUCUGGAAAAGAGAUCCAAUUAGCAAUGGUCCCCUUCGAUGUGCAAGACUCGUCAGUUCAGAGGCCCGAGGAGCCCUCGCCAAUAGAGAUUCAAGUUGUCCAGGAGACAGUGGAGUCCCAUGAAGUGGGAGUGGAAGUGAUAGAGGAAAAGCAUUUCGAAGUGACCAAAGACGAGGAGCAAGAACUCAAGGUGGCGGCAGCUAAGAAGAAAAAGGCGCCACCUAAAGUGACCAAAGACGAGGAGCAAGAACUCAAGGUGGCGGCAGCUAAGAAGAAAGAGGCGCCACCUAAAGUGACCAAAGACGAGGAGCAAGAACUCAAGGUGGCGGCAGCUAAGAAGAAAGAGGCGCCACCUAAAGUGACCAAAGACGAGGAGCAAGAACUCAAGGUGGCGGCAGCUAAGAAGAAAGAGGCGCCACCUAAAGUUACCAAAGACGAGGAGCAAGAACUCAAGGUGGUGGCAGCUAAGAAGAAAGAGGCGCCACCUAAAGUGACUAAAGAACCAGUGGAGAAGAAGCUUCCUGUGCUUUCAGUCCCAGAGAAGAAAGUUCCUGCUGUUAAAGAACCAGAGGAGCCCAAAAAGCCAGCUCUUCCCUCACCACCGCUGGAGCCCAGUGUGCCAAAGAAAGAUGAACCCAAACCUCAGGCACCAGCAGAGCCUAAAAAGUCAGUGCCUGUUGCUAAGCCUAAACCUGAGGCCAAGGUUGUAGCAAAGGCUGAGCUGGAGCCGGAAGCUAAGCCAGUACCGUUGAAGAAACCGACAUCGCCACCUCCCAAAGUCCCGGAAGAACCUACCAAGAUAAAGUCAGAACUUGAACCUGAAACACCAAAAUCCGAGCCAGAAAAAAGAAAACCUCAAGUAGGUAAACCUGAGGAACCAGUGCUUUUGGUGCCACCCAAACCAGAGCCUGUAAUGAAAAAACAUGAAGCACCAGAGACUAAGUUUUUGAAAGUAGAACCACCUGCACCAAAAGAACCUGCCAAGAAAGUGCCAGAGGAACUUGCCAAGAAGAAGGCUGCUGCAGUCCCGCAGAAGGUUGACAAAACAGAAACACAAACACCACAGAAGAAGCCUCUGGUCACAAAAGUUCCCGUGGAAGCAAAAAUUGCAGAAGAACCAAAAGCAGUCAAAAAGGUAGAAGCUGCUAUUGUUCCACCCAAACAAGAGCCAGCAGAGCGUGAAAUAGAUUUGGAGCCCAAACUGGAUCUUGUAUGUGAAGAUGAGGCCGCACCUCGAAAACAACCUCAGAAAAUGCUGAAUGAGGUUGUGAUAUCAAUGACUGAAGCAGAUAGCUUUCCUCCUGAGAAAGUAAAUGAGAAGAUUUCAGAGAAAACACAUGAGAAAAUACCAGAGAAGCUUCCAGAUAGAAAACCUGGGAAAAUACCUGAGAAGCUUCCAGAUAAAAUACAAGAGAAAUUACCUGAGAAGCUUCCAGAGAAAAUACAAGAGAAGGUACCUGAAAAGCUUCCAGAUAAAACACAUGAGAAAGUACCAGAGAGGCUUCUAGAAACAAAACCUGAGAAAGCACUCAGGAAGCUUCCAGGGAAAACGCAUGAGAAAGUAUCAGAGAAGCUUCCAGAUAGAAAACCUGGGAAAAUACCUGAGAAGCUUCCAGAUAAAGUACAAGAGAAAUUACCUGAGAAGCUUCCAGAUAAAAUAGAAGAGAAGGUACCUGAAAACCUUUCAGAUAAAACACAUGAGAAAGUACCAGAGAGGCUUCUAGAAACAAAACCUGAGAAAGCACUCAGGAAGCUUCCAGGGAAAACGCACGAGAAAGUAUCAGAGAAGAUUCCAGAUACCAAACCUGAGAUAGUACCUGAAAUCCUUCCAGAUAAAAUACAUGAGAAAGUACCAGAAAAUAUUCCAGUUAAAAAACCUGAAAAAGUACUUGGGAAGCUUCCGGAAAAAACACAUGAGAAAGUACUAGAGAAGCUACCAGAAAUAAAACCUGAGAAAGUUCCUCAGAAACUUACAGAGAAAAUACAUGAGAAAAUACCUGAUAAGCUUCUAGAUAAAAUACCUGUACCUGAGAAAGUACCUGAGAAGCUUCCAGUUAGAGAACCUGAGGAAGCACCCAAGAAGCUUCCAGAGAAAACACAUGAGAAAGUAUCAGAGAAGCUUUCAGAAGGAAAACCUGAGAAAGAUCCAGAAAAGCUUCCAGAUCAAACAUGUGAAAAAGAACCAGAAAAGCUUCCAGAUAGUAAACCUGAGAAAAUACCUGAGAAGCUUCCAGAGAAAACACAUGAGAAUCUUCCAGAUAGAAAACAUGACAAAGUACCAGAGAAGCUUCCAGAUAGAAAACCUGACAAAGUACCGGAGAAGCUUCCAGGGAGAAAACCUGAGCAAAUACCUCAGAAGCUUCCAGAUAAAACACAUGAAAAAGUAUGUGAGAAGCUUCCAGAUAAAACACCUGUGAAGCUUCCAGAUAGCAAACUUGAGGAAUUACCUCAGAUGCUUCCAGAUAAAACACACAAUAAAAAAACAGAGAAGCUUCCUCAGAAUGCUGAUACAGUUCGGACACCCCAGAAAAUGGGGGAAGAAGUCUUUGGCAAAGUGUCUGAAAAGGUUGCUGAAAAGCUUCAGAGAAAGCAACCAGAGAGCAGCGUUUUUGAGAAGAAGCCUAUUCGGGUUACCCAAAAAGCAAAAGAAUAUGAGGUGGUUUCUAUGUUGAAACAUGAGAAGGUUUCCAAGGAACAUUCCGAUGAAAUGUUCUUUGGAGUUGUUGAAAUGAAGCAGGAAGUAGUGGAACAUUCAGCCACAGUGAGGUUCUUUGAGAUUGAGGCGCAACAGGAAGUUUAUCAUGUGACCGAGAAGGUGUCUCCCACAGAGAGGCUACUGCCAAAUGAGGAGAUGGGAGAACCAGCCCAAGUGUCGUACGAGAGGCCUGUGUCCCCUGUGGGCCACAUGAAGGUUUCGUUGUCUCAGGUGGAAGUCUUGACUGAGACGCUGACACAAAGAAAUAAAAUGUCUGAACUGCGAGGCGAGAUGACUGACAUUACCAUCAGUAAGGAGAGCGAAGUAACUCCACAACCAAUCAAAGAUAUAACUGUACAGGGCGCCCAGGAGUCUAAAAGUGAGAAAGCUCCAGAGAAGGAACCUACAAAAGAUAAACAAAUGACACUAUCAAGAGAUGAGGGGAAAGACACACACCUGUCGGGCAAAAGGCAGAAGACAGUCAAGAAAGAAAGCAGGUCAACUGUUCAAAGAGAAAGGAAGGGCAAAACUGCAAGAGAUGACACACACACAACAUUUCAGACUUUCCAAGGCAAACAAGAAGUAGAAGAAGAGACCAUUUCAACUUCUUUGGAGGACAAACAAAGGCAAACUCCAAAAGAGAGUCUUGUCGUUGAGCACAGCGACAUCAUUGCUGACGGGUUAAAAGAUGAACAUUCAGCACUGAUCCACAAGUCAGCUAAGAAACAUGAGUUACCUAGGAAGAAACAGGAAAAAAAAGUAGCAUCUGACAGGCUUAUUGACAAUACUUCUCAAUUAGAAGCAGAAAUGUCAGUGUCUGACAUCCCGCCUCAACAGGCCAAAACCACAGUGCGUGACCAAACUCUAAGAGAAGAAUCAAGUCCUCAAAUAGAAAUCACUACCCAAAAGAAACCUUCAAUCAUCACCAAGAAAAGAGAAGAGAAGGAAGAAGUACCUAGCGAAGCUACUCCCAGAGAAGCCACGGUGUUGCCUAUCCAUCUGGAGAUGGUGGAAAGAGGAGCUGAGAGAGUGUCUGUGAAAGAAGCACAAAGUAAGGUGCCCGGCAGCUUCUUGUCUGAGACAGCACCUCAUGUCCACAUGGGAGAGGCAAGAGAAGAAGAACAUGACAAAAAGGACAGAAACUCGGAAGCUGGAGGCGAACAAUCUGUUACUGAUGGUUCUGAGACACAGGCCUUUCAAACAGAGUUAUCAGAAAAACUGACAUCAUCCACAAAGCCACAAAGGAAACCCGCUGAGAGUAUUGAACCAGAGCAGCUGACCAUGAGCACAGCUCAAGACAAAAUAUUUGAAGUUGCUUCACCUUAUCAGGCAGGGUCAACAGGGUUCUUGUCUGAGGACACCUGUGAACCUCCAGAAGAGGGAAAACAAAAUGUUUCUCACACAGAUUCAACAUCCUCACAGGUACAACAUGGAGCUUUUCCUGUAAGUGACACAGCUGUUACUGGCCAAACAUCACUGACAGGGGUCAAUGGUGCAAAACAGACUCACUUCGUUGAGAAGAUAUUUAAUCAGAAAUCCAAUAGAAUAAUCUCAAGUUCAUUGGUAGAGCCAAAACAAUCCAUGGAGGUGAGCUCCACUAUGUCUUUUGAGGCGCCUUUGAAGAACAAAGAGCUACUGGAAGAAACUUUACCAAUAGUUUAUCCUUAUAUUGAUGAGCAUAUAACUGAACAGGGGCAGAAACACAUCCAGAAUGUUGAUCAACCGAUUGCAUCUGAAAAAGCUGCCAGCCUGAAAAAAAGUCAGCCAGUGACCGUUCCAGAGGAGUAUGUUAGAUCUCAGAAGCUUGAGAAGACGUCGUCUGUAGUGAAAGUGGUAGCUGAGAGUACACACCCAGAGAAAUUUGAAGGGGAAAAAUAUAAACAGAGCUUAGUUUCACCUACAGAAAGAAUGACUAAAUUAAGUGCAGUUCUACCAGACCAAGAUAGUCAUAUUCCAGGGGAAAUUGAGCUGGAGAAUGUUAAAGUGACUGAAAGAAAAAUGACAAACAUUCAGAAGGAAAAGGCGCAAAGAUGUCUCGCUGCUGCUGAGAACAACAGAAGUCAGGAGUCAGAAGCAAAGGACAGAUACAUCAGUCCAGGCAAACGGAAGAAAUCAGCAGGUGGAAAACAGCAAAUAGGACAAAGAACACCAGUGAUGGAGGUGGUGUCUCCUCAAUCUUUAACUGUUGAGGAUGGAAGGUUUAUAUUAGGCAGUCUACAGAUGGCCAGCAGGACAGAUCAGGAACACAUCACUCUACUCAAAAAAGUUCAAGUUCAUGAGGAAGAGACAGGGGCUUUUGAGCUACCCUCUCUGAGGAAAGCCACCCCAAUCACAAAGCAAGAAGAAGAGCAAGAGCUGGAAAUUAUCAAACUGAAGAAGAUUCCAUUUGUUCCACCCAAAGUGUCAGAGAAGGAGCAGGAGUCUCAGAAAGCUACCAGGACCACACAAAUAGACGUGGUUGAGAUGGUGCAUGAAGAACAGACAGCAAAAGUUGAUGAAGAUACUGAACAUCAAUGGAGCCCACAGAAAGAUACUCCAAAAGAUAAGUCAGAUGAAACAAUUUUCUGGGAAAAAAUUCCCAAAGUUCCAGUGGAAGAGGAACCAGCCCAUCCUGAAGCUGCCUUGAAAAAAAUAAAAAGACUGCCUUUAGAUGAAAAAGAACCAGAAGUUGUCAAACUAAAACCCUUUGAGAAGCCGGUUAAAGUGACGGACGCACCUGAGAAGAAAGAUACAGAAGAGGCCAAAGCACUUGCAAAGGUAAAGAAGACACCAACUCAGCAGCCGGAUGCAGAGUCUGUCACGCUUAAGCCCUUUUCAGUCCCUUCAAAAGAAGCUGCCAAGCCUGAAAAGAAGAUUGCAGAGGUCAAAGACAAGAAACCAGCUGAAGACCUUCGUCAGAUUUCUCAAGCAGAGGAGAAGCCAGAGAUGUUAAAGGAGGCCGAACCAGUUCCAGGGAAGAAGAUUGAUUCCCAAGUUCCAGUGAAGAAAGCAGACGAAGUUAAUGAGGAGCCCAAACCUCUGAAACAGAAGAAGACAGUCACACCAAAGAAAGACCAAAAAGAAGAGGUAGCUUUGACACCUUUGGAGCAACUCAAAAAGGUCCAACUAAAAAAGACACCAUCACCAAAAGUUGACAAGCUUAAACAAGCUGAAAAGGCUGAAAGGAAGCUGAGUAUGGACCUCAAAAAGACUCUUAAAACAGCUUCACCUAAGGACUCUAUAGAAGUCAUUAAAAGAGAUAAGGUAACCAAAAAGCCAUUGCAGGAGGAUCGAGAACCAGCAAAGCCUCCAAAAGAAAAAAUUCCUAUUAUGAAAGAAGUUUCUCCUGGAGCAGUAGAGAUAAAGAAAGUAGCCACACAGCCAGAAGAGGAGGUGUCCGAGCAGGACUUUAGGGUGGAAAAAGAGGCAGAGCCGGUGGAGGAAGAGGCCUGGGGCUGGGAACUCGUUCCUCAGGAAAAGGCUGAAGACUGGGAAGGUGAAGUGGAAGAGGGCGCUCUGGAGGUUCCAGGGGUGGCCAAGAGAGAGGGACAACCAGCUGAAGAAGCAGGACGAGGAAGGGGCCGAGGUAUCAAACUCAAGAAAACACCAUCGCCAGGUGAAGGCAGGGGUCGGGGCCUCAGGCCUGCUGGAAGAGGACCUACUCCUCCAGAGGAACCUUUUGGUGGAUUCAAGCUGAAAGCCGUCCCGUUGAAGUUCAUCAAGAAGCUUCAGGACAUCGUUCUGAAAGAGGCCGAGUCUAUCGGAUCGUCAGCUUUGUUCGAGUGCCUAGUCUCGCCAUCUACUGCUGUCACAUCAUGGAUGAAAGAUGGAAACAACCUGCGCGAGAGCCCCAAGUACAAGUUUACAUCUGAUGGCAAAGAUCGCAAGAUGAACAUCGUCGACGUCCAGUUGUCAGACACCGGAGAAUACACCUGUGUAGCCAAGAACGCUGGCAAGGAAGUCAACUGCUCCGCCAAGCUAAUUGUUGAAGAGCUUCCUGUGAAAUGGAUCCAUGAAUUGGAGCCAGAGACUUCCGCUGUAAAGACACAGCCGCUCUACUUGACCUGCGAGUUGAACAAAGAAAGAGAUGUGGUCUGGAAGAAGAAUGGUGAGGUCGUUAAGAGAGAAGCUAACAAGAUCCAGAUCAACAUUAUAGGAAUGCAGCAUGGAAUAACCAUCCAGAACUGCAUUGAAAACGACGCUGGUACAUACUCAUGUGAAGUGGCAAAUCAGGAGGAACUGAAGACGUCAACAAAUGUGAAAGUGACUGAGAUCAUCAAAGAUUGGAUUGUGAAGCCUCUGAGAGAUCAGCAUGUAAAACCGAAGGCCAACGCCACCUUUAAAUGCCAGCUGUUCAAGGACACACCCAACUGGAAGUGGCGAAAAGGAGAGAACGAUCUGCCUCCCUCUGACAAGGUGGACAUCAAGCAAGACGGAAAGGAUUUGGAACUGACCAUAAAGAACUGCCAGCCUGAUGACGUGUCCGAAUACUCCGUGGAGGUGGAGGGGCGUGUUUACAAAGCCAAACUGACGCUAGGAGAGCGUGAGGCAGAGAUCCUGAAGCCUCUGGCUAGCGUGGAAGUGAUGGAGAAGGAAGAUGCUUCGUUUGAGACGGAAAUAUCUGAGGAAGAUGUUCCAGGAGAGUGGAAGCUCAAAGGGGAGCUUCUGACAAGAUCCCCAACUUGUGAAAUCCAAACAGAGCGUGGCAUACGCAAGAUCACGCUGAAAAAUUGCCAACUGGACCAGGCUGGUGAAGUGUCCUACCAGGCAUUGAACGCUUUAACAAGCGCAAUGCUCAGUGUUAAAGAAAUCCCAAUGGACUUUGUUGUCCCACUGAAAGACGUUAGUGUACCUGAAAAGAAACAGGCUAAAUUUGAAUGCACCAUCACAAAGGAUGUUUCUAAGGUUAUCUGGUACAGAGGCAGUGACAUCAUCACACCGGAUGCAAAAUAUGUCAUAAUCAUUGAUGGAAAGAAGCACAUGCUUGUCAUAAACUGUUGUGAGUUUGAAGACGAGGACGAGUACAAGAUUGAGGUUUUGGGUAAAACGUCCACGGCACGUCUCACAGUGGAGGGUAUCAGGCUCAAACUGAUUUCGCCAUUAAAGGACCAAACCGUGAAAGAGGGCAAGACAGUUCACUUUGAACUGGAGCUGUCGCAUGAAAAUAUCCCAGUCACCUGGUUCAGGAACGACGUUGAAGUCCAUCCUAGCAGAACUGUGCUCAUGCAUGUUGAUGGGAUGCGACAUGUGCUAGAAAUAAAGGAGGUGACCCUGGAUGACACUUGCCAGGUCAAGGCUGAGGCUAAAGGAAUUUUGACCAGGGCCAACUUAACAGUCCUAGAGGGAGAUGCAUACUUCACGGUCAAGCUACAAGACUACACUGCAGUAGAAAAAGACAAGGUCCUUUUGGAGUGUGAGCUCAACAAAGAUGUCCCGGUUAUGUGGUACCACAAUGAAACCGAGUUGAAGGCCUCCAAGAUGGUAGCCAUUAAGAUGGAAGGCAAACGCAGAUCACUUGUCAUCCGUAAAGUUGCGGACAAUGAUAAAGGACAGUAUGUGUGUGACUGUGGAACAGACAAGACGACAGCAACACUUCACAUUGAAGCUCGUCACAUCCGAGUGCUUCGGCCAGUGUAUGGUGUGGAGCUGUUUGAAGGCGAGACGGCUCGCUUCGAGGUCGAGCUGAGUGAAGACGAUGUACACAGCCAGUGGAAACUGGGCGGCCAAGUCCUGAGCCCAUCUCCUGAUGUUGAGAUAGUGGAGGAUGGGGCCAAGCACACACUGGUGUUGUACAAUUGUAAAGUGCCACAGACAGGCGAGGUGGCCUUUAGCGCCGCAAACGCCAAAUGUUCGGCCAACUUGAAAGUGAAGGAGCUUCCCAUUACGUUCCUCACCCCGUUGGCCGACGUUCAUGUCUUUGAAAAGGAUGAAGCAAAGUUUGAGGUGGAAAUUUCCAGAGAACCCAAAAAUUUCCGCUGGCUCAAGGGUUCUCAAGCACUGUCAAACGACGAUAAGUAUCAGCUUCUGCAAGAUGGCAGGAAAUACGCUCUUAUUUUACAAUCUGCCAGAUAUGAUGACGAAGCCAAAUACACAUUUGAGGCAGAAGACAAUAGAACAUCAGGAAGGCUGAUCAUUGAAGGUGUUCGUCUCGAGUUUCUCAAACCCAUCAAGGACGUGACAGUGAAGGAGCGUGAAACGGCCGUGUUCAGUGUGGAGCUUUCUCAUGAAAAUGUCCCCGUGGUUUGGUACAAAAAUGGUGUGCGCCUACAUCCCAGCAAGGUGGUGCACAUGUCUGAGGAUGGUCGAGUCCACAAAUUAACCUUCAAGGAGGUCACAAUCGACGACACUUCAAUGAUCAAGGUGGAAGCCAUGGACAAGUUGGCAGAGGCUAUGCUCACUGUGCUCGAGGGCGACCUCUAUUUCACGCAGAAGCUCCAGAACUUUACCGCUAUAGAAAAGGAUGAGGUGGUUCUGUCCUGUGAGCUGAGCAAGGCCAUCGGAGAGGUUCGCUGGUUCAAGGACGGUAGAGAAAUCUUUGCCUCCAAAAACCUUCUGGUCCAGUCAGAUGGCAGGAAGCGUAUGCUAGUCAUCAAGAAGGCAGCCAAAAGCGAUAUGGGAGCCUUCACCUGCGAUUGUGGCACUGACAAAACCACAGCCCAGCUCAACAUUGAAGAGCGCGACAUCAAGGUCAUGCGCCCGCUGUACAGCGUGGAAGUGAACGAGACGGAGACGGCCAAGUUUGAAACCGAGAUAUCCGAGGAGGACCUUCAUGCCACCUGGAAGCUGAAGGGGGAGACCCUCCAUUCCUCUCCUGAUGUGGAGAUCAAGGUUGAAGGAGUGAAACACACAUUGAUUUUGUUCAACUGCCGCAAAGACAUGGCCGGAACUGUGGAGUUCUCGGCAGCCAACGCCAAGUCUUCGGCUCAGCUCAGGGUCAAAGCCCGGGUGAUCAGCCUGACGCGGCCUCUUACGGACGUGACUGUGACCGCCGGGGAGACCGCCACCUUCGAAGGCGAGCUGUCGUACAAAGACAUCCCUGUUGAGUGGUUCCUGGAGGGUACCAAGCUCGAGUCUAGUGACAGAGUGGUGCUCAAGUCAGAGGGUAAGAUUCACAGCAUGACUCUGCGAGACGUCCAGCUGAACGAAGCCGGAAAAGUUCGACUGACCACCAAGGACAUCAAGACCGAAGCCAAACUCAUUGUGAAAGAACCACCUGUGGAGUUCACCAAACCUCUGGAGGACCAGACAGUGGAAGAGGAAGCCACCGCCACGCUGGAAUGUGAGGUGUCCAAACAGGACGCAGAGGUGCAAUGGUUCAAAGACGGACAGGAGAUCCACAAGAGCAAGAAGUACGAGAUGAUCGUAGACGGCCACAAGAGGGCGCUGAUCAUCCACGGCUGCACUCUGGAUGACUCGAGAACAUAUUCCUGUGACGCAAAACACUUCAAAACUUCCUGCUUCCUUAAUGUUGAACCUCCACAUGUCGAGUUCUCCAAGCCGCUCCAUGAUGUUGAGGUGCGAGAGAAGGAAUCCGCCAGGUUUGAGUGCGAACUGUCCAGAGAAAAUGUUAAGGUGCGCUGGUGCAAGGAUGGAAGUGAGAUCAGAAAAGGGAAGAAGUACGAAAUUAUAGCUCAGGGACGCCGACACAUCCUUGUUGUCCACAAGUCGGUGUUUGACGACGAGGCUGACUAUGAAUGUGAUGCAAAGAUCUGCAAGUCCUCUGGAAUGCUCACUGUUAUCGAGGAGGAGGCCCGGUUCACCAAGAACUUGUCCAAUGUGGAGGGAACCGAGACAGACAGCGUGAAGUUUAUCUGCGAGGUCUCCAAACCCGACGCUGAUGUCACCUGGUACAAAGGGGACCAAGAGCUGCCGGAAGGCGGCCGCUACGAGCAGAUCGUCGACGGGAAGAGGCGUAUCCUCCUCAUUCAAGACUUGAAGAUGGCCGAUGCCGGAGAGUACAACUGCCGGUUGAGUCCAAUCAUCAAAACGUCUGGAAAUCUUAAGAUUAAUGAACUGGCAGCCGAGUUCAUCUCCAGACCUCGCAGCGUAGAGGUGGUGGAGGGCGAAAAGGCAGAGUUCACCUGCACUGUUUCUAAAGAAUCCUAUGAGGUCAAAUGGCUGAAAGACAACAAGGAGCUGGAGGAUGGAAACAAGUACCAGAUGAUCCGCGACGGAAAGAGGCGGACUCUUGUCAUCAAUAACUGCGAGCCCAAAGAUGAGUGCAAAUAUGCGGUGAUGAUCGGACCAACCAGAGCCACAGCUGACCUAACUGUGCUCGAGAAAUUGAGGAUCAUCACACCAUUGAAGGACACGGAGGCCAGCGAAGGCGAGGAAGUGGUCCUGAACUGCGAGGUGAACAACGAGGGAGCAAAGGCCAAGUGGUCAAAGAAUGAAGAGACUAUCUUUGAGAGCAGCAAGUAUGUGAUGGUCCAGCGAUACAACGUCUUCUCACUGAGGAUCAGAGACGCACAGAAGGGCGAUGAAGCCAAGUAUGGCAUCCACCUGACCAAUCAGCGAGGAGAGCAUGCCAAGAGCUCCUGCAGCCUCACAGUCGAAGAGGAGAGAUUGCGGAUUGUGGUUCCUCCCGAAGACAUCGACACUCAGGAGAAGAAGAUGGUCAGCUUCACCUGUAAGGUCAACCGGCCCAACGCCACUCUCAAGUGGAUCAAGGACGGUGAGGAGAUGGUCUUCGACAAACGCAUCGUCUACAGAGUCGAUAAAGUCAAGCACACGCUGACCAUCAAGGACUGCACGCUGGCCGACGAGGGCGAGUACACCGUCGUGGCUGGCGAUGACAAGUCCACGGCCGAGCUGAUUAUCAGCGAGGCGCCAACAGACUUCGCCAUGCAUCUGAAGGACCAGACUAUCACCGAGUUUGAGGACGCAGAGUUCACAUGCAAGCUGACGAAAGAGAAGGCCGAUGUCAAGUGGUACAGGAAUGGACGUGAGAUCCGAGAAGGACCAAGAUACACAUUUGAAAAGGAUGGAAAGUUCUGCACCUUGCGCAUUAAAGAAUGCCGACCUGACGACGAGUGCGAGUACGCAUGUGGCGUGGAUGAGAAGAGAUCCCGGGCAAGGCUCUUUGUUGAAGAGAUCCCAGUGGAGAUCAUCAGGCCACCGCAAGACGCGUUCCCACCUCCUGGCUCUGAUGUAGUGUUUGAGGUGGAACUCAACAAGGACAGAGUGGAGGUGAAAUGGUUGCGGAACAAUAUGACAGUCGUCCAGGGAGACAAAUACCAGAUGAUGAGUGAAGGUAAAGUCCACAGACUGCAGGUCUGUGAGAUCCGUCCUCGAGAUCAGGGCGAGUACAGAGUCGUCGUCAAGGACAAAGACGCCAAGGCCAGGCUGGAGAUGGCAGCGGCGCCCCAGAUAAAGACCACCGACCAAAACUAUGUCACAGAUGUCGGGAAGUCUCUUGUCAUGGCAGUUCCCUACAGCGCUUACCCACAAGCUAAGGCCGACUGGCUGUACGACAAUUUAAGUCUUUCCCAGGAGAAUGUCUACACAUCUUCCGACUGCACAGAGUACCGUCUGAAGGACCCUAGAAAAUCUGACGAGGGUCGUUACAAAGUCAUUAUUACGAACAAACAUGGAGAGGGUGAAGCCUUUAUCAACCUGGACGUCAUUGAUGUUCCAGGGCCUGUGAAGAACCUGCAGGUGGUCGACACAGCUGACGGUGAGGUCAGUUUGGCCUGGGAGGAACCGGAGAACGACGGAGGAAGCAAAGUCAUUGGUUAUGUGGUGGAGAGACGAGACGUGAAACGCAAGACUUGGACGUUGGCCACUGAGCACGCUGAGAGUCCUGAAUACACUGUGACAGGGCUCCAGAAGGAUUCAAUGUACCUGUUUAGAGUCUGUGCUCGAAACCGUGUUGGCACUGGACCUAAUGUAGAGACAGACAAACCUGUCCAGGCCAAAAACCUAUUUGAUGUUCCUGACCCUCCCCUUAACGUGACUGUCGGGAAUGUCUCCAAAUUUGGUUGUACUGUAUCUUGGGAGCCACCUGCGUCAGAUGGCGGUUCUCCCAUUACCUCUUACAUCAUUGAGCUACGUGACAGGACCUCUGUCAAGUGGUCACCUGUCCAGAUGACAAAAACUGAUGAGCUCAGCGCCGUCAUCAAUGAUGUCAUUGAGAACAAAGAAUACAUCUUUAGAGUGAGGGCUCAGAACAAAGCCGGGGUAGGAAAGCCCAGUGCAGCUUCUACCCCCGUGAAGAUCAUGGAUGCCAUUGAGCCGCCUAGUCCCCCCCAGAACCUGGUCUAUCAGGACCAGAGCAAGAAUUCUGUGCAGCUCAGCUGGGAGACACCGCUGAGAAAUGGUGGAAGCAUGAUCACAGGAUACAUCAUUGAACGCUGUGAGGACGGAACUGAUAAGUGGGUCCGCUGCAACGCUCGCCUGUGCCCUGACCUCUUCUACAAGGUUUCCGGUCUCAAAUAUGGAACAAAAUACAACUACAGAGUAUUCGCUGAAAAUGCAGCUGGAAUCUCAGAUCCAUCCAACAUCAUUGGACCUCUGCUGGCCGACGACCCACACACCGCUCCGACUCUUGACCUGAGCGCAUUCAAAGACGGCCUUGAGGUUAUUGUUCCACAACCUCUCACAAUUAGAGUCCCUACCACUGGCUAUCCUACCCCAGUCGCCAAGUGGACGUUCGGCGAGAAGGAGCUGACUAGCACAGAUGAACGUGUCACUCUGACGACCAGGCCCACAUUUGCAGAGUUAGUCGUCACACCAAGUGUUCGGCCAGACAAAGGCAUCUACACCCUGCAGCUGGAAAAUGAUGUUGCAUCUGUCUCUGGCGAGAUUGAAGUCAACGUCAUUGCUGCACCCAGUGCACCCAAGGACUUUAAGGCACUGGAAGUGACUCGUAAUCAUGUUCACCUGGCCUGGGAAGCUCCAGAGCAUGACGGAGGAAGUCCACUGACAGGCUACCAGGUUGAAAAACGAGAGGUGUCCCGCAAGACGUGGGUCAAGGUGGCCACAGGUAUCCAGGAUCAAGAGAUGACUGUCACUGACGUGGUUGAAGGGAAGGAGUAUCUGUUCAAGGUCACAGCCUGCAACAAGUGUGGACCGGGAGAACCUGCAUACAUUGAUGAUCCCAUCAAUGUAUCCUCUCCUGCCACCAUCCCUGACCCUCCGGAGAAUCUGAGAUGGAGAGACAAGUCAGGCAGCAGCAUCUUCCUGACCUGGGAGCCUCCAAAGUAUGACGGCGGCAGUGGCAUCCGUGGCUACAAUGUUGAACGUUGCGAAAGAGGAAGUGAUAGGUGGGAGCCCUGCGGCGACCUGGUCCCUGAACUGAAGUUACAAGUGACUGGUCUGAUUGAGGGCCAGUGGUACUCAUACAGAGUCCGAGCCUUAAACCGCCUCGGAGCCAGUCGGCCCUGCAAGGCCACAGAUGAAAUCCAGGCUGUAGAUGCCAAAGAGCCACCAGAGAUCCUACUGGACGUCAAGCUACUUGCUGGUCUGACUGCUAAAGCUGGUAGCAAGAUUGAACUGCCCGCUGAGGUGAAGGGAAAACCUGAGCCCCGGGUGAAGUGGACCAAGGCCGACCUGGUUCUCAAAGCAGAUGAUAGAGUCACCAUCGACACCAAACCAGGACACUCCACCGUCACCAUCUCCAAGACCAAACGAGAUGACAGCUCCACCUACAUCAUUGAGGCUACAAACAGCUGUGGUCGCGCUACUGCUACUGUUGACGUUAACAUCCUUGAUAAGCCUGGUCCCCCAGCUGCCUUUGACAUCUCUGAAAUUACCAAUGAGUCCUGUUUCCUGGCCUGGAACCCGCCACGUGAUGACGGUGGCUCCAAAGUCACCAACUAUAUAGUCGAGCGACGUGCUGCAGACAGUGAAAUCUGGCACAGGCUCUCCUCCACUGUCAAACCAACAACCUACAGAGCAGUGGGUUUGACCAAGUUCAAGGAGUACAUAUUCAGGGUCUUUGCUGAGAACCAGUUUGGCGUGGGUCUACCAGCAGAACAUCCAUCCAUCAUUGCAAGAUAUCCCUUCGACACCCCUGGACCCCCCUACAAGUUGGAGCCCUCUGACAUUACUAAGGACUCAGUGAGUCUAAGCUGGUACGAGCCUGACGAGGAUGGAGGCAGCCCAAUCACAGGGUACUGGGUGGAGCGAUAUGAACCUGACCACGACAGGUGGAUCCGAUGCAAUAAGCUGCCUAUUAAAGACACCAACUACAGAGUCAAAGGUCUUCCCACCAGGAAGAAGUACAAGUUCAGAGUCCUCGCUGAAAAUCUGGCUGGAACUGGAAAGCCAAGCAAGGAAACUGAACCAAUCCUUGUGAAAGAUCCGAUAGAUCCUCCAUGGCCUCCUGGUAAACCCACAGUGAAAGACGUGGCAAAGACUUCUUGCUUCCUGAUGUGGACCAAGCCAGAGCAUGACGGAGGAGCAAAGAUUGAUGGCUAUGUCAUUGAGAUGCUCAAAAGCGGCACAACAGAUUGGAUUCGUGUGGCAGAGAAUGUCAGCACGACCGAGCACUUCUUGAAGGACCUGAUGGAGAAGCAGGAGUACUCGUUCAGGGUGCGUGCGGUCAAUGUGGCUGGGGAGAGUGAACCCAGCGAGCCCAGCGAUCCCAUUCUCUGCAAGGAAAGACUCAACCCACCUUCAGCACCUCGCUGGCUUGAGGUCAUUAGCAUUAGCAGGAACAGCGCUGACUUGAAAUGGACAAUUCCCGAGCGUAAUGGCGGCUCGCCCAUCACCAACUAUGUGGUGGAGAAACGGGACGUCCGGCGUAAAGGCUGGCAGACUGUGGACACCACUGUCAAGGAGCUGAAGUCCACCGUGACCCCGCUAAGUGAAGGCUCUCUAUACGUGUUCCGUGUCGCAGCUGAGAACGCUGUCGGUGUCGGCCCAUUCUGCGAGUUGGAGGAUUCUGUGCUGGCUAAGGACACUUUCACGACUCCCGGGCCACCAUAUGCCCUCGCCGUUAAUGCUGUGACCAAAAGAUACGUGGACCUGCAGUGGGAGGCACCUAAAAACGAUGGUGGCCGACCAAUCCUCAGGUAUUCUCUCGAGAAGAAGGAAAAGCUUGGAACUCGCUGGGUAAAGUGUGGAAAGACUUCUGGGCCCGACUGCAAGUACAGAGUGACGGACAUCAUAGAGGGAACCGAAGUUCAGUUCCAGGUCCGCGCCGAAAACGAGGCCGGAGUCGGACAUCCAAGUGAACCCACAGAGAUCCUAACUAUUGACGACCCAACAGGAGUCCCGUCUCCUCCCGUUGACCUACAUGUCACUGCGGCCAGCAGGACCUUCCUGGCCAUUGGCUGGAAGCCUCCACAGAGGGACGGUGGCUCCCCCAUCACUGGCUACCACAUUGAGAUGUGUGAAGCCGGAACAGAGAAAUGGAUGAGAGUUAACUCUCGUCCUGUUAAGGAGCUUAAGUACACAGUGGAAGAAGGAAUUGUUCCCGAGAAGGAAUAUAUCUUGCGAGUGAGAGCAAUAAAUGCUGUGGGAGUGAGCGAUCCCUCCGAUAUUUCAGAGAACGUUUUUGCCAAAGAUUCCGACUGCAACCCAACAAUAGACUUUCAGACUCUUGACCUGGUUGUGGUUGAGACAGAGAAGCUGCACAUCCCAGUUCCUUUCAAAGCUGUCCCCUCGCCCAAAAUCACUUGGCACAAAGAUGGUAAAGAGCUUAAGGUCGACCAUCGUCUUGGCUUAAGGAAAGAGUAUACUUCCUGUCACCUUGAAAUCGAUAGCAGUCUUCAUGCGGACGCAGGCCAAUACAAAGUGACUCUAGAGAAUAAACUAGGAGCUGCCAGCGGCACCAUCAACGUCAAAGUCAUCGGUCUUCCGGGCCCAUGUAAGGAAAUUGUGGCCUCUGAGAUCACCAAAAACUCCUGCAAGGUCUCCUGGGAUCCUCCUGACUAUGACGGUGGGACCUCCAUUCUUCACUACGUCCUGCAGCGGCGUGAGGCUGGCAGAAGGACAUAUGUCAACAUGAUGUCCGGAGAGAACAAGGUGAGCUGGACUGUCAAAGACCUCAUCCCCAAUGGAGAGUACUAUUUCAGGGUCCAGGCCAUAAACAAGAUUGGAGGAGGAGAGUUUAUUGAGCUACGCAACCCCGUCAUUGCUGAAGAUCAGAAACAUCCCCCUGACCCGCCGGUGGAUGUGGAGACCCACAAUCCCACAUCAAGCACCAUAACGCUGACCUGGAAGCCUCCCAUGUACGACGGAGGUUCUAAGAUUAUGGGUUAUAUCCUGGAGCGACAGAAGAAGGGUGAGGACAAAUGGGAGAGGUGCAAUGACUUCCUGGUUCCGGUACUUUCCUACACCGUCCGAGGGCUGACAGAGGGCAAGAACUACGCCUUCAGAGUCAAAGCUGAAAAUGCAGCCGGCGUCAGCGAGCCAUCACGCAGCACCCUGUUUGUCAAGGCCUCGGAGGCUUUUGAUGCUCCCAAAGUGUUCCUCAGCGGCAGUCUGCAAUCUGGCCUCUGCGUGAAGCGAGGCUGUGAAAUCAUCUUGGACGCCAACAUUUCCGGCUCACCGUACCCUGAGAUCACCUGGUACUGGAACAACCAGGUUAUCCGACCCGAGCCACCGCGCAAGAGGACAGUGAAACCACUGAGGAAGAAGAAAGGAGAAGAGAAGAAGGAGGAUGUUGUUGAACCCGAGAUGGAAGAGUCAGACUCCUCAACUCUUUGCGAGCGUCUAUCCAUCAACAACAGCAGGAGAGGCGUGUCCUCUGUGGUUGUCAGUGACUCAAUCCGUCCUGACCACGGCGUCUACAUGGUGAAGGUGGAGAACGACCACGGCAUCGCUUCAGCCACCUGCGAUGUCAACAUCCUUGACACCCCUGGACCUCCACUCAACUUCCAGUUUGAAGAGGUGAGGAAUAACUCAGUGAUCUGCAAGUGGGAUCCCCCUCUGGAUAACGGCGGCAGUGAGAUCCUCAACUACGUGCUGGAGAAGAAGGACAACUCCAAGUUGGAGCUUGGAUACAGUUGCGUCACUUCAACGCUGAGAGGAUGUCGCUAUCUUGUGCCCAAACUUAUUGAGAAGAAAGAGUACAUCUUCAGAGUUGUAGCCGAGAACAAGUAUGGAGCUGGUCCACCCUGUAUUUCCAAACCUCUUGUUGCCAAGAAUCCCUUCGAACCACCAGAGGCUCCUGAAAAGCCACAGGUAGAUGAUAUUACAGCCAACAGUAUGCUGGUCACCUGGAACGAGCCAAAUGACAACGGCAGCCCCAUUCUGGGAUACUGGGUGGAGCGACGUGAGAUCAACAGCUCUCGCUGGACUCGCGUCAAUAGAAACAUUGUGCCUGCCACCAAGCUGAAUGUGGAAGGACUCAUCGAAGGCCUGACUUAUAUCUUCAGAGUGGCAGCCGAAAACCAGGCGGGGCCUGGAAAGUUCAGUGUUCCUUCAGAUCCUAAGACUGCCCAUGCCCGAAUUUUACCUCCCGGGCCACCAGUUCCCCGAGUGGUUGCAACGACGGACCACUCUAUCGAUGUUGAAUGGGAUGUGCCUGCCGACGAUGGAGGAGGAGAGAUCCUGGGAUAUCACGUGGAUAAGGCUAUGGCUGGUAGCAAAGACUGGUCCAGGGCUACAGAACGUCCAUGGAAGACUCGUGCAUUUACCGUGUAUGGAGUCCGUGAGGGAGCCAAGUACCUCGUCAGAGUCAUUGCCUGCAAUGCUGCUGGGGAGGGAACACCAGGUUUCACAGAGUCAGUGUUUGUGAGGAAUCCUGCAGAGAUGCCUGUGAUCGAGCUAGACAUUAAAGUCAAGAACGGUGUGGUCAUUAAAGCUGGUGAGACUCUUCGAGUUCCGGCCACAGUCACCGGUAAACCCUACCCGACCAUCACUUGGACAGUGGAUGAUGCCAAACCAAACAAAGAUCGUGUGGAGAUCCUCACAGAAGGCAAUGACAGCAUUGUUUUAAUUAAAAACGCUCAGAGGAAAGACUGCGGAAAAUACCAGAUAACUGCAUGUAACCCCAGCGGCAUCAAGUCUGCCUCCACUCGGGUAGAUGUCAUGGAUGUUCCUGGACCUGUCACAGAACUAAAGCCAGUGGUUGUCACCCGUAAAAUGAUAUUCCUGAACUGGGAUGACCCCGUGGAUGAUGGUGGAAGUGACCUGACUGGCUUCCUUGUGGAGCGCAAAGAUGCCAAAAUGCACACAUGGAGGCAACCUGUUGAAACUGCUUCUUCCAAGUGUGAAUGUGUCGGCAUCAUGGAGGGACAGGAUUACAUGUUCCGUGUCAUUGCCAGGAAUAAGUAUGGCCUGGGCCCACCUGUUGAGCUGGGACCCCUCAAGGCUGUGGAUCCACUAGGACCACCAUCAUAUCCUGAGAAGUUCCACUACACAGAUCGCACAAAGAACUCAAUCACCCUGGCCUGGAAGCCACCUCGCAAUGACGGAGGCAGUCCUGUUAUUGGGUAUUUUGUGGAGAAGAAGCGACAAGAUCAGACAGCCUUCGAGCCCUGUAACACAGAGAUCUGCCCUAACAUGACCAUGACUGUGGAGGGCUUAGAUGAGGAUUGGAUGUACGAGUUCAGGAUUAAGUGCGCUAACCUUAUUGGAGAAAGCGAGCCUUCUAUUCCACUGACCGUGGUCAUUCAAGAUGAUGAAGUGGCUCCUGAGAUCCACAUGCUGAAGAUAUUCAAAGGCGACCGCAUCACUGUGAAAAAGGGCGAACCCAUCGAGAUCCCAGCUGACAUCAUUGGCCUUCCCAUUCCUAAAGUAGAGUGGUCCAAAGAUGAUGUGGUUAUUGCGAAGCCAACAGAAAGCCUGCUGAUGGACACAGAGGUGACCGGCAGGAUGAACUGCAAGUCAACUUUGUCCAUCCCUGCAGCCAACCGGAAGGAUCAUGGCAGCUACACCAUAUGUGCCUCCAACAACAUGGGCUCAGCCAAGCACACAACCUCUGUCAUGGUGCUAGACCGGCCCCUUCCUCCCAGGAAUGUGACUGUGUCGGACAUCAAGGCAGAGUCCUGCUACCUCCAGUGGGAUGCGCCCUUGGAUGAUGGUGGCAGCGAGCUGACUAACUAUAUCGUUGAGAAGAGGGAUAUGUCACCAGAGGAAGGAAAGGAAGAAGAACCAAAAUGGGUGGAGGUUACCAACACCAUUGUUGACAGAAAAUAUCGGGUGUGGAACCUGGAAACCAACAAAGCCUACCUGUUCCGCGUAAGAGCCGAGAACCGCUAUGGCAAGUCUGACCCCUGCACAACGGAGGAAGUUCAGAUCACAGACCCUUUCGGCCUCCCAGGCCCACCAGAGAAACCGGCCAUCACUGAGUAUUCAAGGACCUCUAUGACCCUAACCUGGGAGCCACCACUAGAUAACGGCGGCUCCAUGAUCAUCGGCUACUGGUUGGAAAAGAGGGACAGAGGCUCUGCCUACUGGGCCAAAGUUAAUAAGAUGCCAGUUACCAAAAGGGGAAUGAAAGGCUGGGAGUACCAGGUGACUCGCCUGAUUGAAGGAAAUGAGUAUGAGUUCAGAGUCGCUGCCUUCAACUCAGCGGGAACUGGACCAUUCAGUGGACCAUCUGAUCCAGCUUUUGCUGUUGACCCUCUAACACCUCCCAGCAUGCCUGCGGCUCCUUUGGUGGUCGACAAGACAACACACAACGUUAUGUUGUCUUGGAAGCCACCGGAGAAGGACGGUGGAAGCCCCAUUAAGGGCUAUAUCAUCCAGAUCCAGGAUGAGGGCAAAUCAGAUUGGGUGAGGGUGAACGAUCCCGACCACCUGCAUCCCACCACUGAGUUCACCGUGCCCAGUCUCCGUGAGCUGAAACGCUACCGCUUCAGAAUCAUCGCAGUCAACGCCAUUGGCGAAUCAGACCCCAGCCCCAGCACCAGCGAGGUCUUGAUUGAAGAUGUCCAGCUCCCACCUUCCAUAAGCAUUGACCUUGUGGUGGAUGACCUGCUGUAUAUCCGUGCUGGAGAUCCAAUCAGGAUCCCUGCCAUCAUAAAGGGACGUCCUACACCGAAGGUGACAUGGGACUUUGAUGGCAAAGCCAAAACUCACAAGAAGAAAAAACUGCACACACUUCCAGUGGACUCUGAGGUUGAGUCUACAGACACCACAUCCACUGUGACCAUCCCUGUCAGUCUUAGAAGCCACUCUGGACGCUACACCAUUACCGCAAAGAACAAGUCUGGACAGAAACAUGUCAACGUCCGAGUCAACGUCCUCGAUGUUCCCGGACCUCCAAAAGAGCUGAGGGUGACGGACAUCACUCGUUCAACCAUGAGGUUGAUCUGGAAACUGCCUGACAAUGACGGAGGAGAAAGGAUCAAGAGCUAUUUCAUUGAGAAAAAAUGUGUCACUGACAAAGCCUGGACUAAGGUAAAUGCCGCCUGCGCCAGUCAAGCCUUCGUGGUGCCUGGCCUGCUGGAAGGACAGAACUACCUGUUCAGAGUGCGAGCCGAGAACCGGCUGGGAUUCGGUCCAUUUGCCAUCACCACGGACCCUGCUCAGGCCAGGGACCCAAUCUAUCCACCAGACCCCCCUAUACACGUGAAGGUCAAUCUGGUGACAAAGAACACAGUCACUCUGAGCUGGGAACCUCCCAAAAAUGAUGGGGGCUCUCCUGUGAAGCAUUACAUCAUUGAGCGUUUGAGCUGGGACACCAGCGGCAAAGAGAAGGAGACGUGGAAGCAGUGCAACAAGAGAGAUGUUGAGGAGCUUACGUUUGUAGUGGAGGACUUGAAAGAGGGAGGAGAGUACGAGUUCAGAGUGAAAGCUGUGAAUGCUGCCGGACCAAGUAGACCCUCUGCCACCGCCGGACCAUUGUUCAUUAGGGAUCAGACAUGCGCUCCCACCAUCGAGCUGCGCGAGGUCAUGGAGAGCGAGGAAGGUUGUGAUAUCAGCAUUGUUGCCAAGGUGAGCGGUUGUCCGUUCCCCGCGCUCACCUGGCACAAAGCCGGUCAGUCCAAACCAGAGGAGAAGGCCGCCAUCCAUUAUGACCAGCACAUCAACAAACUGGUCAGCCAGGAAAAGUGCACCCUGCUGAUCCAGCAGGCCAUCAGGGAGGACACCGCCCUUUACAGCCUGACAGCCAGCAACAGCCUGGGCACGGUCACAAAGGACCUGAAGCUUUUUGUGUUUGGACCUCCGGGCCCCCCCGAAGGACCAAUCAAGUUCACUGAGGUGUUCGCAGAGAGGAUUGGGCUGUCCUGGAACCCGCCCAAAGAUGACGGUGGCUCCAAAAUCACCAAUUAUGUUGUUGAGAAGCGCGAGGAGAACCGGAAAUCUUGGGUUCACAUCUCAAACGACCCAAAGGAGUGUGCGUACCUGGUCACCCGCCUGACUGAGAACCACGAGUACGAGUUUAGAGUAAUGGCACAGAACAAGUUUGGUGUCGGGCCGCCGUUGGUGAGCGAGCCAGAGAAGGCCAGAAACCUCUUCACGGUUCCUGGUCAGUGUGAGAAGCCCACAGUGACCAACGUCUGCUUGGAGUCUAUGACAGUGAACUGGGAGGAGCCUGAGUACGAUGGCGGCUCCCCUAUCACAGGCUACUUCAUUGAAAAGAAGGAGACCACCAGUAAGCGUUGGGUCCGCGUCAGCCGCGAGCUGAUACGGGCGCUGCCACUUGGCAACAACUGGGAUGUCACAGGCCUGCUUGAGGGUGCCAUGUACCAGUUCAGAGUCACGGCUGUCAAUGCUGCAGGCUCCGGCCCACCCAGUGUGCCCUCCGAUCCCAUGCUCUGCAGAGACGCCAUUAAGCCUCCCGGGCCUCCGACUCCUAAGGUGAUAGACUGGACCAGGUCGUCGGUCGAAUUAGAAUGGAUCCCUCCAACAGUGGAUGGAGGUUCAAAAGUCACAGGCUACAUUGUGGAAUUCAAGGAGGUGAACAAGGAGGAGGAGGAAAAGAAAGCCAAAGAUACAGAGAUUAGAGGGACCAAGUUUGUGGUGGCUGGCCUCAAAGAAGGAGGUCUAUACCGCUUCAGAGUUCGAGCCGUAAAUGCGGCCGGUGUUGGCGAUCCAGGACUUGUGUCCGAGCUGAUCGAAGUGAAAGAUAGGACAAUUGCACCUGAGAUGGACCUGGAUGCCUCUGUGAAAGAGAAGAUUGUUGUCCACGCUGGCGGAACAAUCCGAAUCAUUGCCUAUGUGUCCGGCAAACCAGCUCCAGUGAUCAGCUGGUGCCGAGAUGACGCUGAGGUGCCCAAAGAAGCCAAGGUGGAGACAACAGGUAUCUCCAACUCUCUGGUCAUUAAGAACUGCAGGCGCCAGCAUCAGGGCAUCUACACGCUUUGCGCAAAGAACGAGGGCGGUGAAAGGAGGAAAGCCGUGAUUGUGGAGGUCUUGGAUGUCCCUGGACCAGUCGGUCUCCCCUUUGCUGGUGAGAACCUGACCAAUGACUCCUGCAAGCUGACUUGGUACACUCCUGAAGAUGAUGGCGGCUCCGCCAUCACCAACUACAUCAUCGAGAAGAGGGAGUCAGACCGCAUGGGUUGGACCUCUGUGUCCUACACGGUGACCAGGAACAACGCCGUGGUGCAGGGACUGCUCGACGGUAAAGGCUAUUUCUUCAGGAUUGCUGCUGAGAACAUCAUCGGAAUGGGACCUUUCAUCGAGACGGAUAGAGUGGUGCUUAUCAAAGAUCCCAUCUCCGUACCAGAGCGUCCAGAAGACCUGAUAGUCACCGCCGUCACUAAGGACUCAAUCUCUGUUGCCUGGAGGCCACCAAAGUACGAUGGUGGUGCGGAGGUUACAGAGUAUGUCCUUGAAUCGCGCAUGAUUGGCAGAGACAACUUCACUCGUGUUGGCGGUAAAGACAAGCUAAUGGACAAAAAGUUCACACUGACUGGACUGAAGGAAGGCUCAAGUCACGAGUUCAGAGUGUCUGCUGUCAACCAAGUGGGAAAAGGCAAACCUUCCUUUGCCACCAAACCCGUCCAGUGCAAAGACGAGCUUGAACCACCAUCUUUGGACCUGGACUUCAGAGACAAGAUGCUGGUGAAGGUGGGAGACAGUUGUACACUGUCGGGACGCUACAGCGGCAAACCGGUGCCAACUAUCACAUGGACAAAGAAUGACGAGGAGCUGAAGGCUGACGAGGACAUCAGCAUCCACAGCACCAGCCGUCACCUCAGUCUCAACAUCAUCAAGGCCAGACGGGACCACAGCGGACGCUACUGCGUCAGCGUGGAAAAUGCAGCUGGAACUCGCACCGGAAUCUGUGCUAUCACUGUGGUCGACGCUCCUCAACCUCCUGAGGGCCCCGUGGUGUUUGACGAGGUCUACAGGGACCACAUGGUCAUUUCCUGGAAGCCACCUCUGGACGACGGAGGCUGUGCCAUCUCCAACUACAUCAUUGAGAAGAGAGACACAAACAGAGAUCUGUGGAUGCCCGUGACUUCAUCUUGCACCAGGACAACCUGCAAGGUGCCAAAAAUGAUUGAGGGUCGCGAAUACAUCAUUAGGAUAAUGGCUCAGAACAUCUACGGCAUUAGCAAACCACUGCUGUCUGCAGAGACAAGGGCCAAAGACAUUUUCAAGGUGCCUGAUGCGCCCAGACAGCCCACGGUGAAGGAGGUGUACCAUGACUGUGCCCUCAUUAGUUGGGAGCCUCCUGCUGAUGGAGGAAAGCCAAUCACAGGAUACAUUGUGGAGAGGAAAGAGACAAUGGCCAACAGAUGGGUUCGUUGCAACACAGAGAGGAUCCAUCCCAAGGUGGAAUACCUGGUGACGGACCUACUUAAGGGCUGUGAGUACGAGUUCAGAGUCAGCGCUGAGAACAUCAUAGGCGUCGGAGACCCAAGCCCACCCUCUAAGCCCGUCUUUGCUAAAGACCCCAUCGUCAAGCCCAGCCCUCCACUAAACCCGAAGGCCGUGGACCACACCAAGGAGUCAGUGAGUCUUUCUUGGCAGCCACCCGCUGACACUGGCAGAGGGAAGAUCUUAGGCUACCUCCUUGAGUCUCAGAAGGCUGGAGAUGAGGAGUGGCACAAGGUGAACCAGACUCCAGAUUCUUGCCAACAGACUAAGUUUAAGGUGAUCAACCUGGAAGAGGGAUCUCUGUACCGCUUCAGAGUUAUGGCUGUCAACGCUGCUGGGGAGUCUGACCCUGCUAAUAUAAAAGAACCAGUCAGGGUGAAGGACAGACUCGAGCCUCCAGAGUUGAUUCUGGAUGCUGGAAUGACUCGGGAAGUCAAGGCUGUGGCUGGCACACACAUCUCUCUGAUGGCUACCAUCAAAGGCAUCCCCUUCCCCACUGUCCUGUGGAAGAAGAACGAUGCUGAGGUGCCGACAAGGGCGGACAUUGAGACCAAUCAAGACGGCACCAAGCUGGAAAUGAGGUUCUGUAACCGUGGUGACUGUGGAGACUACACACUCACUGUCGAAAACCCUGCUGGGUCUAAGACCGUCACCUGCACAGUGCUGGUGUUUGAUAAACCCGGUCCUAUUCAGCACCUUCGAGUGUCGGAUGUUAGGAGCGACUCAGCCCACUUGUCCUGGAAAGACCCGGAGGACAACGGAGGAACUCGCAUCACUAACUUUGUGGUGGAGAAGAAAGACUCACUCUCCAGUCAGUGGGUUCCUGUCUGCUCCACAUCCAAGAAGCGCAGCAUGAUGCUAAAGCACCUGAUGGAGGGAAUGUCCUACACAUUCCGAGUUGCCGCUGAGAAUCAAUACGGCCGUAGCGAAUACGUGGAGACGCCAAAGGCCAUCAAAGCGAUGAAUCCACUCUUCCCACCUGGUCCUCCCAAAGACCUGCAUCAUGCUGACGUGGAUAAGACAGAGGUGUGGCUGGUGUGGAAUUGGCCUGACCGAAACGGCGGAAGUGAGAUCACUGGCUUCCUGGUGGAGUAUCAAGUGGAAGGAGAGAAGGAAUGGUGCGAGUGGAAGACUGUCAGCAUCCCAGAGAGUCAUGUUACAGGCUUAGAGGAAGGAAAGACCUAUCGCUUCCGAGUAAGAGCAGAGAAUGCCAUAGGUCUCAGCAGACCUGACACCACUCUUCCUAUCCUUUGCCAAGAGAAGCUAGUGCCUCCAAUCGUUGAGGUUGAUGUCAAGCUGGCGGAGGGCAUUAUUGUUAAAGCCGGAACCACCAUCCGGCUGCCUGCUAUCAUGAGAGGAAUUCCAGUACCUACUGCCAAAUGGUCGAUUGAAGGAGAAGAGCUCACCAGUGGAGGCAAUACUAAGAUCGACACAGAUAACUUUUCCACCGUUCUCAGCAUCAACGAGUGCACUAGAAAUCACACGGGCACCUACCUGCUAACCGUUUCAAACCUUGCUGGGACUAAAACAGCGGCUCUUAAUGUCACUGUCCUGGAUGUUCCAGCUGCACCCAUUGGACCCGUCAACAUCCUGGAGGUCAAUCCAGAUUCCAUGAUGAUCGAGUGGCGUCCCCCUAAGGAUGAUGGCGGCAGCCCUGUCACCAACUACAUUGUAGAGAAGAGAGAUUCCAAUAAGGAAACCUGGGGAGGAGUUAGUUCAAGCAGCCUUGACACAAAGCUCAAUAUCACCCGCCUGCAGAAGGGUGUUGAGUAUGUUGUACGCAUUCGCGCUGAGAAUAAGAUGGGCAUCGGUGCUCCUCUUGAGAGCAAGCCCACUGUUGCAGAGCAUUCCUUCAUGCCGCCUAGUCCUCCUGGUAAGCCACAGCCACAUGAUGUGUCUGAGGACAGCGUUACACUUGGGUGGACCAUGCCCUUGUCUGAUGGUGGUAGUCAAAUCACUGGUUACAUCAUUGAGCGUAGACACAUAGGAGGAAAGUGGAUUCGUGUGAACAAGAUUCCUUGCAGAGACCUCAGAUACAAAGUUUUGGGCUUGUUUGUGGGAAAUGAGUAUGAGUUCAGAGUAUUUGCUGAGAAUAGCGCCGGCUACAGUGGCCCCUCUCCCAUCUCUGAUCCUUGCAAGCCCUGCAGGCAGAUCACUGUCCCAAGCCCUCCAGUCAAUCCUAAAGUUAAAGAUUACAGCAAGUCUACAGCAGACUUAGUAUGGACUAAACCCACCAAAGAUGGAGGCAGCCCAAUUUUGGGGUACACUGUGGAAAUGCAGAAGGCUGAUACUAAAGACUGGAAAAAAGUAAAUCUGGAUGACUUCAUCAAGCAUUGUGCAUACACAGUGAAGGAGCUGGAGGCGGGUCUCACUUACAGAUUCAGAGUUUAUGCCUCAAAUAUGAUUGGAGAUGGCGAGCCCAGAGAGAUUCCAGAGUCAGUCACUGCUAAAGACAUCCUUAUCCCUCCAGAGAUUGAAAUGGAUGCCACAUGUCGUGAGCGUGUCACUGUGCGUGCUGGACACAACAUUAACAUUAUUGGCUACAUUAAAGCCCGUCCUGACCCUGAAGUGCUAUGGUCAAAGGAUGAGACUGUUCUGGAGAACAGCAAGCGUACAACUAUCAUGCAGAACCUACCUGUGGUCAAACUAAGGAUUAAGGAGGCCACAAGAGCUGACCACGGCAAAUAUACUCUGAAAGCUUCAAAUGUGGGCGGAGAAGCCUCCUGUGACAUUACCGUCAAUGUGCUAGACAGGCCAAGCCACUGCCAAAAUCUCAACAUGACCUAUGUCACCAAGGACUCAUGCAUGAUCAACUGGGAUGCACCUAAAGACAACGGUGGAUCUGAGAUCACAAACUACAUUGUGGAGUGCCGAGAGCCGAGCAUCAGCAUGUGGUCAAUGAUAUCCUCACACUGCACCAAUCGCAAGAUCAAGACCAAGCUGAUGGAGGGCCACCAGUACCUUUUCCGUGUCUGUGCAGAAAACAAGAUGGGACCUGGACCCACUGUGGAGACCAAGGUCCCUCUGCUAGCCAUCGACCCCAUUGAGAAGCCAGGCGAGCCUGAGAACUUCAGGGCGACCGACAUUGGCAAGAACCAUGUUUAUCUACGAUGGAGAAGGCCUGAUUAUGAUGGUGGUAGCCCCAACCUCUCAUAUAACCUUGAAUACAAACCCAAAGAUGCGGAGGAAUGGGAAAAACUCAACACUAGCAUCCUAACUGACACAUUCUUUUUAGCGGACAAAUGUGUUGAAAACCAGACUUACUCUUUCAGGGUGCAGAGCAUCAAUGAAGGAGGGGAGAGUGGUUGGGUUAAACUUGCAGAUAUUUUGGUGCGAGAAGAGAUUCAGAAGCCAGUCCUUGACCUGAGACUGGCCGGCACACUGACGGUGAAGGCCGGAGAGUCUGUCAGGAUAGAGGCCGGCCUGAGAGGAAAACCUCAGCCGGAAGUCAAGUGGACAAAGGACAAAGCGGUUGGAGACAACCCCAGAAUCACCUACGAGACUGGUCCUGAUUACACCAAGUUCCUUUUGACCAAGUCAAAACGCACUGAUACUGGAAAAUACAUCGUCACUGCCACCAACUCUGCCGGAACAUUCAAUGCAUAUGCUCAUGUUAAUGUCCUGGACGUUCCUGGCCCUGUUAGGAACCUCAAAGUCACUGGUAUUGGAGCCGACAAGUGCAGAGUGGUUUGGGAUGCGCCAGAGGAUGAUGGAGGCUGUGAGGUUGACAGUUACAUCCUGGAAAAAUGUGAAACCAGGAGGAUGGUUUGGUCAACCUAUUCUGCAUCCGUAGUCACGCCAUACUGCAACGUCAUACGUCUUGUUGAGGGCAAUGAGUACAUCUUCAGAGUAAGGGCUGAGAACAAGAUGGGAACUGGCCCUUCAAUGGAGAGCAAACCUGUCACUGUCAAGACUCAGUUUAACAGACCUGGACCACCUGAUGCCCCAGAGGUUACAAAGGUGAGCAAAGAGGAGAUGACAGUGGUCUGGGCUCCACCUGAGAAUGAUGGAGGAAAGUCCAUCACCGGUUAUAUCCUGGAAAGAAAGGAAAAGAGGGCUGUGCGUUGGGUGCCAUGCACUAAGAGUCCCAUCUCUGAGAGACGCAUGAAAGUCACCAACUUGAUCCCCAACCAUGACUAUCAGUUCAGGGUCAAGGCUGAAAAUGAAGUUGGUCUAGGGGAUCCUAGUAAACCCUCCAGACCCGUCACAGCCAAAGAUCCAAUUGAACCUCCUGGCCCACCUGCAGGCCUAAAAGUGGCUGACAGCACAAAGACUUCUAUCACGCUUUCGUGGUCUAAACCUGUAUAUGAUGGGGGUGCCCCGAUCAUUGGCUACAGCCUGGACAUGAGACUGAAAAGUGAGGUGGACCCUGAAAAGCCCACAGAAGGCUGGAAGAGGAUUGACACACAUGGGCCACUCGUCCUCAAAGAGUUCACCAUUGGGCAGCUUGAUGAGAAACAGGAGUACGAGUUCAAAGUCUCUGCCAAAAAUCAGGUGGGCUGGGGACGUCAUGCCUACUUAAAGGAGGCCAUCUCCCCCAAAGAGAUCCUGGAGGCUCCCGAGAUUGACCUGGACGCAAGUUUGAGGAAAGGUCUUGCCGUAAGGGCUGGCUGUCCAAUAAGACUUUUUGCUGUUAUCAGAGGACGCCCCGCACCCAAGGUGACCUGGAAGCGUGUGGGCGUGGACAAUGUGGCUCGCAGAGGUCAUGUAGACCAAGUGGAUACCAUGUCUUUCCUGGUCAUCCCUGAAAGCACCAGAGAAGAUUCUGGAAAAUACUCACUGACUCUGUCCAACUCUGCUGGAGAGAAAGCUGUCUUUGUUCAUGUGAAAGUGCUCGAUACACCUGGUCCCGUUGGUGGUUUUGAUGCAACUGAUGUCACGAAAACAACAGCUCAGCUGUCCUGGUUGCCACCAGAGAAUGAUGGCGGAAGCCCCAUCCUCAACUAUAUUGUGGAAAAACGGGAAGUGGACAGGAAGACCUGGACCAAGUGCGUUGACAACCUAAAGAAGACCAGCUUCAAAGUGACCAACAUGUCACCUGGCAUUGAGUACUACUUCCGUGUGAUGGCGUGCAACACGUAUGGAAUUGGAGUUCCUCAGGAUUCUCCCAGGUCUUACUUGGCUGUGGACCCUAUCAGUGAGCCAGAUCCACCAAAGAAGAUGGAUGUUUUGGAUAUUACUAAGAACAGUGCCACACUUGGCUGGCUAAAGCCCCUCAGAGACGGAGGAGCCAAGAUUAACGGUUAUGUUGUGGACUACCAGGAGGAGGGUGCACCAGAGGGCAAGUGGACUCCGUAUUCAGUGGUCAAGGACUUAACUAUUGUGGUCGUUGGCCUAAAAGAAGGGAAGAAGUACAAGUUUAGGGUUGCUGCCCGGAACUCAGUUGGAGUCAGUCUUCCUCGGGAGGCUGAGGGUGUGUUUGAGGUCAAGGAGCAGCUCAUGGCUCCAAAGAUCAUAAUGCCUGACACUGUGACAGUCAGAGCAGGAUCUAAAAUGGUCAUUGAGGCCAUUGUGGCGGGUAAACCCGCUCCCUUUUGCAAGUGGAAGCAGGGCAGCGAAGACGUCUUGACUUCUGAUCGCCUUUCUGUCAUCAAGACACUUACAAAUUGCACACUUAUCAUUAAGAAUGUGACUAGGGCGGACAGUGGUUACUACAGCCUUUCAGCUGAAAACAGCACAGCCAAGAUCAACCAGAUCCUCAAAGUCAUUGUUAUGGACAUUCCAGGGCCUCCCGGAGCUCCUCUUGAAAUCACUGAGCAAGACAUUGAUGCCUGCACGUUGCUUUGGAACACUCCUCAAGAAGAUGGUGGAAGCCAUAUUACCAACUACAUUGUGGAAAGGUGUGACGUUAGCCAGGGUGACUGGGUCACCAUGUCCUCUUCCUGCACCAAAACCAGCUUCAAGGUAACCAAACUGACACCCGGCACAGAGUACAGCUUCCGGGUCCGUGCGGAAAACAGGUUUGGCAUCUCUGUGCCAAUCUACUCCGAGAGGAUGAUUGCCAGAUAUCCAUUUGAUCCUCCGAGUGAACCCAUACACCUGCAGGUAAACAAGAUCAAUAAGGACUCUGUCAUCCUUUCAUGGGAGCGUCCGAACAGCGAUGGAGGAAGCCCGAUUAUUGGGUACUACAUCGAAAAGAAGGAGAGGAACAGUCUACUCUGGGUCAGGGCUAAUGAGUCUGUGGUGAAAGCCACUCAGUACACCUGCGCCAGUCUAAUCGAAGGCCUGGAGUACACCUUCCGGGUGUCUGCCCUUAACAUAGCUGGACAGGGCAAACACAGCAAGCAGACUGACUUCAUCACCACCAGGACUGCUGUCGACCCUCCAGGUAAACCUGAGCCCAUGGAUGUGACUAAGAGCUCAGUCUCACUGGUGUGGACCCGGCCCGAGCAUGAUGGUGGCAGCAAACUGAUUGGCUACUUUGUGGAGUAUUGUAAGCUUCCAGAAGACAAGUGGACACGCUGCAACAGUAACUGCAUCAGCAUCCAGACAGAAAACUAUGUGGUGACUGGUCUGGAGGAGCAACAACAGUACCAAUUUAGAGUCAUCGCCAAAACUGCUGUUAACAUCAGCCUACCCUCAGAGCUGUCUGAUCCCAUCCCUGUCAUUGCAGAGAAUGUUCCUCCUCGUGUGGAACUGGGGGUCAACAUGAAGAACCUGAUUGUGGUUAAAGCCGGCGCGAACGUCUUCCUGGAUGCUGAGGUCUUUGGGAAGCCGUUGCCAAAGGUGAGCUGGAAGAUAGACGGAGUGCCUCUUGUACUGGCAGAGGGAAUGAAGAUGACCCAGAAGAAACACGUCCACUUCCUGGAGCUCUAUUCCGUGACCAGGAAGGAAUCUGGCGACUACUCUAUUGUUGCUGAGAACAUCAAUGGUAGCAAGUAUGCUACCAUUAAAGUUAAAGUGCUUGACAAACCAGGUCCUCCUGCUUCAGUGAAAACCAGCAAAGUGUUUGCAGACCGUGUCAAGUUGCGGUGGGAACCCCCACUGGCAGACGGCGGGUCCGAAAUCACAAACUACAUCAUCGAGAAGCGUGAAACCAGCAGGGCCAAUUGGGCGCAGGUCACCUCCAACAUUAGCGGACACAUCACCGACUGCUCAGUCGAGAAACUUAUUGAGGGACACGAGUACCAGUUCAGAGUCAGUGCUGAAAACCAGUACGGCGUGGGAGACGCUGUCAUGACUGACCCUGUCAUUGUCAAAAAUCCAUAUGAUGUUCCUGGCCCGUGCGAGCCGCCUGUCAUUACCAAUAUCACCAAGGACUCCAUGACUGUGAGCUGGAAGGCGCCAGCUAACGACGGUAGAGCAACCGUCCUCGGCUAUAUGGUAGAGAAGCGUGAGGCAACAGAGUUGACCUGGGCCAAGGUCAACCGUAAGCCCGUGAUUGACAGGACCAUUAAAGCAACUCAGCUAACUGAAGGCUCUGAGUAUGAGUUCAGAGUCAUUGCCAUUAACAAAGCUGGGCUGGGCAAACCAAGCGACGCAUCCAAAGCUGCUCUGGCCGUAGACCCCGUCUAUCCUCCAGGCCCACCUGCCUUCCCUAAGGUGGUAGAUUCUACAAAGAACUCCAUCAGCCUGAGCUGGACUAAGCCAGCCUACGAUGGUGGUUGCGAGAUCAUUGGCUACCUGGUGGAGUGCAAACUGGCAACUGCAGAGAAUUGGACCAAGUGCAAUGUCCCCAAGAAGCUCCAGACCACCAAGUUUUUGGUGACGAGCCUGAUGCAUGACAUAGAGUACCAGUUCAGAAUCACUGCUGUCAACAAGAUUGGUUACAGCGAGCCUAGCGAAGUCCCUGGAAACCACAUGGCCAAGGACAUCCUCAUUGCUCCAGAAGCGGAACUAGAUGCCGACCUGAGGAAAGUGUUGGUUCUCCGUGCUGGCGUCACCCUGAGGCUCUACGUUCCUCUUAGAGGUCGCCCAGCACCAAAAGUGACAUGGAGCAAGGUGGACGCUAACCUGAAGGACCGAGAGGGUCUGCUGAUCAAGACAUCGGAGUGGGAUACCCUGCUCUUGAUUGAAGACAUAAACAGAUAUGAUGCUGGCAAAUAUGUGCUGACGCUGGAAAACAGCAGUGGUUCAAAAAGCUACACCAUUGUGGUCAAGGUUCUAGAUUCUCCUGGGCCACCUAUGAACCUGACAGUGAAGGAGACCUCUAGAAACCAUGCUUGCAUCACCUGGGAUCCACCACUGAUUGAUGGCGGUAGCCCCGUCAAGAGUUACAUUGUUGAGAAGCGUCUGGCAGAGAGGAAGGCAUGGACCUGUGUGUCAGUAGAGUGUCACAAAAUCUCCUAUAGGAUCACCAACCUGGAGGCAGGGCAAGCGUACUGCUUCAGAGUGCUGGCCGAAAACGCUUAUGGUAUCGGUGAAGGCUGCGAGACCACAGGCAGUGUGCGAGCUUCAGAGCAACCUGGUCUAGUGGUGGACUUGAAGGCCAAGAAGACCACCAAUGAUUCUAUCAUUCUGGCCUGGAAAAAGCCUAUCAGUGAUGGCGGAAGUCAUGUCAGUGCAUACAUCGUGGACCAGAGUGAAGGCGUGCAGUGGAAGCAAAUCAUGAAGGGAAAGAAUACUUCACUGACGGUCAGUGAGCUCACUGAGGGCAAUGAGUACUUUUUCAAAGUCAGGGCACUCAAUGAAUCUGGAGAAGGGCCGCCCACUGAACUCAGUGCUGUUGCCAAGGACCAGUUUGUGCUGCCUGACUUCAACCUUAGCAGUAUACCUGACGGCUGCCAAGUGGUGAAGGAAGGCACUACUAUCCGCAUUAACAUCCCCAUUAUCGGUGUGCCAUAUCCCACUGCCACGUGGAAGAAGGGUGAAGUGGUCCUUGGAGACACUGGGCGCAUGUGUGUUGAGGCGUCUCAAGGCAUCACCACCCUCUUGAUCAGAGACUGCCAGAGAGUAGAUGCUGACACUUACACCAUCAACGUCAAGAACAGCACAGGCUCCAAAGAUUGCAAGUUUAAACUCAAAGUUGUUGGCAAACCUGGCAUCUGCACUGGACCCAUAAAGUUUGAUGAGAUCACAGCCGAUGGGAUCACCCUGGAAUGGGAGCCACCCAAAGAUGAUGGGGGUGCAGAGGUGUCCAACUACAUUGUAGAAAAAAGGCGGACAACAGACAACAAGUGGGCCACAGUGGCUUCAGCAAUCCAGAAAACCACCAUGAGAGUGAUUCGUCUACACGAUGGAACAGAAUAUAUAUUCAGGGUGUCUGCUGAGAACAAAUACGGUAUUGGCGAGUAUCUGAGGUCAGAUCCAGUCAUCGCACAGCAUCCUUUCAAUGUCCCACAGGCACCAGCUCCUCCAGAUAUAGUCAGUAUACGCCACGAGUUAGCCAUCUUGACCUGGGCUGAUCCCAAAGACACAGGUGGCUCCCCAAUUACAGGUUAUUAUGUGGAGUUUAAGGAGAGGAACAGUCUCUUGUGGAAGCGAGCCAGUAAAUCUCCUCUAAGAGUAAAGGAGUGCAGAGUCACAGGUCUGAUAGAAGGACUGGAAUAUGAGUUUAGAGUUAUGGCCAUGAAUGUUGCCGGUCUUGGGAAGGCCAGCAAAGCCACUGAGGCGGUGGUUGCUCUUGAUCCAAUUGAUCCCCCUGGUAAGCCUGACGUCAUUAAUGUCACCAGGAACUCAGUCACUCUGAUUUGGACUCCACCCAAAUAUGAUGGCGGUUACAAGCUCAUUGGCUACAUGAUAGAGAAACUUGAAGCUGGUACUAAGGCCUGGAUGAAAGCUAACCAUGUCAACAUUCAAAGAUGUGCCUUCACUGUGACCGACUUGACAGAGGGAGCUCAGUAUCAGUUCCAAAUCAGGGCCAAAAAUGCAGCUGGUGCAGUCAGUGUUCCCUCAGAGAAGACCGACCUGCUAACUUGCAAGGAUGAGUAUGAACCUCCAAGCAUCACCAUUGAACCAGACAUGAAGGACGGUAUAUCAGUCAGAGCGGGAGACACGAUCGUGAUCUCUGCUUCCAAGAUUGCAGGAAAACCUCCACCGACUGCUAUCUGGUCGAAGGGAGGCCGUGAAUUGAAGAACUCUGACAUUGUCAAUAUUACCAGCACCCCAACUUCCUCCUCUCUGGCUAUUAAAUAUGCAAGCCGGAAAAAUACCGGAGAGUACACAAUUACUGCCAGCAACCCGUUCGGCAUCAAAGACGAACAUGUAAAAGUAAAGGUCCUGGAUGUCCCAGGACCUCCAGGCCCGAUUGAGGCCAGUCAUAUUUCUGCUGAAAAGUGUACCUUGAGCUGGCUUCCACCAGAUGAGGAUGGCGGUAGCUCAAUCAAAUCUUAUAUCCUUGAGAAGCGAGAGACCAGCCGCCUACAGUGGACCAAGUUAGCUGAAAAUGUGAUGGACUGCAGAUAUGCAGCGAGCAAACUGAUCAAAGGCAAUGAGUACAUCUUCAGAGUAUGUGCUGUAAACCAGUAUGGCACUGGAGACUCAAGCCAGUCUGGUCCAGUCAAAAUGGUCGACAGUUUCUGCCCACCGGGCCCACCCUCAAUCCCAGAGAUAGAUAACGUCAGCAGGAACGCUGUCACCAUUUCAUGGAAGAGACCAGCACAGGACGGGGGAUGUGACAUCAGAGGCUACUGUGUUGAAAGGAAAGAGAAGAGAGGAUUGAGGUGGGUCAGGGCCUCUAAGAGAACAGUCCCAGACCUGCGCUUCAAGGUGCAAGGCCUUAGCGAGGGGGUCGAGUACGAGUUCAGAGUCACUGCUGAGAACAAGGCUGGAUUUGGAGAUCCCAGUGAGCCUUCACAUCCAGUGAUGACCAAGGACAUAGUGUAUCCACCAGGGCCUCCCUCAAACCCUAGGAUUUCAGACACCACUAAAACAUCUGCAACCUUCAAUUGGGGCAGACCCUACUAUGAUGGUGGUCUGGAAGUGGAGGGAUACAUAGUGGAGUAUAAAAAGGAGGGGCAUGAUGACUGGGAGACUGAGACAGAGUACCAUCUGAAGGCUACCGAAUAUGUUAUUGGUAAACUUCAAAAGGGAGGCAGAUACCAUUUCAGAGUCAGAGCUGUGAACUCAGAGGGAGUUGGUGAGCCUGCAGAGGUUGAAGAAGUCACUGAAUUAGUGGACCAGGAGUCUGUGCCUGACUUUGAGCUGGAUGCUGAACUCCGGAAAACUCUGGUAGUCAGAGCCCGUACGUCAAUUCGUUUGUUUGUUCUCAUCAGAGGCCGCCCUGUUCCUGAAGUCACGUGGAGCAAAGAUGAUAUCAAUUUGAAAACACGUGCACAUAUUGACACAACAGAGUCUUACACUCUUCUUGUCAUUCCCGACUGCACCCGAUAUGAUGCUGGAAAGUACAAUCUCUGUCUGGAAAAUGUUGCCGGGAAGAAGACAGGCUUUGUGAAUGUAAAGGUUCUUGACACACCAGGGCCACCAGUUAAUCUCAAACCCAGAGAGAUCAUCAAGACAAGCAUAACUCUUCAGUGGGAGAUCCCGAUCAUUGAUGGUGGCUCUAAGAUUCGCAACUACAUUAUUGAAAAGAGAAAGGCCACAAAGAAGGCGUACACGGUCCUGAGCACCACAUGGCAGAAGUGCUCUUUUAAAGUACCUGAUCUAGAGGAGGGAGCUUACUAUUACUUCCGUAUCUCUGCUGAGAAUGACCUGGGUAUAGGCGAACCUGCUGAAACUCCUGAACCAAUCAGGGUGUCUCAGGCCCCCUCUGCCCCUGACAACUUGUAUGUCACUGAUGUUACAGCUGACAGCGCCAGUUUAGCAUGGACCAAGCCUCUGCAUGACGGUGGUAGCUUGAUCACAGGAUAUGUCAUUGAGUAUCAGAAGAAGGACACUGACCAGUGGAUCCAUGCUGCUGCCAUCAAAGCUCUGGACUACACUGUAUCAAAUUUGUUCGAGGGAGAAGAAUAUACCUUCCGCAUAAUGGCUGUCAACGCUUCAGGUAGAAGCGACCCCCGUGAGAGUAGACCUACAAUUAUCAAAGAGCAAACAUCAGUUCCAUCCUUUGACCUACGUGGCAUCUACCAGAGGACGGUCAUCGCUAAGGCCGGGGACCGUGUUAAAGUGGAGAUUCCCGUCCUUGGAAAACCAAGACCUGGAGUUUCUUGGAAGAAAGGAGACGCUGUGCUAAAAGAGACACAGCGAAUCAACACUGAAACCACAUCAAUGUCAACCAUCCUCAACAUUGGUGAGAUCAAAAGAACUGAUGGAGGCCAGUAUUCGAUGACAGGAAAGAACAUGCUGGGCACAGUGACCGAAACAAUCACAGUGGUAGUCCAUGAUAUUCCAGGUCCUCCCACAGGUCCCAUCAAGCUGGAUGAGGUCUCAUGUGAUUAUAUCCUUAUGUCAUGGGAAGCCCCAGAAAAUGAUGGAGGUGUUCCUAUCAACAAUUAUAUUGUUGAAAUGCGGGAAACCACAGGUACUUCCUGGGUGGAGUUGGCAGCCACAGUGAUCCGCACCACAUUCAAGGCAACCCGGCUAAUCACCGGAACCGGAUAUCAGUUCCGUGUCAAGGCCCAGAACCGAUAUGGCAUUGGACCGUCAAUUGUGUCUGAUCAAGUGGUGGCUGCAUAUCCAUUUGAUGUGCCAGGGCAGCCAGGAACCCCUUCAGUCACGUCUUUCAAUAAGGAUGUUAUGACUCUGAGCUGGAAUGAACCAUCCUCUGAUGGAGGCAAUGCCAUACUGGGCUACCACAUAGAAAGAAAAGAGAAAAAUAGCAUUCUAUGGCAGAGGAUAAGCAAAGCCCUUGUUGUCGGAAAUAUCUUCAAAUCAACAGGUCUGGUUGAUGGAAUCGCAUAUGAGCACCGUGUUAUUGCUGAAAACAUGGCUGGUCUCAGCAAACCUAGCAAACCCUCAGAGCCUAUGUAUGCUUUGGACCCAGUGGGCCAACCUGGCAGACCUGUUGCACUGAAUAUUACCAGACAUGAGGUGACUGUUUCAUGGACAAAACCAGAGGCAGAUGGAGGAUUUUCGAUCACUGGAUACACCGUGGAAAGAAGAGAGUUGCCAAACGGGCGGUGGCUCAAAGCUAACUUUAACAACAUUCUGGAGACAGUUUACACAGUCAGUGGUCUGACUGAAGAUGUUGUAUAUGAAUUCCGCGUGUUUGCUCGUAAUUCAGCUGGCGGUGUAAGCGCACCCUCUCUGCCAUCAGAAGCAAUUACAUGCAGAGAUGAUAUUGAAGAGCCACGGAUUGAUGUUGACACACUUUACAGUAGUAAUGUUGUUGUCAUGGCAGGAGAGGUGUUUAAAUUAGAGGCAAAUGUGACAGGCCGGCCGCUCCCAUCACUUGUAUGGACCAAGGAAGGGAAGGAGCUUGAAGAUACAGGCAAGUUGGAGAUAAAGACAUCUGAUUUCCACACAACUCUGAUAAACAAAGACUCUUUAAGAAGAGAUGGUGGUGCUUUCACGCUGACUGCCAGCAACCCUGGUGGAUUUGCUAAGUUCACAUUUAAUGUAAAGGUUCUCGACAGACCUGGACCACCGGAUUCCUUAAGUGUUACUGACAUAGCUGCGGAGAAAUGUGUUUUGAACUGGCUGCAUCCAACACAUGAUGGUGGCGCAAAGAUUGAAUAUUUUAUCAUUCAGAAGCGUGAAACCAGUAGGUUGGCCUGGACAAAUGUGGCCACAGACCUUCAAGCAAACAGGUUGAAAGUCACUAAGCUUUUGAAGGGCAAUGAGUACAUCUUCAGAGUGAUGGCAGUUAACAAGUAUGGCAUUGGUGAACCUGUGGAGUCUCAGCCCGUCAUCUGUGCUAAUCCCUAUGUUCCUAGUGAUCCGCCAUCGCAGCCUGAAGUGACCACCAUUACUAAAGAAUCAAUGGUUGUCUGCUGGGAGCGCCCAGAACAUGAUGGAGGCAGCAGAAUCAACACUUACAUUAUUGAGAGAAGGGAUAAGACUGGACUGCGAUGGGUGAAGUGCAACAAGAGGACUGUAACAGACCUUCGAUUCAAGGCCUCUGGCCUCACACCAGGUCAUGAGUAUGAAUUCAGAAUAUUUGCCGAGAACAAUGCUGGACUAAGCCAGCCAAGUCCCUCAAGUCCAUUCUACAAAGCCAUGGACACAAUCUUUCAGCCUGGACCUCCAGGAAACCCCAGAGUUCUUGACACUACAAAGUCCUCUGUGACGCUUGCUUGGAAUAAACCUGUCUAUGAUGGUGGUUCUGAAAUCACUGGCUACAUUGUGGAGACCUGCCUGCCUGAAGAGGAUGAAUGGACAAUUCACACUCCGAAGAAGGGAUGGACAGCCACCUCAUUCACUAUCACUGGCCUGAAAGAAAACCAAGAGUACAAAAUUAACAUCUGUGCCACCAACUGUGAAGGUGUAGGAGAACCUGCUGCUGUUCCUGGCACCCCUAAAGCCGAAGACAGGUUGCUUCCGCCUGAAAUUGACCUUGGGGCGGAUCUUCGUAAAGUAGUUUGCAUCAGAGCUUGUAGCACUCUCAGACUCUUUGUGCCUAUUAAAGGGAGACCAGCUCCUGAGGUAAAAUGGUCUAGAGAACAUGGAGAGUCCCUGGAUAAAGCUAACAUUGAGAUCACAUCAUCAUUCACUACUCUUCAAGUUGAAAAUGUUGACAGAUUCGAUGGAGGUAAAUACAUGGUUACUGUGGAGAAUGCUUCAGGAAGUAAGACAGCCUUUGUUAAUGUUAGAGUGCUAGACACCCCUGGAGCACCUCAGAAUCUUGUCAUCAAAGAGGUUACUAAAGGUUCUGUAUCUCUUAUUUGGGACGCACCAUUAAUUGAUGGUGGCUCCAGAGUACGCAAUUACAUAGUAGAAAAGCGUGAGUCAACAAGAAAGGCCUAUUCGACGGUCUGUGCCAGCUGCCAUAAAUCCAGCUGGAAAGUUGCAGAGUUGGAAGAAGGAAAGAUGUACUUCUUCAGAAUCCUGGCUGAGAAUGAAUAUGGCAUUGGCCUUCCAGUGGAGACAUUUGAGCCUGUUAAAGUGUCAGAAAAACCUUUGCCUCCAGGAAAAGUAACUCUCCGUGAAGUGACCGGGACCAGUGUUACACUAGCCUGGGAAAAGCCUGAUCAUGAUGGUGGCAGCAGAAUCACUGGGUAUAUUGUUGAGAUGCAGGGUCAAAGCAGUGAAAAGUGGACCCAAGUCAUGGCAGUAAAGACCAAUGAGGCUGUUGUAACUGGUUUAACACAGGGAGAGGAAUACAUGUUCCGUAUCUCAGCCACAAAUGAAAAGGGAGUUAGUGAUCCACGCCCUCUCAGUGUACCGGUGGUAGCCAAAGAUCUAGUUAUCCCACCAAUGUUCAAAUUGGCUUUCAGCACAUUUAGUGUGCUAGCUGGGGAUGAUCUGAAGAUAGAUGUCCCUUAUGUUGCCUGUCCCAGAGCUACAGCAAUUUGGCUCAAAGAUGGUGUUGCCCUGAAGGAGACAACAAGAGUUAAUACUGACAACACAGACAAAAACCUUCUCCUUGUCAUUAAGGACGCUUGCAGAGAUGAUGUGGGUACAUAUUCCAUCAAACUGACUAAUACAGCUGGAGAGACAACUACAGACAUCAGUGUGGUCGUCCUAGAUAGACCAGGCCCUCCCACUGGCCCCAUCAAAUUUGAUGAAGUCACUGCUGACAGUGUGAUUUUGUCUUGGAAUCCACCAGAGUAUGAUGGUGGUUGCACCAUCAAUAAUUACAUUGUUGAAAAGAGAGAUACAUCGACCACCAACUGGCAGAUAGUAUCAGCGACCGUGGCUAGGACAACUGUCAAGGCUGUACGUCUGAAGACCGGAUGUGAGUAUCAGUUCAGGAUUGCUGCAGAAAAUCGAUAUGGAAAGUCUUCAGUGCUUCACUCUGAAACCGUUGUGGCUCAGUAUCCAUUUGAGGUGCCCGGUUCACCACAUUCGGUUGUUGUUCAGUCAGCAACAAAAGAGAGCAUGCUGGUCGUAUGGGACAAACCUAGCAGUGAUGGUGGAAGUAAAAUCCUGGGAUAUCACCUGGAGCUCAAAGAGAAAAACAGCAUUUUAUGGGUAAGGCAGAACAAGCAACUUAUUGCAGAGCCUAGAUUCAAAGUAGUUAGCCUCGAAGAAGGCAUCGAAUAUGAGUUCAGAGUUUAUGCUGAAAACAUUGUCGGCAUAAGCAAAGCCAGCAAUGUGAGUGAACUGCAUGUAGCCAGAGACCCAUGUGAGAAACCAGGAAAGCCAGAGGCUGUCAUUGUAACCAGAAACCAGGUAACUUUGCAAUGGUCAAAACCUGAAUAUGAUGGUGGCAUAAAAAUCACUGGGUAUGUAGUGGAGAAAAAAGAAGGGACCGGCCGCUGGAUGAAGGCUAGUUUCACAAACAUUAUUGACACUUACUUCGUUGUAACAGGCCUCACUGAAGAUCAGAUUUAUGAGUUCCGUGUCAUUGCCAGAAAUGCAGCAGGUGUCAGCAGUCAACCCUCUGACUCUACUGGAGCUAUCACUGCAAAGGAUGAGGUGGACCCACCAAAAAUAGACUUGGAUUCUAAGUAUGCCCAGGUUGUGAUGGUAAAUGCUGGUGAGACAUUUAGGCUUGAGGCAGCUAUCAGUGGCAAACCUGUACCUGCUGUACAUUGGCUGAAGGAGGGCCAAAUCAUGAGUGAAGCAGCACGUCUCGAAGUCAAGAACACCGACUUUUUGGCCUGUCUUGUUGUUAAAGAAGCCAUUCGUGUAGAUGGGGGUCAGUAUACUUUGCUGGUAAAGAAUGUUGGAGGAGAGAAAUCUGUUAACAUAAAUGUCAAAGUUCUGGACAGGCCAGGUCCACCUGAGGGACCCAUUUCAAUAUAUGGUGUCACGAAUGAGAAGUGUUCUAUUUCCUGGAAACCACCUUUACAAGAUGGCGGUAGUGAUGUAUCCCAUUACAUUGUUGAAAGGAGAGAGACUAGCAGACUCGUUUGGACUGUCGUUGAACAAAAAGUUCAGACCCUGAACUUGAAGAUUACCAAACUUCUUGUUGGUAAUGAGUACAUCUUUAGAGUGAUUCCUGUAAACAAAUAUGGAGUAGGUGAGCCUCUGGAAUCUGAGCCCAUGAUUGCCCGAAAUCCAUUUGUCACUCCCAACCCACCAACAGAAGUAAAUAUCUCCACUAUUACAAAAGACUCUAUGGUGGUGACUUGGGAAAGACCAAGUAAUGAUGGUGGUAAUGCCAUUCAAAGUUAUAUUGUUGAGAAACGUGACAAGGAUGGUGUUAGAUGGACAAGAUGCAACAAGCGCACCGUGAGCGAACUACGCUUCAGAGUUACUGGGCUCCUCGAAAACCACAGUUAUGAAUUUAGAGUUUCUGCUGAGAAUGCAGCCGGUGUGGGACAACCCAGUCCUCCAACAGCAUACUACAAAGCUUUAGAUCCCAUUUUUAAACCAGGCCCACCAAACAAUCCAAAGGUAGUGGACACGUCAAGGUCCACUGUUUCCUUAACCUGGGGUAAACCCAUCUAUGAUGGUGGCUGUGAGAUUCAGUCCUACAUUGUUGAGGCAUGCAAUAGUGCAUCAGAUGAAUGGAUCAUGUGCACUCCUUCUACUGGAAUUGCAGACACACGGUUUACGGUGACAAAACUUCUAGAGAAGCAUGAGUAUCAGUUCAGAGUGUGUGCCAUCAACAAAGUUGGUGUUGGUGAGCAUGCUGAUGUUGCAGGAAAAAUCAUUUUGGAAGAAAAGCUUGAGGCGCCAGAUCUUGACCUGGAUGCAGACAUGCGAAAGAUGAUCAAUAUUAGAGCUGCAAGCACUCUCAGGCUAUUUGUGCCUGUAAGAGGUCGUCCAGCCCCUGAGAUUAAAUGGGGAAAAGCUGAUGGUGAGAUCAGGGAAACUGCUCAAAUUGACAAUACAGACAACUAUGCUUCUCUUAUGAUUGAGAAUGUGGACAGAUUUGAUAGUGGCAAAUACACACUGACUGCAGAGAAUGCUAGUGGAGUGAAGUCAGUCUUCAUCAGCGUCAGAGUUUUAGACUCACCAAGCCCUCCAAAUAACUUCCUGGUUAAAGAGAUUACCAAAGAUUCUGUCACACUUACAUGGGAACCUCCAUUACUGGAUGGUGGAUCAAAGAUUAAGCAUUAUAUAGUCGAGAAGCGGGAGAGCACCAGGAAGGUUUAUUCUCCCAUCACUGUCUGCAAUAAGAUGUCAUGGAAGGUGGAACCUCUCCCAGAGGGUGGAAUAUUCUUUUUCCGAGUUCUUGCUGAGAAUGAAUAUGGUAUAGGUUUACCAGCUAAAACCACAGAGCCAAUAAAAAUUUCUGAAAAGCCCCAGCCCCCUGGUAAAGUCAGUGUUGUCGAUGUUACACAUAGCACUGUAACCUUGACUUGGGAAAAGCCUGAACAUGAUGGUGGCAGUAGAAUAAGUCACUAUGAAGUUGAACUUGCACCUCAAGACAGUGAAUCAUGGUCUUUGUGUGCUAGUGGGAAGGCAACUGAGGCAUUGGUGACUAACCUUCUUACGGGGGAAGAGUAUCAGUUCAGAGUUAUUGCUGUUAACAGCAAGGGCAGGAGCGAUCCCAGGCAACUGGCAAACUCAAUUGUUGCUCAGGACCUUGUGAUUGAGCCUGCUGUUAGACCUAAAGCGAGCAGCUACAGUGUCCAAGUGGGUUAUGACCUCAAGAUAGAGGUGCCAAUCGCAGGUCAUCCUAAGCCAACCAUCUCUUGGACCAAGGAUGGAGCUGCCCUCAAACAGACCACCAGAGUUAAUGUCACAGAUUCUGCACGUCACACUACACUUACUAUAAAGGAUGCCACCAAAGAAGAUGGAGGAAUGUACAGUAUCAGUGUCGCCAAUGACAUGGCAUCUAAGGAAGCCACAAUUGAGGUUAUCACCUUGGAUAAGCCUGGACCACCGACAGGCCCUGUCAAGUUUGAGGAUGUUAGCGCUGAGAGCAUCACACUUACAUGGGAACCUCCUACUUAUACAGGUGGUUGCGCAAUAUCCAACUAUGUUGUGGAGAAAAGAGAUACAACCACAACCAACUGGGUAGUUGUGUCUGCCACUGUGGCAAGAACCACACUCAAAGUGGUUAAUCUGAAGACAGGCGCUGAAUAUCAAUUCCGAAUCUACGCUGAAAAUAGAUACGGAAAGAGUUAUGCAAUUGAUUCUGAGCCUGUUUUGGCCCAGUAUCCAUUCCAAGAGCCUGGGCCACCAGGUACACCAUUUGUAUCUUCAUACACUAAGGACUACAUGGUGGUUGAAUGGCACAAACCUCCAUCUGAUGGAGGCAGCGCUAUCUUAGGCUAUCAUCUUGAAAGGAAAGAGAAAAACAGUAUUCUUUGGACCAAGAUUAACAAAACUCUAAUCCAAGACUGCAGGUUCAAAUCCACUCCUUUGGAGGAGGGCAUUGAGUAUGAAUACAGAGUCUAUGCAGAGAACAUCGUUGGUAUUGGAAAGUGCAGCAAAGUCUCAGAGGUCUAUGUGGCCCGUGAUCCAUGUGAUCCUCCUGGCUGUCCAGAAGCAGUGAUAGUGACAAGGCACUCAGUGAAGCUAAGAUGGACACCGCCAGUGUAUGAUGGUGGAUGUUUAGUUACUGGCUAUGUAGUGGAGAAACGGGAUCUUCCUGAAGGAAAGUGGAUGAGGGCGAGCUUCGCAAACAUCAUAGAGCGUGAAUUUACAGUCACUGGCUUGACAGAAAAUAGUAAAUAUGACUUUAGAGUCAUUGCAAGAAAUGCAGCUGGUGCUAUCAGUAAGCCUUCCGAGAGCACGGGAUCUAUCACAGCUAUAGAUGAAGUUGACCCACCCAAAUGUGAGACGGACGCAAUGUACAACCAAACCCUUGUGAUUAAUGCAGGAGAGACAUUCAGUCUGGAGGCCAGUGUGGAAGGAAAGCCAAUUCCCACAGCUCAGUGGUUUAAGGGGGAUGUUGAUGUGGAAAACUCAGCCAGAGCUGAGAUAAAAAAUACAGAUUUUAAGGCUCUUCUUGUUGUGAAGGAAGCCAUCAGAGUGGAUGGUGGGCAGUAUACACUGGUACUGACUAACGUGGCAGGAAGUAAGACUAUCCCUUUCAGUGUGAAAGUCCUGGACAGACCAGGUCCUUCAGACGGACCUCUUACUGUCAGCAAUGUCACAGAAGAGAAGUGUUCACUGUCUUGGCUUCCACCCAUGCAUGAUGGAGGCAGCAGUAUUUCUCACUAUGUUAUCCAGAAGAGAGAGACAAGCCGUCUGGCAUGGACUGUGGUCUCCAGUGACUGCAGAGCCACUAUGUUCAAAGUCACCAAACUUUUGAAGGGCAAUGAAUACAUUUUUAGAGUGAUGGGAGUCAACAAAUAUGGUGACGGUGAGCCCCUAGAAUCUGCACCAGUUGUCAUGAGAAAUCCAUUUGUCUGUCCUGGCUCACCUCAAGAGAUUGAGAUCAGCAACAUUACCAGGGACUCCAUGACUGUCUGCUGGAAUCGCCCAGAGACGAAUGGAGGUAGUGAAAUUGUUGGGUAUAUUGUUGAAAAGAGAGACCGUGCAGGAGUGAGGUGGACCAAGUGUAACAAGCGCAGAGUGACGGACUUGCGUUUCAGAGUGACAGGAUUGACUGAAGACCAUGAAUAUGAAUUCAGGGUUUCUGCUGAGAAUGCAGCUGGCAUAGGUCAACCAAGCGCAGCUACUCCUUACCUUAAAGCUUGUGACCCCACUUUUGAGCCAGGUAGUCCCUCCAAUGCUCAUGUCACUGACACUACUAAAGACUCCAUAAGUCUGGCCUGGCAGAAGCCAAUUUAUGAUGGUGGUUGUGAGAUUCAAGGUUAUGCUGUUGAACUCACAAAGGCUGAUGAGGAGGAAUGGACCAUUUGCACACCCCCCUCUGGCGUAGCUGCAACCAAAUUUACCAUCACUAAGUUAAUUGAGCAUCAGGAAUAUAAAGUGCGCAUCUGUGCCAUCAAUAAACUAGGCAUUGGGGAGCCUGCCGAAGUCCAGGGCACAGUCACACCUAUUGAUAAAAUGAAUGCACCAGAAAUGAUUCUAGAUUCAGAACUCCGAAAGGGAAUUGUUGUUCGUGCAGGAGCCCCACUGAGGAUUUGCAUUCCAUUUAAAGGUCGUCCGACACCUGAAAUUAGCUGGGCCAAGGAGGAUAGUGAACUUCCCGUCAAAGCUCAAAAAGAGUUUGGAGAAGAUUACACACAGCUCUCUAUCGACAUUUGUGACAGAUAUGAUGCUGGAAAAUACAUCCUUAAUUUAGAAAAUAGUGCCGGCACUAAAUCAGUAUUUGUGUCUGUCAAAGUUCUGGACACUCCAGGAGCCCCUGUAAAUCUCUCAGUAAAAGACAUUAAACGGGAAAGUGUCACCCUGACCUGGGAGCCCCCUCUUAUUGAUGGUGGAGCCAGAAUAAAGAAUUACCUAGUUGAAAAACGUGAGGCCACUAGGAAUGUUUACUCUAAUGUGGAAAACAAGUGCACAAAGACAAGUUACCGAAUUACUGGCCUCAUAGAAGGAACAAUUUACUAUUUCAGAGUCCUAGCUGAAAAUGAGUUUGGUGUAGGAGAGCCAGCUGAGACAGAAGACUCCGUUAAGGCCUCUGAGCCUCCUCUGCCCGUAGGUAAAGUCACAUUAACUGAUGUUACUAAAACUACUGCUUCACUCUCCUGGGAGAAACCAGUCCAUGAUGGAGGAAGCAGGAUUAUUGGCUACUACAUUGAGAUGCAACCUUUGGACUCGGAAGAAUGGGUGGUGGCAGCAACAGUCAAAACCUGUGAGGGCACUGUCACAGGCCUCAGUGCAGGACACGAAUAUUUUUUCAGAGUAUCUGCCUUCAAUGACAAGGGUAAAAGUGACCCAAGAGCUCUUGCCGCACCGGUCACAGCAAAGGAUUUGACAAUGGCGCCCGGCUUCAAAAUAAGAUUUAAUACUUAUAGUUUGCAGCAUGGUGAAGAUUUGAAGAUUGACAUUCCAGUGACUGGGCGUCCAGUUCCAAAAGUGGAAUGGAAGAAAGAAGGACUGGCUCUUAAGGAGACAACCAGGUUAAAUGUGUUUGGUACACCCACAUCUACAAAGCUCUGUAUCAAGGAUGCAAAUAGAGAGGAUUCUGGCAAAUAUACUGUUACAGCAACCAGUAAUGUCGGAACAGCGACUGAGGAGAUUACUGUUAUAAUUCUCGACAAGCCAGGCCCACCCACUGGUCCUGUGAAGAUUGAUGAAGUGAGCUCGAAUUAUGUAACUCUAUCCUGGGAACCACCAGGGUAUACUGGAGGCUGUCAGAUUAACAACUACAUUGUAGAAAAGAGAGAUACCACUACAACAGCUUGGCAUAUUGUGUCUGCAACCAUUGCCAGGACAACCAUCAAGGUCAGCAAUCUGAAGACAGGAGUUGAGUACCAGUUCAGAGUGUCUGCUGAGAAUAGAUACGGAAAGAGUUCUGCUAUUAUUUCAGCCCCUGUCAUUGCUCAGUAUCCAUUCAGUGUGCCUGAUGCCCCAGCAGCGCCAACUAUUACUGCUGCAACCAAAGACAGUAUGGUCGUUGAGUGGAAGCCUCCUACAAAUAAUGGUGGCAGUCCCAUUCUGGGCUAUCAUCUGGAUAGAAAAGAGAAGAACAACCUCCUAUGGACUAAACUCAAUAAGCUUAUCAUUCCUGAUGCACGUUUCAAGACAACAGAACUGGAAGAGGGCAUUGAGUAUGAAUUCAGGGUGUGUGCUGAAAAUAUAGCAGGACUGAGUGCAGCUAGUAAGGUCUCUGAUAGCAUUGUAGCUAGGGAUCCCUGUGACCCACCAGGUACUCCCGAGGCCAUUGAAAUAACCCGGAACCAUGUGACACUACAGUGGACACGGCCCCAGUAUGAUGGAGGCAGCGUGAUAACUGGUUAUGUGAUUGAAAGGCGAAAGCACCCUGAUAACCGCUGGAUGAAGGCCAGUUUUACCAACAUUAUUGACACACAGUACACCCUCAGUGGCCUGACUGAGGACUGCAUUUAUGAAUUCAGAGUUUUUGCUAAGAAUGCAGCUGGCAUUUCCAGCAGUCCCUCUCAAAGCACAGGAGAAAUAACUGCUAAAGAUGAAAUUGAGGCUCCAGAAGCAACAAUGGAUUCUAAAUUUAAGGAUCUCAUAGUUGUUCAUGCAGGUGAGACUUUUGUCAUUGAUGCAGACUACACUGGCAAGCCUCUUCCUGAGGUGGUAUGGCUGAAGGAGGGAAGGGAGAUUGACAAAACCACCCAAAGAAUGGAGAUCAAGACCACACUUACUCGUACCAUAUUGACAGUAAAAGACUGCAUCCGGGUGGACGGGGGCCACUAUGUUCUUAAACUUGUGAACGUUGGCGGAGUAAAGAUGAUCCCGGUUAAUGUUAAAGUUUUGGAUAGGCCUGGCCCUCCAGAUGGCCCCCUGGAAGUUAAAGGAGUCACAGCUGAAAAGUGUUAUCUGCACUGGAACCAUCCCUCACAGGAUGGUGGAGCAAGUAUUUCUCACUACGUGAUUGAGAAGCGUGAGACUAGUCGUUUGUCAUGGACUAUGGUGGAGCCCAAGAUUCAAGCCAUCAGUUAUAAAGUGACAAAACUGCUACCUGGAAAUGAGUAUAUCUUUAGAGUGACAGCUGUUAAUAAAUAUGGUGUGGGUGAGCCACUAGAGUCUGAGCCUGUUAUCGCUCGCAAUCCAUUCACUACUCCAAGUCCGCCAUCCACUCCAGAAGCUAGUGCCAUCACCAGAGACUCUAUGGUGCUCACUUGGGAAAGGCCAGAGAGUAAUGGGGGAGCCGAAAUUGAGGGAUAUGUCCUUGAAAAACGUGAUAAGGAUGGCAUCCGAUGGAGUAAAUGCAACAAGAAGAGGCUGACUGACCUGAGGUUCAGAUGCACUGGUCUCACAGAGGGCCACUCUUAUGAAUUUAGAGUGUCUGCUGAAAAUGCUGCUGGUGUGGGGACACCCAGUGCACCCACUCAGUACAUCAAGGCAUGUGAUGCCAUUUACCCCCCAGGACCUCCAAAUAACCCCAAAGUCAGUGACCAUUCCAGUACCACUGCUUCCUUGACCUGGUCCAGACCGAUAUAUGAUGGUGGAGCACCAGUCACUGGUUACAUUGUUGAAUUUAAGGAGGCGUCACUUGAUGAAUGGGUGAUUUCUACACCAUCUACUGGUGUGCAGGCUACUAAGUACACUGUGAAAAAAUUGAAGGAGAACGCGGAGUACAAUUUCCGUAUUUGUGCUUUUAACUCUGAGGGAAUGGGUGAACAUGUGGACCUGCCUGGGUCCGUUAUUGUUGCUGAAAAGCUGGAAGCUCCUGAAAUUGAACUGGAUUCAGAUCUCAGAAAGAUGGUUAACGUUCGUGCCACUGCUAGUUUGCGUUUGUUUGUCACAAUCCGAGGGAAGCCAGAACCGGAGGUCAGAUGGUCAAAGGUAGAUGGCAGUCUGAAUGAGCGGGCCCAGAUUGAUGUGACAAGCUCCUAUACAAUGUUAGUGAUUGAAAAUGUGGACCGAUUUGAUACCGGCAAGUAUGUACUUACCCUUGAGAACCUGAGUGGUUCAAAAUCAGCCUUCAUAAAUGUCCGCGUUCUGGACUCACCUAGCGCCCCUACUAACCUUGAAGUCAAAGAUGUGAAAAGAAAUUCAGUCGCUCUCUCCUGGGAGCCUCCUCUUAUAGAUGGCGGCGCUAAGAUAUCUCACUAUGUUGUAGAAAAGCGAGAGCAGAAGCGAAUGGCUUUUACCAGCGUAUGCACAAAUUGUGUGAGGAACUCCUACAUCAUCUCUGACCUACAGGAAGGAGGCCGAUAUUAUUUCCGUGUGCUGGCUGUGAAUGAACUUGGUGUAGGUCUGCCUGCCUCUACAGAGCAAGUCAAAAUUUCUGAAGCUCCUUUGCCUCCUGGUAAAAUUCUGCUGGUAGAUGUGACUCGUCACACCGUCACUCUAUCAUGGGAGAAGCCAGAUCAUGAUGGUGGCAGCAAGAUUACAGGCUACAUUGUUGAGAUGCAGCCCAUCGGAGAAGAAAAAUGGAGUUUGUGCAGCGAAGUCAAAGCACUGGAGGCAACUAUUGACGGUCUCACAACAGGAGAGGAAUAUUCUUUCAGGGUCAUUGCAGUCAAUGACAAGGGCAAAAGUGAUCCUAAACCUCUAGCUACUCCUGUGACUGUGAAAGAUAUCACAGUGGAACCCAUCAUCAACUUAGUGUUCAACACAUACAGUGUUAAAGCAGGAGAUGACCUGAAGAUUGAUGUUCCCUUCAAAGGCAGGCCGCAGCCUGAGGUGGUUUGGAAGAAGGAUGGGCACGCGCUGAAGCAGACGACGCGAGUUAAUGUUCUCACUUCCAAGACCUCAUCUAAAAUUCUCAUUAAGGAUGCAACUAGAGAGGACGUAGGAAAGUAUGAAAUCACUCUUAGUAAUGCAGUGGGUACCAAGACAGCUGAAAUUUCAGUUAUAAUCCUGGACAAGCCAGGUCCACCGAGUAACAUCAAAGUGGAUGAGGUUAGCGCUGAAUUCAUCUCUCUGUCUUGGGAAGCUCCAACCUAUGAUGGUGGAUGCCAGAUUAAUAAUUAUGUGGUGGAAAAGAGAGACACAACCACAACCACUUGGCAGAUUGUGUCAGCCACAGUUGCUAGAACAUCAAUUAAAGUAUCUCGUCUUAAUCAGGGAACUGAGUACCAGUUCCGCAUUGCGGCCGAAAACCGAUACGGCAAAAGUCCUGCUGUUGACUCUUCCCCUAUUGUUGCUCAGUAUCCAUUUGAACCACCUGGCCAUCCCAUCAACCUCUGUGUUUCCCAUGCCACCAAAACGUCCAUGCUAGUUGUUUGGGACAGACCUGCCAGUGAUGGUGGAAGCCCUGUUAUUGGUUAUCACAUUGAAUGCAAAGACCAAAGCAGCAUCCUCUGGACCAAGGUAAACAGAGGUCUUCUGACCGACAGACAGUUUAAAAUGACAAGCAUUGAAGAAGGUUUGCUGUAUCAGUUCAGAGUUUAUGCAGAAAACAUUGCCGGCAUUGGCCCAAGCACGAAAGCCAGUGACCCAGUGGCAGCCAGGGAUCCAUGCGAAGCUCCACGUAAUCUUAAAGUCACUAACAUCACAAGGACUUCAGUCUCCCUCUUCUGGGAGAGGCCAGAGAAUGAUGGUGGAGCCAAGAUUACUAGCUACAUUGUCGAGCGUAAAGAGCUUCCAAAUGGUCGGUGGCUAAAAUGCAACUUCACCAACCUGCACGAUACCUAUUUUGAUGUCACAGGACUCACAGAAGAUGUCCAAUAUGACUUCCAUGUAAUUGCUAAGAAUUCUGCUGAGUUGUUAAGCGCACCUUCAGAGAGUACUGGACCUGUCACAGUCAAAGAUGAUGUCGAUCCACCCACAAUUAUCUUGGAAGAAAGGUUCAGACAGCUGGUUGUCAUUAAAGCUGGAGAAAUCAUUAGAAUUGAUGCUGAAACAACAGGGCGCCCACUCCCUGUGGUCACGUGGUCUAAAGAGGGAAAAGAGAUUGAGGCAAAGGCUAGAUGUGAAAUCACCACCACCAACUUCACAACUUCCCUGCUGGUAAGAGAUGCCAUCAGGAGGGACUCUGGCCAAUAUGUCCUGACUCUGCACAACGUGGCAGGAACAAGGUCUGUGGCUAUCAAUUGCAAGGUUUUGGAUAGACCUGGACCUGCUUCAGGACCCUUGGCUGUGUCUGGCUUAACAGCAGAAAAAUGUACCCUGAACUGGGGUCCCCCUCAGGAAAAUGGUGGCGCUGAUAUUUUACAUUACAUUGUGGAAAAACGUGAGACUAGCCGCCUCGCAUGGACCCUUGUCCAUGGUGACAUGAAGGCCACCACUUGUAAAGUGACCAAGCUGCUCAAAGGAAAUGAGUAUAUAUUCAGAGUUAGAGGAGUCAACAAAUAUGGGGAUGGUGAACCCCUGGAAAGUGAACCAACAAAGGCCAUGGAUCCAUUCACAGUCCCUGCAGCCCCGACUAAUGUCCAGGUCACCUCAGUUACUAGUGAGGCAAUGACCAUCUGUUGGGAAAGACCAGUCUUUGAUGGUGGCAUCAGCAUCGCUGGCUAUGUAAUUGAAAAGAGAGAAAAGACUGGACUUCGAUGGUGCCGUGUUAACAAGAAACCAGUUUAUGACCUUAGAGUCAAAGCCUCACACCUUCGUGAGGGCUGUGAAUAUGAAUACAGAGUUUUUGCAGAGAAUUCUGCCGGCCUCAGCCCUCCCAGCAUUUCCUGCCCUCUCACCAAAGCCGAAGACCCACAAUUCUUGCCUUCACCACCUGCUAAGCCUAAAAUCAUUGAUUCGACAAAGACCACAGUCACCCUGUCCUGGAAUAAACCAUUGUUUGAUGGUGGGGCACCUGUGACUGGUUACAGAGUAGAAUACAGAAAUACUAUAGAUGAUGAAUGGACAGUUGGGGUCCAGAACACCAAGAAUACUGAGUUUACUGUUGUGGGACUGACACCUGGUGCAGAGUAUGUGUUUGUUGUCAAAUCCAUCAACAAAAUUGGAUUGAGUGACCCCAGCUCAGAGUCAGACAAACAGUUGGCCAAGGAAAGAGAAGAAGAGCCAAUCUUUGACAUUAGUAAUGAGAUGAGGAAAACUUUGAUUGUAAAGGAUGGUAGUUCAUUCACUAUGACUGUGCCCUUCAGAGGCAAACCCAUCCCCAGUGUUACUUGGACAAAGCCUGAUGUUGACUUAAGAGUCCGUGCUGUCAUUGACACUACUGACACGUUCACCUCCAUCACUCUGGAAAAAGCCACUCGUAAUGAUUCAGGAAAAUACACCGUCUCCUUGUCUAAUGUGGCUGGUACUGCCACCUUGACCCUCAAUGUCAGAGUUCUGGAUUCUCCCGGACCUUCAUCUUGUAUUGAGAUCAAGGAUGUGACCAAAAACUCUGCUACUGUGACAUGGGACACUCCUGAGAAUGAAGGAGGCGGACCAGUGAAGAACUAUCUGGUGGAUAUUCGUGAGGCCAGCAAGAAGGGAUGGACUCAGUUGACCAAUGCAUGCCACAGGCUGACAUACAAAGCAUCGGACCUGCAGGAGGGUGGAGUAUACUACUUCAGAGUGACCGGCGAGAAUGAGUAUGGAAUAGGGGUGCCUGCUGAGACCAAGGAAGGAACCAAGAUCUCAGAAAAGCCAAGCCCACCACCGAAACUUGGUGUGACCGAUGUGACCAAAGACAGUGUAUCCCUGGCCUGGGCCAAACCUGAGCAAGAUGGGGGCAGUAGAAUAUCUGGAUACUUGGUGGAAGCUUUGGAGAAAGGCCAGGAGAAGUGGGUCAAGUGUGGUGUAACCAAGUCCAUCCACUACACAGUGUCUGGUCUAAGGGAGAACAGAGAGUACUUCUUCAGAGUAAUAGCUGAGAACCAUGCUGGAUUCAGUGAUGCCAAUGAAAUGGUCACCCCUGUGUUGGUCAAAGACCAGCAUGAAUCACCUGAGAUCAUCAUGAACAACUACCCUCACAACACAGUAUAUGUUAGAGCUGGCUCCAACCUCAAAUGUGAGAUUCCGCUUAUAGGCAGGCCAUUGCCAAAGGUUUCUCUCUCCAAGGAUAAUGUGCUGCUCAAGUCAACAAUAAGAUUCAACUCUGAGGUCACCCCUGAUAGCAUCAAGAUCACAUUGCGUGAGAGCAUCGCUGGAGAUUCUGGACGUUAUGAUAUAAUUGCAUCCAACUCGAGUGGAACCACCAAAUCCUUCAUCAACAUUGUGGUUCUGGACAGGCCCAGUGUUCCGCUGGGACCUGUGGAGCUGUCAGAUGUCACAGAGGACAGCGUGAAUCUGAAGUGGCUCCCACCGGCUUAUGAUGGUGGUAGCCCAAUCACAAACUACAUUCUCCAGAAGAGAGAGACAACUACAGCCAAUUGGACAGAUGUCUCCUCUGCUGUGGCUCGUUGUACCAUGAAGAUCUUGAAGCUUUCAACAGGCCUGGAAUACCAGUUCAGAAUUAAGGCUGAGAACAGAUACGGAAUUAGCGAGCACAUUGACUCACCACCUGUCACUGUCAGCCUUCCUUAUACUGUCCCUGAAGCACCCUCGACUCCAGAGAUCACUGGUGUGACCAGGGAGACCAUCACAGUUGCUUGGAAGGAGCCCAAGUCAGAUGGAGGCAGCCACGUAUUUGGUUACCAUCUCCAGAUGAAAGACAUGAAUAGCCUCCUGUGGCAGAGAGUAAACAGAAUGGUGAUCCGUGCCACACACUACAAGGUCACAAGCAUCCACGCUGGACUAAUUUAUGAGUUCAAGGUGGCAGCUGAGAACGCUGCUGGAUUCAGUGAAUUCAGCAAAGUUUCAGAUGCAGUGCUGGCUAUUGAUGCCUGUGAGCCACCCAUCAACCUGCGCAUCAGUGACAUCACAAAGAAUUCAAUUAGCCUAGCCUGGCAGAAGCCCAACUAUGAUGGAGGCUCCAAGAUCACAGGCUAUAUGGUUGAAAAGAGGGAAGGAGUAGAUGGAAGGUGGUUCAAGACAAACCUCACCAACAUCACUGACACCCGCUACACUGUGACUGGCCUGACCCAGGAUGUGACCUACGAGUUCCGAGUGAUGGCCAAGAAUGCUGUUGGCGCAGUGAGCAAUCCAUCCAUGAUAGCUGGACCUGCCACAUGUGUAGACACUUUUGGUGCCCCAGAGAUUGAAAUACCUUCAGAGUACUUGAACGAGGUAAAGUACAGAGCAGGUUCAAAUGUUGAACUUAAGUUUAAUAUCACUGCCAAACCUGCUCCCACUAUCGAGUGGCUAAAGGAUGGAAGAGAACUCAAACCGAACACCCAGCUUUCCUUUAAACACACAUUUGAGUACACAAGUUUGUUCCUGAGGGAAACAGCUCGCCUGAACUCUGGAACGUAUGAGGUCAAGGUGAAGAACUCCCUGGGCUCAACUUGUGCCCUUGUCAGAUUGCUUAUUCAAGACAGACCAGGGCCACCUGCUGGAGAGAUUCAAUUUAAGAAGGUGACCGCUGACAACAUCACCAUCAUGUGGUCUCCUCCUGCUGACGAGGGAGGUGCCAUGGUAACACACUACAUUGUAGAAAAGAGGGAGACCAGCAGAGUAAUGUGGUCCAUCAUCUCAGAGAAACUAGUUGACUGCAUUGUUAACGUGCCAAGGCUCAUUCAGGGCAAUGAGUACAUCUUCAGAAUCCGAGGUGUCAACAAGUAUGGCAUCGGCGACCCUCUGGAGUCUGAGGCCGUCAUCGCCAAAAACACUUUUGUGCCUCCCAGUGAACCAUCCACACCUAAAGUCACCAUGAUCACCAAGUCAACCAUGACAGUGGUUUGGGAAAGACCAGCUUUGGAUGGAGGGAGCGACAUUGACGGAUACUACCUUGAGAAAAGGGAGAAGAAGAGUCUGCAGUGGUUCAAGGUGGUGAAAGGCACUAUCAGAGACACCAGGCAAAAGGUCACUAACCUUGUGGAGAACAAUGAGUACCAGUACAGAGUAUGUGCUGUCAACAAGGCUGGAGCCGGAAACUACUCUGAGGCCUCUGAUCUCUACAAGGCCUACGACCCCAUAGAUCUUCCUGGAGAACCAACCAAACUGUGUGUGGUCGACUCCACAAAGACCUCCAUCACUCUUGGAUGGGAGAAACCUGUUUAUGAUGGUGGCAGUGAGAUCACGCACUACCUUUUGGAGCAAAUGAAUACGGAGGAAAGAGAAUGGGUGAUAGUCAAUCCGCAGGUUAAGACCUGCGAGUAUGUGGUAUCUCACCUCAAACCUGCAGUAUACUACUUCUUCAGAGUGUCGGCUGUCAACUGCAAGGGCAAAGGAGAGGAUAUCAAGAUGUACCAACCUGUGCAAGCCAAAGAUAUCUUGGAGGAGGCUGAUUUGGAUCUAGACAUUUCAAUGACGACCCACUAUACUGCCCGAGCCGGGCGUGACGUGGAAAUGUUUAUUCCUCUGAAAGGACGUCCCACCCCCAGUGUCACCUGGCGCCGUGGUGACCGUAACAUGGCUGCUGACAACCGCUGUACCAUUACUAGCACUGAGUCUGCCACCACCCUUCACAUUCCCAAGGUCACCCGUGAUGACUGUGGGAAGUAUUUGCUGGAGAUUGAGAAUGGUGUGGGAGAACCGAAGAUCAUAACAGUAUCCCUGAAGGUUUUGGACAGUCCCUCCACCUGCCAAAAACUAAUGAUUAAGAAUGUAACAAGAGGACAACUGACACUGAGCUGGGAAGCGCCUCUUAUUGAUGGUGGUUCCCCAGUCACCAAAUACAUUGUUGAGAAAAAGGCAUCCACCAUGAAGGCUUACCAGAUGAUUACCGAUGAGUGUGCCAAUACAUCCUACAAGGUGUCAGGCCUAGAGGAGGAUAUUGCUUACUUCUUCCGUGUGUCUGCUGAAAACGAGUUUGGAGUGGGUGACACUUGUGAGACCUCUGAGCCUGUCAGAGCCACUGAGACCCCCGGAGCAGUUAAAAACUUGGUAAUGCUUGAUUCCACAAAGACCUCUGUUACCUUGCAGUGGACUAGACCUGACCAUGACGGCGGAAGCCACAUUACUGAAUACAUCAUCGAAAAGAGACCCGAAGAUAAAACCACCUGGACUUUGGGUGCCACUUGCAAGCGUUGUACCUGUGAGGUGACGGGACUUCAGGAGAAUUCUGAAACGGAGUUCAGAGUGUUUGCCAAGAAUGAGAAAGGCAAAAGUGACUUCUCCCAAAUUGGUCCAAUCACAGUGAUGGACUUCAUCAUUCCACCUGAGGCCAGCCUUAGUGACUACCCCAAUGGAGAACUGGCUGUUCGUGUUGGUCAAAACAUCCACAUUGAGCUGCCUUUCAUGGGGAAACCAAGGCCUACAAUCAGCUGGCUGAAAGAUAAUUUGCCUCUAAAGGAAAGCGACACGAUCCGCUUCAGGACCACUGACAACAAGACAUCAGUUACAGUCAGAGGAGCCAAGAAGGAACAUGCUGGUCAGUACACCUUGGUUCUGGACAACAGAGCUGUCAAGAACUACUUCGAUAUCAAUGUGAUCAUUCUGGGACCCCCAUCUGUACCUGUUGGUCCUAUCCGCUUUGAUGAAAUCAAAGCCCAGGGUAUUAUCAUCUCUUGGGAUGAGCCCAAGGAGAAUGGGGGUGGUGAGAUUACCUGCUACAGUGUGGAGAAGCGCGAGACUUCCCAAGCCACCUGGAAGAUGGUCUGCUCUAGUGUGGUCAGAACUACCUUCAAGAUACCUAACCUGGUCAAGGGAGCUAUAUACCAGUUCAGAGUUCGUGCAGAGAACAAAUAUGGGGUCAGUGAUGCACUCAAUUCCACAGAAAUUGUUGCUCAGCAUCAAUACAAACCCCCGGGCGCUCCAGGGAAGCCUCUUGCCUUCAACAUCACCAGUGACGGAAUGACCAUUAGGUGGGAAGCACCAGGUUUUGAUGGAGGAUCCCCCAUUCUUGGCUACCACAUUGAGAAAAAGGACAGGAACAGUCUUCUGUGGCAGAAAGUGAACUCUACCAUCAUUUCUAACAGCGAGUACAGGAUUAUCAGCCUUUUGGAGGGACUGGAGUACUCUUUCAGAGUCUAUGCAGAGAAUAAUGCUGGGCUCAGCCCUGUUAGCGAACAGAGUAAACAUGCUCUGGCUAUUUCUCCAGUUGAUCCACCUGGCACCCCAGUGUGCAUCGAUGUGACGAGAGACUCUGUCACUUUGACAUGGGACAUCCCCAAGAAGGAUGGUGGUAGCAAGAUUGUGGCCUACAGCGUGGAGAGACGCCAAGGCAGAGGGAAGUGGCUGCGGUGCAACUUCACAGAUAUUAGUGAGACUCAGUUUACUGUGACUGGUCUAUCCGCUGGAGACAGAUUUGAAUUUAGGGUUAUUGCCCGGAAUGCUGUGGGCACUGUCAGUCCACCAUCCAACUCUUCUGGAUACAUCAUGACAAAGGAUGAAAGCAUUUCUCCCGAGAUUGAGUGGUCCCCAGACCAGGUGCAAACACUGAGAGCUGGAGAGAAUGUAAAGCUUAGCUGCAACAUUACUGGCCGUCCAGUACCCCAUGUGGCCUGGUACAAGGAUGGAAAAGAAAUCGACAAGAGGACCACAAUUGACAUUGAGAUUACAACUGGUAUUGGUACAAGCAGCCUGUUUAUUCGCGAUGCAAACAGAAAUCACCGUGGUAUCUACACUGUCGAAGCCAAGAACAGCUCUGGAACGAAGAGAGCUGAUGUCAAUGUCAGAGUUCAAGAUACCCCUGGGCCUGUUGACGGUCCCAUCCGUUUCACCAGCAUCACAGCUGAAAAAUGCACAGUAUGGUGGAACCCUCCAGAGAAUGAUGGUUGUGCUGCCAUCACACACUACGUAGUGGAAAAGAGGGAGACAUCUAGGAUUUCUUGGGCCAUGGUCACCUCUAAGUGUGAAGCCUGCUCAUUCAACGCCACCAAACUCAUCAAGGCCAACGAGUACCAGUUCAGAAUCUCUGCUGUCAACAAGUUUGGUGUUGGGAAACCACUCGACUCUGUUCCCAUCAUUGCACAGAUGCAAUACACUGUGCCCGAAGCCCCUGGUAUCCCAGAUGCUACACAUGUUACUGGUGACAGCAUUACCCUGUGCUGGACCAGACCAAGGUCAGACGGUGGGAAUGAGAUCAAGCACUACAUUUUGGAGAGGCGUGAGAAGAAGAGUCUGCGCUGGUUAAAGGUCUCUGCAAAGAGGCCCAUUACAGAGCUCAGGCAUAGAGUCACCAACCUCACUGAGGGCAAUGAGUAUGAGUUCCGUGUCAUGGCUGAAAACGGUGCUGGUGUCGGACCUGCCAGUGGCACCUCCAGGCUCUUCAAAUGUAAAGAGCCAACCAGUACCCCCAGUGCCCCCACAGUCAUCAAGGUUAUUGAUUCUACCAAAUCCUCUGUCACCCUGGAAUGGACCAAGCCGGUCUUUGACGGGGGCCUACCAAUCAUUGGCUACAACAUCGACAUGUGCAAGGCCAGUCUUGAAGAGUGGCAUCGGGUAAAUAGUCAGAUUUGCAUAAACACCCGGUACACCGUUAACGGCCUGAUUCCUGGUGAGCUCUACAAGUUUAGGAUCAGUGCUGUGAACGGAUCUGGGGAAGGUGAAUCCUCAAUGAUGCCCAGCGCUGUACAGGCUCUGGAUAGACUAACAUCUCCUGAGUUUGAUAUUGAUGCCAACUUCAAGCAGACACACGUCGUGAAAAAUGGCGGCAAUGUCUCCCUUCAUGUUGCUUUCCGUGGCAAACCAUCACCUCUUGCUAUCUGGUCCAGAGUAGACGGUGAACUAUCAGUAAUGGCUGACGUCAGCACUACGGAUUCCUCCUCUAGUCUGACCAUCGAGGGCUGCACACGGAAUGACGCCGGCAAAUACACACUCUCCUUGGAAAACAACAGCGGACGCAAGUCCAUUACUUUCACUGUCAAAGUCCUGGACACACCCGGACCUCCGGGAGUCAUCAGCUUUAAAGAUGUCACACGCGGAGCAUUAACCAUGAUGUGGGAUGCCCCGAACACUGAUGGUGGAUCCAGAAUCCACCAUUAUGUUGUGGACAAGCGCGAAGCGAGCCGCCUGGCCUGGCAAGAAGUCAGUACGAAGUGCUCUCGCCAGUUGAUCAGGGUGACUGGUCUAGACAUCGGUGUGCCUUACCUGUUUAGAGUGAUUGCUGUUAACCAGUACGGCCAAGGAGAGCCUCAUGAGAUGAAAGAACCCAUCAUUGCCACAGAGGAACCUGCCCCACCAAAGAGACUAGACGUGGUCGACACCACCAAUUCCACAGCCUCACUGGUGUGGCUUAAGCCUGAGCAUGAUGGAGGCAGCCGCAUCAGAGGCUACAUAGUUGAGUUCAGAGCCAUGUUCACCGAUCACUGGGUUGUUGCUGGAGAGACCAAGUCCUUAAAGAUGCUAGUGGAGGGUCUGACUGAGAACAUGGAGUAUGACUUCAGAGUCAAGGCCAAAAAUGACGCUGGAAUUAGCGAGCCUCAGGGCACCUUCAGCUCUGUAAUCAUCAAAGAGCCUCGUAUCGAACCCACAGCUGACCUCAGCAGCAUUACCAACCAGCUCGUUACCUGUAAGACCUCUAAUACCUUUAUCAUUGACAUCCCAAUCAGUGGCAGACCUGCUCCCAAAGUCACUUGGAAGCUGGAAGAAAUGAAAUUGAAGGAGACAGACCGACUUUCCAUAAAGACCACAGCAGAGAGAACCAUUUUGGUGGUAAAAGACAGCAAAAGAAGUGACAGUGGCAAAUACUACUUGACCCUGGAGAAUGCUGCAGGUGUCAAAACCUUCACUGUGACUGUAAUGGUUGUUGGAAGACCAAGCCCUCCUACAGGCCCUGUGGUGAUUUCUGGUGUCUCCUCUGAAACUUGCACUCUGUCAUGGGCUGAGCCAUCUGAUGAUGGUGGCACUGAAAUCAGCAAUUAUAUAGUUGAGAAGCGAGAGUCUGGGGCAGCCUCUUGGCAAGUGGUCAAUUCCAGUGUCAUGAGAACUACCAUCAGGGUCACUCAUCUUACCAAGUAUAUGGAGUACACAUUUAGAGUGUGUGCUGAGAACAAGUUUGGAGUCAGCAAGUCCAUCGAAAGUGCCGCUGUGGUCAUUGAACAUCCAUUCGUUCCUCCAAGUCCUCCAACUCGUCCAGACGUGUUGUCAGUGUUUGCCAAUGCCAUCAGCAUAAAAUGGGACGUGCCUUAUGCCGAUGGUGGCAGCAAAGUGACGGGUUACUGGAUUGAAAAGAAAGAGCGGAACACUAUUCUGUGGGUGAGGGAGAACAAGCUGCCCUGCCUGGAGUGCCACUACAAAGUGUCCAACCUGAUUGAGGGUCUGGAAUACCAGUUUAGAGUUUAUGCCAUGAACCUAGCUGGAAUUAGCAAGGCCAGUGAGGCCUCUAGACCUGUGGUUGCAUUCAACCCUGUUGACCCUCCUGGAAACCCUCAGGUGACAGACAUCACUCGCUCCUCUGUGUCUUUGUGCUGGACUGUGCCUGUCAAUGACGGUGGCAGCAAGUUAGUUGGCUACGUGGUGGAGAGAAAAGUCUACAGUACUGAUGAGUGGGAUGACAACCGCUGGCUCAAAUGCAACUACACAACCAUCACGGAGAACUACUUCACAGUCACCAACCUGGGAGAGGGAGAAACCUUUGAGUACCGCAUCAUUGCCAAGAAUGCUGCAGGAGUCCACAGUGUGCCUUCUGUAUCCACAGGACCAGUUACAUGCAAGGAUGAAUAUUCUCCUCCCAAAGCAGAGCUGGACAGCAAGUUGGUGGGUGAGACUGUCGUUGUCACCGCCGGCUCUGAUGUCGUCCUGGACGGUAUUAUUGGUGGCAAACCAGAACCCACUGUUUACUGGUCAAAGGGUGACAAGGUUCUGGAACUGGGAGAAAAGUACUCGCUGACCUACACAAGCACAAGAGCAAUGGCUGUAAUCAAAAACUGUGACAGAUUUGACACCGGCAAAUACUUCCUCACCGUCAAGAAUGUCAACGGAAUCAAGACUGCUACUGUGACGGUUAAAGUUUUGGACACUCCUGGGCCUCCAGCUGAUAAGAUCAUGAUCAGCAGAGUUACAGAGGAAAAGUGCACAGUGUCCUGGAAGAUCCCGCUGGAGGACGGUGGCGACAUCGUCAGCCAUUACAUUGUUGAACGACGUGAAACUAGUCGACUCAACUGGGUAAUGAUGGAGUCUGAGUGCAAGAGCUUGUCAUGUGUCAGCACCAGGCUGAUCAAGAACAAUGAGUACAUCUUCAGAGUUCGGGGAGUCAACAAGUUUGGACCUGGAGUUCCACUGGAAUCUGAGCCUGUCAUUGCUCGGAACGCUUACACCAUCCCCUCCCAACCAGGCACACCUGAGGCCACAGCAGUGGGUAAAGAACACAUUAUCAUCGAAUGGUUGAAGCCACAAAGUGAUGGUGGCAGUGAGAUCAAAAACUACAUCCUAGAAAAACGGGAAAAGAGCAGCACAAUGUGGACACGGGUCAAUAAGACUUACACCAUCUAUGAUACACGUUUGAAGAUCACAGGUCUGCUGGAAGGAAGCGAAUACCAGUUCAGAGUGACCGCCAUCAAUGCGGCAGGACCCAGCCAGCCCAGUGACGCUUCGUCACACAUUAUCUGCAAAGACCCAACAUACACCCCAGCUCCUCCAUCGAUGCCUCGCAUCACAGACUCAACUAAACACAGUAUCAACAUGACUUGGACCAGGCCCAUGUAUGACGGUGGCUCAGAUGUCACGGGUUACGUGGUUGAAAUUCUUGAGGAAGGUUCUGAGCAGUGGUACCGUGCCACUACCAAGCCCCUCAAGACCAAUGAGUAUAUGGCCGGCGGUCUGGUUGCAAAUAAGAAAUACAGAUUUAGGGUGGCAGCUAUAAACAACAAUGGCACGGGAGAAUUCAGUGAACCUAGCGCUGAGAUUGAGCCACUGGAGAAAAUUGAAAUGCCCGACCUGGAACUAGAUGAUAACCUGAAGAAGACCGUUUGCCUUCGUGCUGGAGGAACUUUGCGACUGUUUGUGACUGUUGGCGGUCGCCCAACGCCGGUGGUGGGCUGGAGGAAGACUGGGGUGGAGCUACAGAGCCGGGGCUUCAUUGAGACGACAGAUAGCUACACCAUGCUGAUUGUUGAAAAAGUUGACCGCUAUGACUCUGGAAAAUAUGUUGUUGAAGCUGAAAACCCAUCAGGCAAGAAGAGUGCCACUAUCCUGGUCAAAGUCUAUGACACCCCUGGUCCUCCAGGUUCUGUAAAAGUGAAGGACUAUACCAAAGAAUCAGUUGUCAUUACGUGGGACGUCCCCAGCAUUGAUGGUGGCGCCCACGUCAGCAACUACAUUAUAGAGAAGCGAGAAGCCAGCAUGAAGUCUUAUAAGACUGUCACUACAGAAUGUAGAAAAACUCUGUUCAGAAUCACUGGCCUGGAAGAGGGUCUGCACUACUUCUUUAGAGUCCUGCCAGAGAAUAUCUAUGGCGUUGGCGAGCCUUGCGAGACAUCUGAGGCUGUGCUGGUGUGUGAAGUACCAUCAGUGCCUGUGAGCCUCCAGAUCAUUGAUGUCACAAAGUCCUCAGUCACUCUGAAUUGGGAGAAACCACUGCAUGACGGUGGCAGCAGACUGACAGGCUUCAUUAUUGAGGCCUGUAAGGUGCCUUCAGACAGGUGGAGCACAGUGGCUACUGUCAAGGCUUCUAUUUACCAGCACACCAUCCAGUCGUUGACAGAGAAUGACCAGUACUUGUUCAGGAUCCGAGCCAGUAACAGUAGAGGAACCAGUGAGCCCAUGGACAUAAUCACUCCUGUCACCAUUCAAGAAAUCAACGUGAUGCCAAAGAUUGACAUAACAGGCAUUUCUCAGAAGAUUGUCCAUAUAACCCGUGGUAAGCCCAUCGACCUGAACUUGCCCAUUAAGGCGAAACCACAGCCUGUCUGCUCCUGGUUCUUUGGUGGUGAAAAGCUGAAGGACAGUUUGGACCGUAUCAAAAUCGAAAGCAAUGGCAAAUACAGCCAUCUCGUUAUCCGCGAGACCACCAUUGAUGACACAGGCGACUAUAUGUUGGAGGUGAAGAAUGCCAUUGGUGUAGCAACUGAAGUUAUCAAGGUUAUCAUUCUUGACAAACCUGGCGCACCAGUUGGUCCCGUGAAAGUCGUAGAGGUUGACGGUGUGUCAGUAACAAUUAGUUGGGAACCUCCACAGAAAGAUGGUGGUGCAAAUGUCAGUGGCUAUGUGGUGGAGCAGCGUGAUGCUCACCGGCCUGGGUGGAUUACCAUCUCUGAAUCAGUGACAAGACCUUGCUUCAAAUUCACCAGACUCUCCGAGGGAACCGAGUAUGUGUUCCGCGUCGCUGCCAUGAACCGCUUUGGCGUUGGUAGCUUUGUGCAGUCAGAAGUCGUGGAAUGCAAGAGCGCCAAGACCAUCCCUGGGCCUCCAAGCAGACCAGAGGUUAUUGAUGUCACUCACGAGGGCAUGACCCUGACCUGGCAUCCACCAGAGGACAAUGGGGGCUCCACCAUAGCUGGCUAUAUCAUUGAGCGCAAGGAACCACAUUCUGAUAGAUGGUUGAGGAUCAACAAAAACCCUGUUACUAUGACCAGGUACCGCUCCUCUGGUCUGAUUGAAGGCCUUGAGUAUGAAUACCGUGUCACGGCCAUCAACUCCAGAGGAACAGGCAAACCCAGCAAGAGCUCCUCCAUCACUGUUGCCAUGGACCCCAUAGAACCACCAGGUCCUCCAGUUCAUGCGAGAGUCACAGACACCACCAGAACAUCUGUGUCUCUGGCUUGGCUACCUCCUGAUGAGGAAGGUGGCUCCAUUGUCACUGGUUACCUGAUUGAGAUGCAGAAGGUGGAUCAAGUGGAGUGGACCCUGUGCAAUACAACACCCACCAAGAUGUGCGAGUACACACUCACACACAUGCCCCAGGGUGCAGAGUACAAGUUCAGAGUCAUCGCCUGUAAUGCUGGUGGCACUGGAGAAGCCGCAGAGAUUCCUGGGGUGGUUAAAGUCCAGGAGAUGCUCAUUUACCCUGAAUACGAGCUUGAGUCUAAAUACGAAGAGGAAUAUGUGGUGCGGCAAGGAGGAGUCAUCUGCCUGUCUGUGCCCAUCAAGGGUAAACCCAUUCCUACAUGUAAGUGGACCAAGGAUGGACGUGAUAUCUCCCACCGGGCUAUGAUUGCCAUCCAGGAUGACAUAACAGAACUUGUCAUCAAGGAGGCACACAGGGAUGACACGGGAACUUAUGACCUUGUGUUGGAGAACAAAUGUGGCAAAAAAGCUGUGUACAUCAAGGUGAAGGUAAUCGGUCGCCCCGAUGCUCCAGAAGGCCCUCUGGAGUUUGACGACAUCCAAGCCAGAUCAGUUCGAGUCAGCUGGAGGCCCCCGUCAGAUGAUGGUGGCUCUGACCUCCUAGGAUACAUCGUGGAGAGGCGAGAAGUCCCCAAGGCUGCUUGGUACACUGUGGAUGCAAGGGUUAAGGAGAACUCCUUGGUGGUUAAAGGCCUUAAAGAAAAUGUGCAGUACCACUUCAGGGUCUCUGCUGAAAAUCUGUUUGGUGUGAGCCGGUCUCUAAAGUCUGAAGAGGCUGUCACACCAAAGACACCGCUGUGCCCACCAGAACCUCCUAGCAAUCCUCCAGAGAUCAUGGAAGUGGCUAAGUCCUCUGUGUCUCUAUCCUGGGCACGCCCCCGGGAUGAUGGGGGCUCCCGUGUCACAGGAUACUUUGUUGAGAGGAGGGAGGUUUCAACGGAGAAGUGGGUCCGCCACAACAAGACUCACAUUACCACAACCAUGUACAACAUCACUGGCCUCAUCCCCGAUGCAGAGUACAUGUUCAGAGUUGUGGCUCAAAACGACAUCGGGCAGAGUGAGCCGGGGCCUGCUUCUGAGUCAGUGGUCUGCAAAGAUCCAUUUGACACGCCCAGUCAACCAGGAGAGAUCGACAUCAUUUCUGUUACCAAAGACUGCAUAACCAUCCACUGGCUGCGUCCCAAUUUUGAUGGAGGCAAGGAGAUCCUGGGUUACUGGGUUGAAUUCAGGCAGGCCGGUGAAAGUGCUUGGAAGAAGUGCAAUAAAGAGCGCUCCAAAGACCGUCAGUUCACCAUGGGUGGCCUGAUGGAAGCCACAGAGUACGAGUUCAGAAUCUUUGCAGAGAACGAAGCUGGAUUCAGUAGGCCUCGUCGCACCUCCAUGGGCAUCAAGACAAAGCUAAGCGUCGGUGAGACUCCAGCUUUGAAAGAAGACAUUCAUGACGUAACAACCAAGCUUGGAGAGUCCGGUACUCUAUCCUGCAGCGUUAUUGGCAGACCUCUGCCUGAGAUCAAGUGGUACCGCUAUGGCAAGGAACUGAUCCAGAGCCGCAAGUACAAGAUGAGCUCAGACGGACGCAACCACUCCCUCAGCAUCCUGACAGACGAGCAGGAAGACGAGGGUCUGUACACCUGCAGGGCCAUCAAUGAAGCUGGAGAGAUAGAGACCAGCGGAAAACUCAGACUACAGGCGGCACCUCAGUUUCACCCUGGCUUCCCACUGAAGGAGAAGUACAAUGCCGGAGCUGGUACCAGCCUCCGCCUCCAUGUUGUCUACAUUGGCCGUCCAAUUCCCCAGAUUAUGUGGUUCUAUGGCAAGAAGCCUUUGAACCCAUCUGAGAAUGUGAUUAUUGAAAACACUGAGAGCUACACCCAUCUGGUGGUGAGGAACGUCCAAAGGAAGACCAAUGCUGGCCGUUACAAAGUGCAGCUGAGCAACAAGUUUGGAACUGUCGACACUGUGUUACGGGUUGAAAUCCAAGAUAAGCCAUGUAUCCCAGAAGGCCCAUUGGUGGUUGAAGGUCUGCUGAAGAACUCCAUUAUUAUCAGCUGGAAGGCUCCCAAAGAUGACGGCGGCUCAAUGAUCACUAACUACAUUGUGGAGAAACGCAUGGCUAAAGAGGGAGAACUUUGGUACCUUGUGUCCUCCUCUGUCUCUGGAACCACAUGUCGAGUACCUAACCUCGUUGAGAGUGCCGGUUACUACUUCCGAGUUUCUGCUCAAAAUCAGUACGGUGUCAGCGAGUCUCUGGAGAUCCCUUCGGUAGUGAUCAUCAAGAGUCCAUUUGAAAAACCUGGCAUCCCACAGCAGCCCUUUAUCGUCAGUUUUACGAAGGACUCUUGUGUUGUCUGCUGGAAGCCACCAAGCAGUGAUGGUGGGGCUAAAAUCUCUAGCUACUACCUGGAUAAACGUGAGAAGAAGCAGAACAAGUGGAUGUCCGUUACCAGUAAGAAGAUUCUGGAGACCAGCUAUGAAGUCACAGGCUUGAUAGAGGGCUUUGAGUAUGAGUUCCGUGUCAAGUGUGAGAAUGUGGGUGGAGAAAGUGACUGGAGUGACAUCUCAGAGCCCAUUAUUCCCAAGUCUGACCAGUCCCUGCGUGCUCCUGCAUUCAGAGAAGAAAUCCGAGACAUGACUGUCAAAUACCAUGCAAAUGCCACCUUUGUUACCAAGGUGGUGGGACAUCCCAAACCUGUAGUAAAAUGGUACAGAAGUGGUAAGGAGAUCCAGGCAGAUGGAACAAAAAUUAAAGCCCAGGAGUUUAAGGGGGGUUAUUACCAGCUGGUCAUCACGGCUGCUGAUGACAGUGAUGCUACGGUCUAUCAAGUCAGAGCAACCAAUUCGUCAGGAUCCAUCUCCACCACUGCAAACCUGGAAGUGGAAGUUCCGGCCAAGAUUCUCCUGCCAAAGGAGCUCCAAGGAAUGGGAGCAGUCCAUGCUGUUUGCGGUGAUCACAUCACUAUCAAAAUCCCAAUCUCUGGCAAGCCUGAACCAGCAAUUACCUGGCAGAAGGGCCAGGACAUCCUCUCCAACUCUGCUUAUCACCAGGUCAUCACCACCCGCUCUUUUACUUCCCUGGUCUUCCAGAAGGGAGUGCAGAACAAGGACACAGGCUUCUACAGCAUCACUGCAAAGAACAGGUUUGGAAUGGACAAACAAACCAUUGAGGUGAAUGUGGCUGACAUUCCGGAAGCUCCUAAAGGACUAGUAGUCAGCGACAUUGCCCGGGAUUCCAUUACUCUGACCUGGGAGCCUCCUGCCAAUGAUGGCGGAAGUGACAUCACAGGCUAUAUUGUGGAGAAAUGUCCCACCACAGCUGACAGGUGGAUUAAGGCUGGACAGACUAUUGACUGCAACAUUACCAUCAUCAACAUCUUCGGCAAGACAAAAUAUCAGUUCCGUGUCAUCGCAGAGAACCAAUUUGGCAUGAGUCCUCCUUCUGCGCCAACAGAACCCAUCACCACAAAGGAGGACAAGUCUGUGAUUAGGAACUAUGAUGAGGAAGUGGAUGAGACCAAAGAAAUUACCAAAGAAGCUGCUCAGUCUUUUAAAGUCAAGUUGCUCUCCUCGAAAUACACAAUUUGUGAGGAGCUGGCUCGUUGUCAGUUUGGAGUUGUCCACCGUUGUGUAGAGAUUGCUACUAAGAAGACCUUCAUGGCCAAGUUCAUCAAGGUUACAGGAACUGACCGUGAGCUGGUUCUUCGAGAAAUUGAGGCCUUCAAUGUCGCAAGACACAAGAAUAUUAUCUACCUGCAUGAAUACUUUGAAAGUAUGGAAGAGAUGAUCCUAAUCUUUGAGUUUAUUUCUGGAGUUGACAUCUUUGAGCGCCUUGGAACCAGCAGCUUUGAGCUCACAGAGCAAGAGAUUGUCCGCUAUUUAAGACAGGUCUGCUCUGCACUCUUGUUUUUGCACAGUAAAAACUUUGGCCACUUUGAUAUCCGCCCAGACAACAUUGUCUACAGUACAAAGAGAAGUAAUGUUGUAAAGAUAAUUGAGAUGGGUCAAGCUAGGUUGUUGGUACCAGGUGAAAACAUCAGAAUGCUCUUCUCAGCUCCAGAGUAUUGUGCCCCUGAGAUUCACCACCAUGACUUGGUUACAACAGCCACAGAUAUGUGGUCUGUGGGUGUGAUUGCUUAUGUCCUACUUAGCGGUCUCAAUCCAUUUGCUGCAGAAUCCAUGACACAAAUGGUUGAGAAGAUCUCCACUUGUGAGUAUGUCUUUGAUAGUGAAGCAUUUAAAGACAUCAGUCUGGAGGCUAUGGACUUUGUGGACAGACUUCUUGUCAAGGACAGGAAGCUUCGUAUGACAGCACAAGAGGCAUUGGAGCACCCGUGGCUAAAGAUGAAGAUUGAACAUGUCAGUAACAAAGUCAUCCGGACACUAAGACACAGACGGUACUAUCAGUCUAUUGUAAAGAGGACAGAUACAAUUGUCUCAUCAGCUCGUGUUGCCUACGGUGGAGCUUUCAGGAACCAGAGAGGAUUGUCUGUUGGCAAGGUGAAGAUUGUUACGGAGUACCAGGGACUACGUGCUGGCCCAGUUAUGCAUGGCUCUGCUGAGGAAGGCGGCCAUGUUAGAUUCACUUGUAACAUUACAAACUUUGACCAAAGCACCCAGGUGACAUGGUACUUUGGCAACCGCCAGUUACAUUCAAGUUCUAAGUAUGAGAUUACAUACAACAACGGUUUUGCCAGUAUCUAUGUGAAGGACAUUCAAGAGUGUGAUGAUGGCUUGUAUAGAUGCAAGGUGUUAAGUGGCGACGGCGAAGAUAGUGCUUAUGCUGAACUCUUUGUUGAGACAAUAAGGUGCAUCAGGGAACACUAUGUCAGUCGUUCCAUCAAGAAACUGAGAAGGAGGGUGGAAAAAACCCUCCUCCUCUACAGACCACCAGAGUUCACCCUGCCUUUAUACAAUCGCGCAGCGUACAUUGGCGAACAUGUGCGCUUUGGUGUCACCAUUACUGUGCAUCCUGAGCCUCAUGUUACAUGGUUGAAGAAUGGAGAGAGAAUCAAGCCAGGAGAUGAUGACACCAAGUACACGUUCAUAAGUGAUAAGGGUCUCUACCAGUUGAUGAUCCACAACCUCGAUAUGAGCGAUGAUGCUGAAUACACUGUGAUGGCAAACAACAAGUUUGGAGAAGAUAGCUGCAAGGCCCGCCUUACUGUAACACCUCACCCUGUGACCGAGGAAACUAUGAGACCCACAUUCAAACGUCUGCUCACUAAUGUUGAGUGCACAGAAGGAGAGAGCAUCCGCUUUGAUGUCAGAGUGUCUGGAAUCCCCAAUCCUUCUUUGAAAUGGGAGAAGGAAGGUCAUCCUCUCCAGUUUGGUCCAAAGACAAUUGUCAUUCAACAGGAUGUUGACCACUUUGUCUUGUACAUCAGAGAGACUUUACUUGAGGACUCCGGUGUCUACAAAGUGACUGCAAUCAACUCUGCUGGCUCUGUGAGUUGCCAGGCAACCCUGAAGGUGGACCGCCUCACAUAUACCAGAAGAGAGUAUAAGACUGACGAGGAGAAACAUAGACAUAUCCAGAAGCAAAUAGAAAAGACCAACAAAAUGGCUCAGCAGAUUGUUGCCACAGAGGAUCUUGUGCCUCUCAACCCAACAGCCCAAGAGGCUCUGAAAUUUGCUGCAGACAUGUACAAGCCUGCCGUCAGCACCAAGAACAUUGAGGGCGAGUUUGACAUUUCAGUUGUGAAAUCAGAGACUAAGAAACUGGAAGAAGAGCGAAGGAUUUUCAUGCCAUAUGAGAUCCCUGAGCCUGUGGUUCAUGACCGUAGAGUGCUCGAUGAGGACAAAUUUAUCAAACAAUUUGUUCCACUCUCUGACAUGAAGUGGUACCGGAAAUUGAAGGACCAGUAUAUGAUUUCAGAGAGGACGGAGAGAAUUGUGCAAAAACGACAACGGCGAAUUCGCCUAUCCAGGUGGGAACAGUUUUACGUCAUGCCCCUUCCCAGAAUCACAGACCAGUACAGACCAAGAUGGCGGAUUCCAAAAAUAACUUUAGAUGAUUUGGAGAUCGUCAGACCUGCCAGGCGUUCACCGUCUCCAGAGUCCGAGAUUUCAUUCAGAUCUCGGAGAAGAUCUUUGGGCGAUCUGAGCGAUGAAGAGCUGCUGAUGCCUGUGGAUGACUAUCUGUCUUCAAGGAGAACUGAGCAAGAUAGAAUGAUGCUUGAGGAUGAAUUAGAACUAGGUUUCUCUGCCUCCCCUCAAGCAAGUCCAGUUCGCAUUGAACGGCGAGCUGUGCAGCAUGAAGCUAGGUUGCAGGAGGUCAGGCAUGAAGCUAUGGAGGUCACAGAGACAAAGAAAAAACGUACCAUAUCUCAGUAUAUGAGAAGGAGGCGCUCGCUAUCCCCCACAUAUAUUGAGCUAAUGCGUCCAGUCUCUGAGCUGAUCCGUCCUCCUCGAACACAGCCAGUUGUAGAUGUAGAAGGUGAGGUCAUAGAGAGACGAUCCCCCACACCAGAGAGAACGCGGCCCCGCUCUCCAAGCCCCAUCAGAUCUGUUGAGAGGUCAUCCCGUUCCUCCUCCCGAUUUGAGCGGUCUGCCCGUUUUGAUAUCAUGUCCCGCUACGAAGCCAGAAAGGCAGCUCUGAAGUCUGAGAGAAAAUUUCAAGUUGUUAGUCAGACGCCGUUCAGCCUGGAUCACGCUCCCCGGGUGACAGUCAGGAUGCGCUCUCACCGUGUGCCAGUCAGUCACGACACCAGAUUCACCUUAAAUGUCCAAUCAAAGCCUGAACCCGAGGUGAAAUGGCUCCACAACGGAACUGAAAUCUGUGAAAGUAGUGACAAAUAUGUAUUUAGCAACAUGAGUGGCGUUUUGACCAUCACCAUCCUGGACUGCCAAGAAGAGGACAGUGGUACAUAUCGCUGCGUUUGCUCUAACUCCAGGGGAGACGCCUCAGACUAUGCCACCCUUGAUGUGUCAGGCGGCGCCUACACAACCUUUUCAUCCCGUCGCAAGGAUGAGGAAGUCCCUAAAGCGCACGUCCCUGAAGUCACUCGAAUUGAUCACUAUCACUCCUCCUAUUUCAAAACUGGCUAUGAAUCCCAGACCCACUUAGAAGUGGAAGAGAGUAAGACAAAGAUCACUGAGAAACGCGAAGUCUUUUCUUUGACUGAAAAGCAUGCUACAGCAGAAACUAAGUCAAAGUAUUCUUCUGCUGAAAAAGUUACAGUCCAAAAGGUGAGAGCCUCUGUUCCAGCCAGAAUCCUCACUAAGCCCCAAUCUGUGACAGUAGCAGAUGGUGAGACAGUCCGAUUCUCCUGUGAUAUCGAUGGAGAGCCUGCACCCUCCGUAAACUGGAUGCAUGAGGGUAGAACUAUAGUCUCCUCUCGCCGUGUUAUAGUCACUAGUACUCAGUACAAGUCCAACCUGGAGAUCUCCUCCGUCACAUCCUCUGAUGAGGGCAGUUACACAGUCAUCGUAGAGAACUCAGACGGCAGGCAGGAGGCUCAGUUCACUUUAACCAUCCGCAGACCAAUUCCCAAAAAGUAUGUGACCUCCCCUGUUUCCAGUGUGAAGACACCAGAACCUAGAGUCAAGUCGCCUGCUCCCAGCGUGAAGUCACCAGAACCUGGUGUCAAAUCCCCUGUUCCCAGAAUUAAGUCACCAGAACCUGUUAUAAUGUCCCCUGGCCCCAGUGUGAAAUCACCAGAGUCCCUUGCUCCGAGUGUGAAGUCACCAGAACCCAGCAUUAAGUCCACAACCCCCAGUGUGAAGUCACCAGAACCGAGAAUCAAGUCCCCUGUUCACAGUGUGGAGUCACCAGAACCUGGCAUUAAGUCUCCUGCACCUAGUGUGAAGUCACCAGAACCCAGCAUCAAGUCUCCUGCACCCAGUGUGAAGUCACCAGAGCCCGGCAUCAAGUCUCCUGCCCGCGGUGUGAAGUCACCAGAACCCAGCAUCAAGUCUCCUGCACCCAGUGUGAAGUCACCAGAGCCCGGCAUCAAGUCUCCUGCCCCCAGUGUGAAGUCACCAGAACCCAGCAUCAAGUCUCCUGCACCCAGUGUGAAGUCACCAGAGCCUGGCAUCAAGUCUCCUGCCCCCAGUGUGAAGUCACCAGAACCCAGUAUCAAGUCUCCUGAGUCCUCGAUUAAAUCACCAACACCCAGUGUGAAGUCCCCAGAACCAGGAGUCAAAUCACCAGCUUUGAGAGUGAAGUCACCAGGUUUAAAGUCACCAGCUCCUGGUAUCAAAUCUCCUGAACCCGAGGGAGUUAAAUCUCCUAGGGGUGUAAAGUCUCCUGAACCAGGACCUAAGUCACCACCACACCUUAAACCUGCUGAGCAGGUAAAGUCAACUGAAGCUGAGUCACUGCGAGGUGUCAAAUCCCCUGAACCUGCAGGAAUCAAGACACCUUCAGGCAUCAAGUCCCCAGAACCUGCUGGCACCAAAACACCAAGACGUAUCAAGUCUCCAGAUCCAUCUGUUAUCAAGUCACCAAGGGCUGUAAAGUCCCCAGAGCCUGAGGGAGUCAAAUCCCCAUCCAGAAUUAAGUCUCCACCUCCCGUACUGUCGCCCAAGAAGGUCCUGUCACCGCCUACUAUCAAAUCUGAAAGCCCAGAGCCGCCCAAAGUGAUAAGUCAGCUAGCGGCUGAGGCCUCUGAAGACUUGGUGAAGAUGUCUUGUGUUUGCGAGAGUGGCGUCAAUGAGGUGUCAUGGUAUUACAAUGGGAGGAGACUUUCAAAGAGCAGCCAUUUUGAAAUGAGGUACUCAGAGGGCUCCUGCAGCCUCUUUAUUCACGACCUGACAGACAGUGACCAGGGACAGUACACAUGUGAGAUGACAUCAGAGGGAGGAGUCUCAAAAUCCUCCUUCUCCUUCACUGGACAAGUGUACAAAUCCAUUCGUAUGAAGAUCACAGCUUACCGGGAGCAGCAAGUGGCACUUAAAGGAUCCACGACCAUGAUGAGUCACAAGGAGUCGUCCUCGUCCAGCCUGGCCUCCAAGAUGAAGAGAGAAGUUCGCACAAUGGAAGAAUCGUCUUCCUUUUCCUCCUCCUCAGCCCAGCAGGCAAUGUCCUCCAUGAAGGAGUCCAGUUCCUUCAGCAGCAUGGCCGCUGAGAUGAAGUUUGAGACCAUGUCCAUGUCCAGUAUGUCCUCCAUGACCUCAGAGUCAUACGCCCUGAGCUCCAGCAGCCUCGCAGAUAUGACCUCACACAUGGCGGGAUCCUCCUUCAGAGCCAUCGGUUCUGCUCCAAGAAUCGAGGCGGUGCCAGAGGACAUCAGCAUUGAGGCCGGCAAGGUCUUGACGGUGUCAUGCGCCUUCUCGGGCGAUGCCAAACACAUUGAGUGGUCUCGCGCAGGCAAAAAAAUCGAGGUGUCAUCCGGCGGUCGCUUCCACAUCGAGACCUCGGAGGACCUGACCACCCUUAUCAUCACGGGGGUACAGAAGGAAGAUGCUGGAACCUACACGCUCAAACUGUCCAACGAGCUGGGAUGUGACACCGCCACAGUUCAAAUCAGCAUUCGAUCGGUGUAAAAAAGAAAAGAAAAUUAUGUCGAAGACUAUUUGAAUACCCCUUUAACCCUUUUUCCUUGUCUUUUUAUUCAUGAUUUAAGCUAACUCUUUGACUCGAUAAAGACCUAAGAUUUAUCUUCUUGUAAAUAUGAACUAUUUUUGUACCAAACGUGACGUUGAUGCCAAACUCAAGUGUCAACAUGUAAUGAGAUGUGAUGACACUUUUGCAGUGACAUGUACAUAAUGUAUAUAGCCGGAUUUCACGGUUAUGAAAGAUGUAUGAAUUGUUAUUUAUGACAAUAAUAAGAAGUUUAAGAAGCAAACCAAAUAUGGUUUAACAGGAGAAAGUUCUAUGUGGAACGAAUACCCUGUUAAACAGAGAAACUAAACUGUGUGCCUCAACGCUACGUUGAAGUCUAAGAUUGCCUCGGCAGGUAGAGCUUCUCCCUGCUGACGUUUACUCAACUUGAGACAAAAACACGAGCGCGAGAUCCCGAGCGCUGUUUGCGUCCACCCUCGACGUAAGCAGCGCGACCGGACCUCACGUCGCGAUAGAUUAUGUCGUACUGCCAUUUCAAUGACACGCUCACAGUGCGAGCGGCCUGCACUGCCUGAGCACGUGUUUGUUUUGAUGUAGGCGCUCUGCCUUUGACCGCGAGCGUCCGCCGGGGCUUUCUCCCUCCUUCCAUCAACCUGGCCAAUCACUCGUGGAGAGUCCUCGCUGCGCUCGUAGCCAAAGGCAGAGCCUCCCCCUGGAGGUAUGCAGCGUGUUUGUGUGUUAGUGUGUAGACCUUGAGCUGACGAGCACCGCCCGACGUCAUCGGCGGCGCCAGCGAGGGUCUCCUCGCUCCGAGCUCGUCUUUGCUUUGAUUGACUUCCUGAGUUGAGCUGCCUCCUUGAAUUUAAUCCCCAUUACUGAUUGAAUAAAGUUUGAUUA